GUCACCGCCAGGCUGCUCGGCUGCGUCAGAGUCCAGCUGAGCCAAGGAAGAAGGAAACGAGGAAUAAAAGGGAAAAGGCAGGUUGAGAGGGAGCGGACGGGCUGUGUCGUGCUCAUCGCGGACAGGCACUCGCACACACUUACACACACACAAAUUGAACACACACAUACACAUACACACAGUGACGGACAGACAUGGAGGGCUCCACGGAGGAAGACCACAAAGAGAAAUUAUUAUGGAACGUCAAACGAGAGGUAGGCGCUGUUUGGACGGCCUGUCGAGCUGCAGAUUUGUAUACUUGCUGUUUGUAUAUCUCCUGUUUUCAAUGCAAACUCGGGCAGCAGGCUGUUGCAUUAAUAUUUAACCUCGUUUGUGCAUUGCUGGACCUGAUUUCCUAUAUUUUCACCUAAGUUUACCCCAACGAAUCUUAAAAAAACCACCACAGAAGCCAAAAACUCCACCUGCUUGCAGCUUUUGCAGCGUCUGCUUCCUUUGACCAGACUUUAUUCAGUAUUUAGCUGCUUUAUUUCUGCCCAAAUUUACCACAAAGAUAUCCCUUUACUGUUGGAAUCAGAUUCGCAUGAGUAUUAAAUGAGUUUGAGGUAUUUCACUUUGCCAUUGUACCUACACUUUCUUACAAAAUUCUGUUAUUAUUCUCCAUGCAUGCUUACUGUGAUAUUUCCAAGAUAUCUAAGUGGGGCUGCAAUUAUUGAUUAAAUUCAGCAUCUUUAAGCUGCUCGUACCUUUAUAAUUAUUUACUCAGUUAUUAAAACAUCAAGAAGUUUUGUGGAGGGAAAAAAAAGAAGUAUUUGAUUCUAACAUUGGCAAAUCUUAUUGUUUUUGCUUGACAAAAUCUCCAAAGAGUUUAUUUAUAACUCAGAUAUUUGGCCAUUUCCCCCCCUCUUGAUCCAUGAAUUCAUCCAUGAAUAAUCCUGUCCUGCAGGCAGACAAUUUAGCUUUAAGCGCCUGUCUGAAUUGUAACAGCAAAGCGUCUUUUCUGCACAGGUUGUAUCCGUUUGUUUCCAACAGCAGCUCAACAGAGCCACAGGCUUUUUGUUCCAGCUGAUAAAUGUCUUACCUCCCACCAGUGAGGGAUAAAUCAUUACUCCUUUAACCUCUCUGCCCACUCCACCACUGUAAUCCUCCUGCCGACUUUACCUAAAGAUCCACAACCAGAGAGAGAUCUCCUUGAGCUGAAAUGUCAGAGUAAAUCAGCUGAAUGUGGCAAGGUGUGGCUCACUGCUUCAAUGUGAGACUGAGUGUACAUGUGAGCUGGUCGUUUCAUCAUUUUAAUGAAGAGGAAAGGUCACGCUAAAAAUAUCAAGACAGAAAUCUAGCCAACAGUCAAACAGGAGAAGAAGGAUGGCUGCUGGAGGAAUAAAGAGUCAGUUUUACCAAUAAUAGCUUAUUUCUUCACUUUAGCCUCAGGACAGGCUGCAAAUUAUCAGGAUUAUAUAGAGGAUGACAUGAAGGGGAAAAUGAAACCCUGUUGUGGACAGGCUUGGGUCCCUCCACUCACUGUGCAAUAUCGGCCUUAUUACACGUCUGCUCGCUCAACAAAUCAAGACGUUUAUACCAAAUAUUGAUCAGACAAUGAUUUUAUUUCCUCUGUUGAAAAUAGACUCAAAGUCUGUACUGCAUCCAUGGCAACAGUUUAUAGGUUUCUCUGUGGUAGCCUACAGUUUUUGUCUCAAACCUCUUCUGUCUUUUCUCCAUUUCCGCCUCUUUUCUUUUUUCCCACUGUAAACAAACCAAAGUCAAAUGAUCAGACUUCUCCCUGCUUAUUGAAAUGCUUACAGUUAGUCCUCCAGAGUAUUGCUUUGAGCUGUAUCUGAGGCAACAGCCUACUCUUCAUAGCAACAGUUGCUCUUGAUAAAUAACAGACUGUUGUUAUGGAGAAUCGUCCAAUAAGAUUUAGGGAUAAGGCUUAAAACCUGAUUCAAGGAUCUCAUUCCGCAUUUUUUUGCAACGAAGACCCAAUAUUUGAGCAUCUUGAACCUGCUAUCUGAAGUGGAGUAUGUCAUUUAAAUCCAAUCACUGAUACACAAGCAUAGGAAGGAGCACAGUGGGGUGAAGUUUGUAUUCCACCAAAGCUGGAGAUAAGGAGGAAAUGCAAUUCAUGUUUCAAAACAAUAUCUUGGUUUGGAAACAACCUGUGCUGUUGCCAAGCACAUCAACAAUGUGCAUCAAAUUAAACCAAAAUGCAGCAUCUUUAACUCCCCGCAGGUUGGAAAUACUGUCAAAUCUGGCAGCUGUGGGACAGUCAUCCUCCUCCUCAGCUCAAAUCACACGCAAGCUCGGUUGUCUCAUCUCUCCACAACAUGAUAGAAAAGCAGAGAUAGUGAAAGCACUUAAGGCGAGGCUCAUCAUGGAGGCAAAAUACAGGUAUCCUUAUCAAUUGGGGAUUUUCUAGUUUUCGAACCAGAAAUGUAAUUUCCUUAUUUAUUGACCAGUCUGAUAAGAAUAAACUCAGAAAACAGUCACAAUUUAUUCAACAGGACUAAACACAAGAUCAUUGAGACAGUGGGUGAAUGAUGUUAGUUUAUACAGUUUGUCAAGGGCGCUUUGAUGUGAGGUCUCAUUGGUAGAAAAGCCAUGUUAGGGUCUAGUUUUGGAAUAAAAUCUAGAUGCAUCAGUCUCUAAAUGUCAGCAUCUGUAAAACUUGAUACACCAAAGGUGUGAUCAUGAAUCUAUUUAGAAAUGUCACCAACUCUUUCAUUUUUUUGUCGAUCUUAUGUCAGACCUACAUUAACACGUGUCAGGGUGUGUACACACCUACGGUAUUUGCUCCUUAAAUGGAAAGCAGGGUAUUGCUAGCUUUUUCUAUGCCCCGCUGGCCAACUGCUGCACACUCUCAAAGGCAAUUACUGACUGUGGUCUGACUUGGACUUUGCAUCAAUCCCCCUUUUUAUGUUAAAAUGAUGAUUUUCCACAGAUACAGCUGCAGUUUGAGUAUUGCAGUUAUUUUGCUUUAAAACGUUUCUGUGUUUCUGAGUGCACAUUUGACCUCUUUUAGCUGACAAAAUCUGCUCAUUUGUGACCACCCACUUUGUCAACAGGGUUGCAGUCAAUCCAAACUAAAUGGAGACACUGCAAGUGUGGUGACCAGUGUUGGGCAUGAUAAUAUGAAACAGAUUUUUGUUACUCUUUUAAAAUUUAAGUCUGCACCACACAUUGCAUAUGUUGCUGUACAGAUGUACUAUAAAUAUCCAACUUAUUCUCUCAUUGGCUCAGUUCUUAAAAAUGGCAUCAUGAUGUCUGUGAGGUAGAAAAUUGCGUCUGUUUCUGGAUGUCUGCAGGAAGCAGGAAUCUGCAGGGAAAUAACUAAAACAUUGUCUUCUUGGGUCACUGUGCUAUUGGAAGUCGUGUGUUGAUGCUCUGAGCUGGAUCUUCAAACAACCUGGGGUUAUUGUGACUCAUGCUGUGUUGGCAUCAAUUCUUAAUGUUUCCUGCUUGUUAACAUAUGAAGAAAAAAAGAGUGCUUUGUUUGUCUGCAGGAUGUUUCUAAAGCUCCCCCGCAGCUUUGUAUUUGGCUGAAUAUUAUUAAAUUUACAUGGACACAUGUAUGUGGACAGGAAGAAUGGUGGGUUAUAUGAGGGCAAAACCUCAUAUAAAACCUCAAAGCAGAAGCUUUAACAGGGCCUUCUUUAACAAAAAAUGAAACCAUAGGUUAUUCAGAAUUACUUGAUUCAUCAAGAGUGCAUUCUGGAGACUUAAUUUCAUUAUUUUUCAAGAAAAAAUAAUUGAACUCUAGAUUCAAAAAACAUGUUGAAAAUCAGUGGGUUUUUUUAGAAGUUUCUAAAGUUGUUUUGUGUAUGAUGUUAGUCUUUCAUAGGGUUUUUGAGAAUGGUCCAUUCAUAGAGGUCAAGAGAUGAUUCAAAUAGCCGGAUUGAUUCUUAAGUUUGCUUUCCUUCUUACCUUGUUAAAUCAGGUGAAAGAGACUGGCUGUGAUCAGGCUCAGAGAUAGUUUGCAACUCACAGAUAUAGACUGGAACUAUCUAAGACUUGAAUAACCAGCAGUAAAAUCUUUAAAACAAUUAAAACUAACAGGAAGCCAGUGAAGGGUAGAAAAUACUGGUGUUAUUUUACGUCAUACACAUUUUUAGACACCUAAUUCUUGUUUUCAGUCAGACAGGACAGAAUUUCAGACACAUCAGUGGUGCAAGGUACUGAUGGAGUACCAAGCUGAGUGUCAUCUGCAUAGCAAUGGAAGUCUAUACUGUACCUAUGCAGGAAACAGUGAAUAAUAGGGAUCCCAAGAAGGAAUCGCACAUGACAGAAGACCACAGGAGGAGAAAGUGGUAUUUUCAAGCAAGGACAGGUGUGUUGUGAUCACUCUUAUUGCUGUGUGUUAUAGCCUGGAUAUUGUUUCUAUACGUACUCUCAAUUUACGCUUUGGUCACUGACCUUAGACACAAAUAAUAAUGCUCAUUUAGCAUAACCUCCAUUCUUUUGAAAUGAGGGCCUUUUAACUUAAUUAUAUAAACCAUUUGGAUAUUUUGUACUUCAUUGUAGCUCUAUUGCAGAAAAAUAGACCAGUUGUGCCUGAUCUAAUCAUCAAAUCUGUAAUUGUUGGUUGGAGGUUUGACAGCAAACAACCAAAGAAAUUAAGUUUGCAGUGACAUGACUGAACUAGCGUCAUGAUAAAUUUAUUCUUUGGUGUGCUUCCCAUUGAAUUUUUGAACAAGACUCGUUUCUCAAUCUGUGCUUCACCACCUUUGAGAUUUUUGAACUGCUGUUCCAUACUUGUUGGAUCUUAUCAGCUGCUCAUGUUUUUUUCCCCUCUACUCUGGAGUGCACCCACUUUCAUAUCACGGUAGGGUACUGCAGACUGUCUUUCUGCUGUUUCAUUUUAUUUGUGCAAAGUGACAGGCUGUAACAACACGAGACAAAGUUUAAUGUCGUCACCAGCAUAAAAUUCAUCAUCAUUCUGUAUCAAGAUUGUUCCAUCGCCAUCUUUUUUUGUCAUGCCUGCUACACUUUGUCAAUUUGUUUGCCACAAACUCUUUUACUUGUUGAUCCAAUUCUUAUAAAAGAUGGCAACAUCAACUCAGAGCUGUGUUUGAAAUCUCAAUAUCAAUCAGUGUGGUUGAUAUCAAAUAAUGCACAGAGUGUAUUUGUUACGUCUGGUGUUUAUCCAAUUACAUGUUGUGAUAUGUUGCCCUUUUCCGUCACUGUAGUGCAGAGUAAGAUUGUUUCUUUUGGAGACUUUGAGUCACGACAUGAUGAAAUAAAAGCUUGCCUAUUUGUUGGUAAUUGGUCUUAGAUCAAUGAACCACAUUCAUGUGAAUGAGUUGUUGCCUGAGAAACAUUGAUCCGUUGUUUUGCAACUGUUGUAUGCUGUCCAAAAAAAGUGCAAUAAUUUGCUCCUUUUACAGGCGGUUUGUUCUUUGGCUGCAAGUGUACAUGUGAGAAAAAUCAUUUAAACCACAAGAAGCUCCUCCAUAUCUCCUCUGACCUUUUUGAUCGGGCUGGACUGUGAGACAGACAGACACACAGACUGGUCUGUUUCAAGCCCAUCAGCUCUGGUUUGGGGCGCUCUGUCUCUUUAAGCAGCUCUCGGCUGUCUCAGUGCUGCUUGGCAACCAAAAGCUUUAGCAGCACACUGAGAAGUUAAAUUGCAUCAGUUGGCGAUUAAUAUCACAGCAGUGAGGCGCUCUGUCAGGUGGUUUUCUCUGACUAAAACAAAAGGGGCCUCAUGUGUGUUCACCUGCUGCAGCAUGGCUCUCUCAGUGUUUGUGACAUAUAUGUCAGCUUUUUGAUGAACAUGCACCAGAAGUGUUCUCCGUUUACAAAAAAAAGAAGCAUUAGCCAACUCGUUAAGACUUUCUUACGUUUAUGAAAUUUGUCAGUUUUUUAAAGCUUGAAACUAGCGCAAGGAGGUGUCAUUGAAGCAGCAGAAGAAACAGCCCUGUGUUUAGUUCUUCCACUCAAACAUUCACAGUAAAUGAUGCAGUUGAUGGUCAAAAGCUAGCAAGACGUGCAUCAGAAGAUGAUACUUAAGCAUAUAUGGGGCAAGAUAAGCUAGGACUACUUUGUCCACAGGGGGCACCAAAAUUGAUAAAACCAAAAGAAAUAAACUAAUGCAUCUACAGACACAAUAGGCAGCCUGAUCAUUGUGACUAAAAAGGGUUUUUUUAGCUAACACAGCAGGAAGGGAGUAAUAGAUGCCAUUAUUGUUUAAGCUCCAGUGAGGAAAUUCCUGUUUGUGUUGAUUUUGGCGCCACCUGUGGACAAAGUGAUACCUCUUAUAUCUUUGCUGAUAUUGUCUUGAACGUGUCUAAGUCACAAGAAAUGCAGUCCUAGUUGGAAUAAAAUUGAUUCCUCAUCAUUUUGAAGAAAGUCAUGCAAGAGUGCCCCCCCCCCCCCAAUCAGUUAAAAAGAGUUGUGUCCCAUUCCUUCAUUAUGAGAAUCCUUUGACUAUAUUUCUUAAGAGAGCAGUGUUCAAUAUCUUGACAGGAGGAGAGAAAUUAAAUAGUGAAAAUAAAAUAUCAAGAGUUAUAGCUUAAAGUUUAUUGCUGCUUUAAAGAUGUAAAUGAAGUCUUUUCUUUGCCAGUUUCAACAUUUUCUCUUUGACACCUCUCUUAUCGCAUUACAAACUUUGUUUAAAAAUUCCAAUUCAAUUUCCUCAGUCACUUUGACUUAAAUGCACUCCUAUCAAGCUGUCACUCAUACCCUGUAGGUGUUAAGAAAGCUCCUUUACCUGCAGGUGUGCUGUGUUUUAGCCAGCACAAGGAGUCUGGUGCCCGAAACUCUUAUGACAAACGUGAUAAUGGCAGAUGAUGGGAAGAAAGCAGGGACCGCAGUGAGCCUGCAGUCUGGGCUGUAGUUUGAAAAAACUGACAGGCUGGAAUUUAAAUGACAGGAUGAGAAGAUGAACUCCAAGUGCCUGAAAAUCACCAUCCAAUUUAUGUAGUUACAGUCUGUUCUGCAGAGGUGUUUCCUUCAAACAAUGUGGGAUUUUCGAAGAGCAGAUUUGAUUAUGUUUGGCAGGCGUUUUAGAGUUGAAAAGAGCGUUUGUCCACAGUUACAGUUAAAUCAGACUGGUCCAAUCAGACAGCAGGUGUCUGCAGCUUCAUUUCAUAUGAUCUAGAUCUGUCUGCAACACUAUCAGCAAAUAAAACCUUUUUCUUAACUGAAGUGAGUUUACAAUUUUUACCAACUGUAGCGUUUCUUAACUCUAAAGAUCAGUGUGCAUCAAUCAGUCGUGUCUUAACUGUCUUGCAUUGUUAAAAAUGUGAUAUGAAACAGACAGCGGCUCGAUCCUAAUGUCAUGAUCUGGCUCACAAAGGUUGUGCUCUUUCUUCUUCAUGCUUACCUCUGCUUCUUUAAUCUUGCAAGACUUCAAUGUUGACCUUUUGCCUUUUGAAAGAUUAAUGGUGGUACUAGUUGGCCUUGCACUUUACUUCAGGAAGCUCACAAUGAGUAAACAAUAAUAAAUGUUUGGAAAUCCAAGGAAAUGCACCGCUCAGCCCCUCUGGAAUCCACCAUGUUGACUUGAAAUGAAAAAGAAGUUUCUAAAGUUGACCUACCUGUAUGGGCUGGGUUCUGCAGCUCUGUGCAGUUUGCUCCACAGUUGUUUUAUUGUAAUAAUAAUAAUAAUAACUUAGUUUUAUACAGCGCCUUUCAAGUGACCCAAGGUCGCUUUACAAAAGGAGAUGGGGCUAGGGGAUAGAGGGGGGGAGGGGGUAGAAGUGGGGGUGGGGGGCGGGGUGGUAAAGGACCAUAGGCCUCAGUGAAUAAAUGUGAUUUCAGAUGCUUUUGUAGCUGAAAUGAGCUGUAAGAAUCUACAUGCUCUACUGCGGGGGGCUGCGCUGUUCACUCUCUUCCUGAUGGUGCUGAAUUCUAUCCAUAUGUUUGAUAAACCUGAAAGAGAGGGACGCUCUUAUCUUUUUAUUGUCGAGUUGAUACAUGACAGCUAUGACAGAAAUUUCACGUCUUUUAUUCUGUUUUAUGCCUGGACCACACUAGAAAAAAAACAACUCAUUCAGAUACAAAAGGACUCUGCCAUCUGUAAUGGCAUAGCCUCUUUGUAGCCUUUCUAUUACUGUAAAAAUAGUCAUGUCAAAGUGACCGUGGUGGAUGUUGUGUAAACACUGAAUACUUUAAGUGUUAUGAUGCUUAUGAAUACUCAGGUGUAGUUGCUGUUUACUUUCAGGAGACAGUAAAUAUUUCACUUUAAAUCUACGUGGCUGUUGGCGCCAGCUUUUGUGGGCAAGGUGUUUUUUGCAGCAAAGUGCAUUUGCAUGGAAAGGGGCAAUUAGUGCUUUAAAUUCAUGCAUAAUAGUUCAAGGAUGCAUGUGCCAAAUAGUACACAAAGAUGAUUUUUCAAGUUUUAUGUAAUGGAUAAUUUAAUCUUGUACAUAUUUACUUUCAGACACCUGAUGCAGAAUCUUAAAGAAAUACAAAAGCAGACUUGAAGUUCUUAAAGUUCUCCUCUGUUCCUGCACCAACACUCUGACCAGUUUAUCAAAAACUAUUGCCCCAAUCUUAUAUUUUUCCAACACCAUUUGCUGGCUACACAAAAGUGCUUUGGUCACCAUAUUUCGCACUUCUCCCAUCUUAACAGCAUUAGGCUGCCUCUGCUGUGCAGAAAUCUCCUGUCAUUAUUCAGCAGAGUGUUUGAUAACUGCUGCCACAGACACAAUCUUAUUUUAUGACUGGGACUAUCUGACUGGGACUGAUAUUUUACCCUCUUGAUAUUUUUCACUCUGAGGUUAAAUAUUGUUUUCUGCAGUAUUCUCUGUGAGGAGAAAGGGGAGAAGUUAAUUUUAAGCAAUAUUUUGCAUCUUUAAAAGGAAAGAAAUGGUUUCAGGUUCGCUAAAUGUUAAGGGGAGAAUAAUUCAUGUGAAAGGUGCAGAAGAUCAACAAGUAAUGACAAAUUGAUUCACUAUCUCUUUCCCCAGUCUGCUGUCACCACAGACCCCCACCUCCUCUUCCUCCUCCUCACUAAAGCAUGAAUAAUUACCUCAAUAAUGACUGAGUCCCUGCUGUGGCCUAACAACGACUGAUAAGGAUGGAAACACAUCAUAUCCCAGCCUGUCAGACUGAAGGGUUGGAAAGACAUCCAAUCAUAAAGACACUAAUACAGAGUAUAUGACAAGAGAUGUGAUUAUCUUGUCGGUAUGAGAUUAUGUUGAUCCCAGUGAAGAAUACUUUUGGACCAUCGGUCCCUAUAUAUAUUUAUGAGGUUCAAGGUCCUAUAGAUAUUGAUAUUGGUCAUCUGACAUUGGUUUUUCAGGGCUGAUACAGAUACCGUAGGGAAUGACACACUAGGUUCGAAGUAGGGCACUUUUUGGUUAAUUCAUUUUAUUGGCCGUCUAUAAAAUAAAUGGCCGGUACAGAGAGAUAGUUAGCGAAAUACUAAAUAUCAGCCCUGUUAAUUGGCCAAAGCCAAUAACUUGUGUACUUCUAAUAACAUGAAUAUUUCAGAAAAGUAUGGUGAAGGAUGCCUCUUUGCCUUUCCCUGUUGGAUCACAUGACCCAUGUACAGAAGAUGUAAUCAGAAGUUCUUCUGUCAGGUCCUGAUCCGUAGCAUAUUUCUUUCUUUCUCAUGUGUUGACAAUGUUUGUGUGUUUCUGAAUAUGCAACGUUUAUGUCCUCUACUUGCAGUGCACCUUACAUUGAAGGCUAAAACAUAGAGGAUGCAUAUUUGGAGUGUGGCAGCAGCAUCGCAUAUUGCGCAGCAAAUCGGUUGCCAUUCUAAUCAAUGCAGCAAAGCAUACAGGACGUGUAUCAGCUCUGUCGCAGCCGCGUAUCGAGAGCAGCACUGCUAAAGAUACCUGGCAAGUCUAUUUUUGCUGCUCUAUGCUUCCAAUGCGCGUCGAUCUACACAGAGAAGAUCGUCCUAGACAGGAAGUCAAGCACAAAAACCAUGCAUGUCAUCUGGUAUUUCAAAAUAAAACACCACAUGCGAACUCCCGACUGUGUAUGAGUUUGUGUAGAUGAGAAAUACUUCCUGUUUAUGGAUUUAUCAGUAACACAGAACAAUCCGAUGGUCAAUCCAUGAUCCAUGUGGACCCCAACAGGACUUGUAACUGCUAACUCUGUCUGAAGGUAACAGCACAGCGUUAAGGAACAUAGUUUACUUAAGUAAACACGAGUAAACCUGCAAAAACUGAAACUGUAAAAAAGUCAAAUCACGUUGCUCAUUCAAAUAUAGUAGAGGCUCAAUGGUCACUGAAUUAUAUCCACACUGGCAGGAAAUAGACCACAGAAAGGCAAAACGACCUGUUGUGAACAUGUUGUUUCCUCUGUACUGAGCCCAGCUGACCGGGGCUGCACUACGCUGCUGCUUUCACGCUCCAAAUACACAUCCUGUAUGCAAUACCCAAUGCUGCUUUAGGGAGCAAAUACAGAACGCACUUAAUAUGGACCCUGUAUGUUUUCAGAUUGACUGUCACUAUGGCGCUUUCAAAAUAUUCAGUUCAAGCUUUUUACCUCUCAACAAAACAAUCAAGAGUUUAUCCUCAAAAUUGCUUAGAUUAAAUUCACACUUCAGGCAUGUACAUCUGGCUAAUUUUUCCUUGAAUUAAAUUUUACAUCAAGCCAAAUUCUGUAAACUCAUCCAGGGAAACAGUCGGAAUCAGAAACAAGUCUGUUGCGUGCUCAUCUUUAAGAUUUUCCUCAAGAGAAAUCACUCUGUUGACGACAGAUGAGAGUAAAAGCAUGUAAUAUAACUGAUAGUUUGUUAAAGAGCUUUCUCCUCUCGGUUUCCCUUAGCAGCUUCUCAGAAGUGUUUCAAAGCUAUCCUAGGGAUUUCCUGGUAGUAGAUGCUGUGUUUACUGCUGGAUAAACUGUUUAUAAAAGGCCUAUAUGGGUCAAAUGAAAACAAGCCAGUGUGUUUUUGUGUUAAGAUGCUGGUAUGCUGUUUUCCAUGUCUGUGCAUGAGUGUGUGAAGAACUGCAACUAAAACUAACCUCAAUGAAAAAUGUGUCAGCAGCUAACACUGUAUAUUCUGAUUGGUCAAAACUCCAAAACAGGGAUGAGAAGAAAAUCAGCUGAGGGAGGUUUGACAUUUCUACGUGCUCACUAUUACAUUCAACAGCCAUGAAUCUGUUGUAGGCAUAUCUGUAGACAGACUCACUGGGCUAAAACUAAAACAUCAUUUCCUCGUUUCUCUUAUCAGUGCUCUUAAAUGUAGUUCCUGGUGCACGUAGAGGUGUCUGGUAUGUUGGCAAAGAAAAAGUAAAACAUCCAGAAAGACCAGAUCCUCCAACUGGACAAUCAGUUCAACAAGGUGAUGCACAAAGUUGUGAUUUCAAGCAGUUUUAUUCAGUAGUUAAUGGCAGAUGGUGUAAUUUGAAUCAUCCUGGGUGUAAGAACAUAAUUGCUGUCUAGAAUACUCACAUAAUGAGAGAAAAAUAUAGAUCUUCAGCUAAAAAGAGAGUGACCUUUGACCCAAUUGAAGCAAGAAACGCUUCAUCGAGUUGUUUUAUUCUCGUUCUGCCGUUUCACAAUUACAGGCUGGAUUUAUUGAAGCAUUUAAUUGCCUUUAUUAUGGAUCUGUCAGUCACUCUCUAGCUGGUGUAUUGAUUUUUCUUUCCUAUAGUUUCUGUUACAGCUCACCCAAGAUAAGUUUGCAGCUGCAUGUUUGUUGUAGUCACAAGCUGUGCAACAUCUAAAAAAAACUGUACAGAAUAGAUGACACUAAAUUCUACUUCACCUCUGCCCCCUUUAUGAUGCAGGGGUCAGAGGUCAGGGUUACAGCACAACAGCAGCACAGAGAUGAUGGAGAGUUGGAGUCAAUCAUACUCUACCUUUGCUACAGUUCUGCAGUCCAAUCUGGAAAACAGCGUGUAUUUUCCAAAAGACCACUAAUAUCAAAAUAUAAAACUCAAUUGUCACAUGGAAAAUGCAAAAUUAAAUGUACAGUAUUGCUUUAUUUCCAUGCAUUUGCGUGUUGCCCAGAUGUAAAAGAAUAUUAAGCAGUGAGUUGUUGUCGAAAACAGAUCUUUAGAUCACUAAAGACUGACAUCAGGGGGCUAUUCACAAGUUACCAGAGGCCCCCAGGUGAAACUAAUCCCCUGCAAAUAUUGCUUGAGGAGCGAUCAGGGGGUCGUGCUUCUCAAAAUAAAAAGUGAAAUUAAAUCAAUGUUUCAAAGUCACGAUUUUAAUAAAUUUCUUAUUAGAAUGUCCUUUUAAGCAAUAAGUCACCUCUCUGUAUGUUAAUUUUUCAUCUAUUUUUUUUUAACCAACAUUAAACAAGCUUUUCCUGUCAGAGCCAGAGCUCAUUAUAAGCAUUAAUGCAGAUAACUGAAAAAGCCUUGUAAACAUAUUAGUAUUGAUGUCAAAUCAAUAAACAGCCAAAAUCCAUAACCACAAUGCAGCUAUUCCUUAAACAGCCAGCAAAGCACAGAUGUCAGUAGCAUGGUUCUUUGCUGCACACGUAAAGCUUUAAAUCAAAAUCUUACCUUAAAUUAAGCUCAUCUUGUGAUGCAGAUGAACUGGCAUCCCAGUUGGCUCAAUAGAAAUUGGUUUUAUUCUUACCUUAUACAUAUCUAGAUUCCAAAUCAGGACUACAGGAAGGCUGGCUCAGCACCUGGACUCUUCUACUAGGGCACGGAUGAAGUUCAAACCAAGCAAAUCCAGGAGCAUAUCCAUCGUCAGGGGGAGACUCACAGACCAGAGGUUCCACAUCAAGGACACACCCAUCCCAUUGGUGUCUGAACUGCCAGUCAAGAGCCUAGGGCGACUAUACAACGCACAUCUCAAAGACUCGGACCAGAGUGAUCAGCUGAGGGAAGAAACCAUCAAAGGCCUCGUCAGCAUAGACAAGACCUUGCUUCCUGGCAAGUUGAAACUGUGGUGCCUGCAGUUUGGAUUGCUCCCCCGCCUGAUGUGGCCUCUAACAGUCUAUGAGAUCCCCAUGACCAAAGUCGAGAAGCUGGAAAGAACAGUGAGCUCAUACAUCAAGAAGUGGCUUGGCCUCCCGCGUUGCCUCAGCAACAUCGGCUUGUAUGGACAUGGUGCCCUGGAACUGCCCAUCUCUAGCCUCACAGAGGAGUUUAAGUGCACCAAGGUGAGGCUGAACAUGACCCUGACUGAGUGGCAAGAUGAGGUGAUCCGUGCAGCUGCUCCCAGACUGGCAACUGGGAGGAAAUGGAACCCAUCUGAGGCGGUACAGCAAGCCAAAUCUGCUCUCAGGCAUGGAGACAUUGUGGGACAGGUGCAGCAUGGAAGAGGCGGGUUUGGACUCGGAACAAGUCGACCCACAUGGCACAAAGCAACAUCAACCCAGAGGAGAAAGCUGGUGGUUGCUCAGGUUCGGCAACAAGAGGAGGCAAACAGAUGCGCGACAGCAGUAGCACAGUCCAAACAGGGACAGUGGACCAGCUGGGAAAACCUGGAGCAUCGUAAGCUCACAUGGAAGGAUCUUUGGGAAAUGGAAGGAAGCCAAAUCAGCUUCAUCAUCAGAGCCACCUAUGAUGUUCUUCCCACACCCAAAAACCUAAACCAAUGGUUUGGAGAAGAUCCUUCUUGUGCACUCUGUCAAACACCUGCAACACUGAGUCACAUCCUCACCGGCUGUAAAACCAGUCUGUCCCAAGGCCGCUACACCUGGAGACACAACCAGGUCCUAAGACAACUGGCGAUCACUCUGGAAGGAAGGAGAACAACCAUCAAUGCCCUCCCUCCACCAAUGCCUAGACGCCCAAACACCACCCCAUUUGUAAGAGCAGGACAACCACCGGCAAAACCAUCUGCAAGAGUGGAGGCAACCCUUCUAGACUCUGCCCGGGACUGGAGGAUGCAGGUUGACCUAGACCAAAAACUCAUCUUUCCGCCUGAGAUCCUUCCAACUAGCCUCAGGCCGGACCUGGUCUUGUGGUCAACCACCCAGAAGGUUGCGUUCAUCAUUGAAUUAACUGUACCGUGGGAGGCAGCAGUUGGUGAAGCAUAUGAGCGCAAACGACUGAAGUAUGCGGACAUAGCAGCCGAGGCAGAGAAGCGCGGCUGGAGGGCCCAGGUGCUUCCGGUGGAGGUUGGGUGCAGAGGCUUCGUUGCAACAUCCACAACCAAGCUUCUGAAGAGAUUGGGAGUACGAGGACAGGCCUUCCGACGAGCCAUCAAAUCAAUAUCAGAGGCUGCCGAACGAAGCAGCAGAUGGCUCUGGAUCAAGAGAAAGGACUGCACCUGGGCUGCAAAAUGACCACCUAGGGGUAAAAGCAGAGGGGGGCACACCUGGGACGCCAGGUGUCGCCGUUGAGCCCCCUGGAGGUGUCGUGGGCCUAUCAAUGAAACACCAGUGAAGGGGGGUGCCCACCUGAAGACCCCAGUGAAGCUUUUACACCCCCCCCCCCACUCAAUUCCAAGUGCUGAUAUAAGGGAUUGUAGUCCUAUGAGCUCAACAUUCUACUAUGGAGCCAUGUGGUUGUAACACGUUAGUGUUAAAAUAUAACACUACUUCCAUCUCCAACUCCAUCUGUAGAUGCAGUGACAAUGCUCACACAAUGCUAUUUAGUUGUGAUUUUGUUAAACCUAUGCAGUGAUUUCCACUGCAGAGUCAUGUCUGUUUUUCAUUCAAUGAAAACUGCCCUUUGGGGAUACAUAAAGUUGUCUGAAUCUGAAAUGCUACUUAAGGGCCUGAAGAUCACAGCCAUCCCUCAACAUUUUACACAGUUUCUAAACUCUUGUCGAAUUGAAGUCGUGAAAUUUAGUGUGUCAUUGCUUUGAAUGGAGAAUAGUGAUUUGAGUAAACUGUUGGUUAUGGCAUGUUCAUAGGAUGAUCUAGCUCAUUGCAGGUCUUCACAGGCCCCUCUUCCCCCCUUCUGGACAGCCCUGCCAUGGUUACAGAAAUGACAACUUUUCCCACCCACUGUUUUAUGAUGUAGGAGGGAAAAGUUUGAACUGAGUGCUCCUGCAGUCUGACUUUUAUUAUCACACAACUGAGCAAUUAAAUUCAUCCUGUUUAUCAAUUAGACCCAAACAAGGCGGAGGUGUCAGACAGGCCUGGCUUUAAUUACUGACGACAUUAAUUCUGCAGAGAGAGCAGAGUUAGAGGAGCGAGCACAGACUGAGUCAGUGUUAUUGAACUCACUCCGCCUCUCCUCCUCAGGGACGCAGCACAAACACUCGUCUGAAGGUUUCCGGGUGUUGGGGUAUUAAUUGGAAGUCAGUGGUGCGGAUGUUUGGGCGACACCAUUGGAGCUGUUAUUAGGAGCUGUCAUAGUGUCAAGAGGGAGCGGCAUAAUUCUUUUACAUUUAUGUUUAUUUAAUCAGGAUCUUUCCACACCAUUGGUUUUCCAUCAGCUGUGGGUAUGUGCAGUGAUAAUAUACACACACAUUUUGACAAGUUCUGUGCAAUGAAGGCUCAUUAAAAAAAACGUGAAGUUCCCUUUAAAUGCCCAUGAAUCUGUUGCUAAAGUUCUUACUGUACAGUCUGACUGAUUGAAGCUAAUGAACAUGCUGUAGUAGAAGUAGCAGUAGGAAACAAUCAACAAGGCUAAUAAAUAAAGCCAAUGAGAAAGUGCUGAAAACUGCAGUUCCACAAGUGUUCACUUAAAACUGUGAUUUUGUUUAACCCUGCUGUAUGAAAAAAAUGAUUUUUUUAAGUCAGCCUCCAGUGGACACUUGGUGAACUGCACUUUUGCAUAAUCUCCAGUGUUCACUGCUGGAGGUUACCACUAGGUGUCACUGAAGUUAAAUCAGUUACUACACCUUGCCUGGGUCAUUUUUUUUAUUUUUUUUUUAUUUUGGUGCUUUGGGUUUAAUGUACAGAGAAGCCUGUGCUUCAACUUAUGUAGUGUUUUCUCAGUAUGUACUGAGCAUUACUUGCUGACAUACUAAGAGCUUAAGAUGAAGGCAACAAGUUCCCUGGAAAUAUCUGCUCUUCCAUGGAUUUGUGUGAAUUUUUUUCUGACUUUAGAAAAAUAUAAAUUAUUUUAAUGGGUAGCUGAUGACUACAGAUAAAAAUUGAUUCUCUAAACACAGGAACUUCUUUGUACAUUCGAUUCUCCCUGGACUUCUUUGAGCACCAUCACCUGCUAAUGCCUCAUUCUACACUUCAUCUUUCUAAUCUCCAGGUCCUAUUUAAACACAGUCAUAACUUUGUUCAUUUUAUCGCCACCUUCAAACUGUGAUGCUGUACCAAGUACCAAGACAUAUCCCUCAUUUGCUGGAGACCUGCGUGUCAUCAAGUAUUUUACUGAUUUUUUAAUAAGUAUUGAUAAGCUUGGUUUCUCAGGGUGGCUGGAGGCCUGAAGCCGAGGGCGUUUGAUAUAAGCUUUCCAACAUUUCCUCUCUGUAAAGUGCUAAUUACUGUGGUGUUUCUGCACUGCACUUCCCAGAAAUCAGUUGUCAGUUAAACAGUGUGGGCAACACUGUGAGGUCUCUGAGGAUUUUCUGUCAGCACAGACUAAUAUUCAACAAGUCAGCCCAGGAAGGAACAAAAACAAAGGUUUAUAAAUAUGAAAACAAUGCAGAUUAUUAUUGCAGUGACUGUGUCGAGUUUAUGAGUUGUUUUUAUGAUUCUCCUUCAGUUGUACAUAUUUCAGUUAUGGCAGAUUUUUAUAACAGUGUGGUUUAUUUUCAAGACAGCUGUUUCACUAAGAAACUUUAUAAACAAAGUACAUAUGCAUAACUUUUGUGCUUUUGAAAAAACAAAGCUGCAUGAUUACAGCUUAAAGCUACUGUGAGGAAUUUUAUGCUUGUGUAAGCACAAAUCAUGUAAAACUGCUAAAAAUUUUUGCACUGAAGUCAAUGGGACAAGCCAAAAAAAAAAAAAGGAACAAUCACUGGAGUUUUUUAAAUGUCUACUCAUCUGGUCCCGUUUCUUUUGUUGUCAAAAUAAAUCUUUGAAAAGGAAUGUUUAUUUUUGUAGGUGUGCUCCUUGUUUAAAAUAUCACAAUAGUAUUAAUCGUAUGAAUUAUUUAAAAUCUCUGAAAAAUCUCAUUGUAAUGUACUCAACCCUGCAGUAGCCCCUGUGGCCCUUUUAAAAUAUUCCAGGGGAGAUUUUCUAGUUAUUGUUGUUACUAUCCUGUUACUGACAAGUAACUGUUUGAAUAUUGAUUUUAUGAUAUUUUCUGUCAUUUUUCUUGUUGAAAUUAAUUGUGCUGACAGCUCUGUGAAUAUCCUCUAAAUGAUUUCAAACACACUGACACACACUGUGUCUGUCUGUCUCGUUCAGGUGAAACAGAUCAUGGAAGAAGCAGUGACGAAGAAAUUUGUCCACGAAGACAGCAGCCACAUCAUCGCAUUGUGCAGUAAGUACUGAUUUUUGUCAAUACACUGAGAAAAACAGACUGCCUUCGUUCCAUCUCCUCCGUAUCCUGCACACGCAUACACACACUCACACUCACUCACACAUACACACUUGUUGAGCUCCCCCAGCAGGUGCCUGGGUGCUGUGUCUCCGUCAAGGACUCAGCUUGACGUCACUGAGCUGCUGCAUCAAUGGAAAGUUAAUAAUCACAGUGGAGCUAAUGGAAACCAAUUUCAGAGAUAGGCUGUACAGAAACCAGGCUUUCUGAGCUCCAGACACGUCUGUGUGUGUAGGCCUGUGCAUGUGUGUGUGGGUGUGUGUGUGGCAGCAGAGGGGUUGCCUCUCCUGACUGGAUGCUUGGUCUUGCUGUGGGUGAGUCACAGCUUCCAGCCAGUCACAGGGUGGACUCUGCCUGCAGCAUCCCAUCGGCUAGAUCACCGUUGAUACGUCAACAGAGCGUUGUUUCAUAGGUGUAACACGCAGGACUGUUGAAAACCUACAAGAAACUGGCAAUAAAAAGAUUAAUAUUUCAAGAGGAUUGGGUUCAUUAUCAAUGAUUUUUAUCUCUAUGUGAGCUGUGGUGGUGCCAGAAUGAUACCAGUUAGAGUGACGUAAAGCUAACAGCUCUUAUACAUCCUGUCAGUCAAAUCAGCUGUGUCCCUAAUAAUGCUAACUACUUAUCCUAACUCAUAACCUUGAUAUCUUUAAAGCUUUGCUACAAUGUGCCCACCCUGCAUAUUUGAACCAGGCUGUAAACAUGUGGUUUUGCUUUUUUAAAUGGGUCUGCAUAUAGCUUUUUGAGGCUUCUGCAACCAGUCUCAAGUGGACACUCGUGGUCAAGUCAGGGUUGGUGAGGGUCAAUUUUUUUCAGACUUCAGGGGGGCGUUCCAGAUAAAAUUCCCACUAGGAACUCUGAAAUUCUUACUUCUCAGGACAACUGGAAUGCAGCAAUUGAUACCAAAAUCUCGUCUUGUCAGACAUGCAGAUACUGACGGGGUAAACUUAGUCACAACAAAAGAAAAAAACUGUAAAAAAGGACACAGAGAUGGCCUGUGGUUUGGUUCACCACUGAUCUGAUGUGGGUUAUAUCUUAAUUAUUCAGGAUGGUUGUGGGUGAUUAUUCUGAAUUUCCUGGUUAAAAAUAUUCUAUAUUAAUGUGUUUCAUAUCAGAAAAAUGAAUCUGUCAUGGUAGCUAACUAAAUGAAGACCUUUAAUCACACUUCAAGCUCAUAAUCUCGUUAUUAUUAGGAUCCUGGCAGCAGAUUAAAUACUGGUCAUUAAUUGAUGAUUUACGGUAUAUAAAUACAUUAAUGUGUCCGAGCCAUCUAUCGUUAAAGAUGAAGUCCACAAGAAUUCUUGACUGGCUAAAAAACAGUGAAUUCAUGCAGGCUCAGGUGAAUUAAAACAAAAUUAACUCUAAGCACUUAUUGAAUGCUUUUUCAUGCGAUUUAUUCUAUAUAUAGAUUUUUUUUUUGUCCAGCUUUGUCAACAGGUGAGACAUUGGAUGUCUUUUAGAAGUUCCCAAACAUAAUUUUCUAUAUUCAAUAAAGGUGAUCUCAACAUUCGUCAAAAUAAUCAUGUCAAUUGUUUUUCUUGAUACUUGUGCAGUCCAAGUACACAUGGUUUUCACAGGCUUCCUGUUACACUUCAAGAUUAUGUAAUAACUUGACAUUCAUCAGGUUUGGUUAUAUCCUGUCUUAUCAUGAAUAAAAUAAGCCCUGUAAAUGCCACGUAGCAUGUUAAUGUCACCACAUGGUAUUAUACAGUAUCAGUCCUGUCUAGAGACUCUUCAGGCUAACAUCAUGACGUCAUUGUGCUGCAGCUAACAUCUGCCUCUGAGCGCUUUAUCUAGGUGCAAAAGGUUAAAGGUCAGAUGCUGAUGAUAACCAGUGAUGUCAGAGCAGGAAUGAGUCCCUGCUGGUCCAUUUUUACUCUAACACUUGGUCAGUGUGUUUCUUCGUCUUUGGCCAGUAAGGGUCACAGUAAAUCCUGUGUGUCAACACAGGAGACUCGUAUCAGGUACCACAGCUGGAAGGUGAACACUUAGGAUGAGAGUAACUAAACAACUGAAUAACAUAAACCUAAACAGACACAUUCAGUGUCUUUGGUGUUUCUACCUUCAUAAGACAGCAACCCCCUAUUUUUGCAGCCACCUAAUUUUCAGUUAUUAUACCUGGUAAUACAUGUAACUAGAAAUGCAUGACUGUGUUAUUACAAAUGUAAUAAUGGGCAGUUAUGGAGAAACCAUCAAGCUUAAGUACUUCUAAAAACCUCCAUAACUACCUAUCAGUUCGACUAAAUACAGAGAAGUUAUGACCUGUAAUGGCGACGACCAUUACUCCCUCAGCACCUCUGUUAUGACCUGGUAAAUACGUGGUCAAGGCAUGAUUAACAAGGAUAGGAAUGUUAUUACAGAAAAACUACAGGAGAAAUACUAAUUGGUUUAGUAUGGUAAAAUUACUGAUAUAAUUGUAAACUUCCUGUAAAGGAGGCUUCAGUUUAUAUGUAAACUGCAUGAAUAAUAUUAUUAUAAAUCAUCUAGGAAUUUAGAUGGUGCUUUCCAGUAAAUGACUUCGUUUUUUAACAGCUCUCUAAAAACUCUUUUCGCUUUACCACCUUAAAAACUAUGAAAACUGACAAUAGAACUUACAUAGUAAAGUCAACAUAAAUAUGUACCCUAUUUUCCAUGGCAUAUCUGAGUACUACAUGAAUAUUUACUAUGUAGGUCAGCUGAUGUAAACUGUGCUGUAAAAGAAAUCUGUGGUUGUUUCCUGGGGGUAUUACCAGGAUGUAACCAUAUACUGUACUCUGUAAUAGAUAACUCUCUUUUACAUACAAUCAACUCAAACCGGUUCUUAUGGGUUCAAAGAAAUGACAGAGUACUACAGAAAUAUUUUCUCAGUAAGUAAGCUGAAACUGAGACUGUAAAAGGAUGUUUCGGCUGUUUCUUAGGUGUUGCAAGAAAAUGAGACAAUGACAAACACAUUACAUUCAGAUUAUGGACUUCCUCAAGUAAAACGUUCCUUUGACAUGAAGUAAAAAAAAAAAAAAAAAGAAAUCAGUUCAGAUAACUCUUUUACUAAUAUACACGGUUUUAUUCCACUCAGAAUUUUUGAGGUUUCUACUCAAUACUAAAUAUUUCAGAUGCAUUUACUCAGUUUAUUCGGCCAUUAUUCAACUGAAACCAUUUAUUCAGACACAAGAGAAAAUUUUUACUUAUCUCUUCUCAUUACUGAUAGUUUGUUUUACUCAAUUUCAAAGCUUUAAACCCAGCUCAAUAUUUAUGGCGGUAAAACUGUUUCACUUAAAGCAAUAUGCAGUAUUACUUUUUAGAGUGUAAUGAUGUAAGGACAGUCCCUCUGUGAUGGCAAAGGUGUGUUUUGCCAACUGCUCAUCCCUCUCCAUCUCCACUGUCUUUUGUGCACUCCAGCUCUAAACAUCAUGAUAAUAAUGGUCUAAAAUGCAAAAGCUUUAGAGCAGCAAACCACAGACCAACGGGUACACUGACUCGACUUCUUACUUACACAGUCUGUAGGUACUACAAAAAAUUAGCAGAGCCAUGAACAAAAUCACUAAUAUCUGCUGAAUUUACUGCUCUAUCUUUCUCGCUCUUCUUCAGACUGAAAUUUCAGCAGCUGAGUUGAUCAGGAAUCAGAUGAUUUAUCUGCUGUAUGAUCAUAUGUGUCAAUAGCCAAUUUCAUCCUCUGGCUUUACACUCUAGCUGCCAUCAAUGUGGAAGAUGACUUUCACACACCACUUGCUUACUGAGCUUCGUUGGGUCGUAAUUUGGAGUGAUAGAUGUGGUUUCAUCUUUUCCAAAUGAGGCUGGAACGCUGAGUUGGUUUUUGGAUUUUGAUCCAUCUGUAACACUCUCAUUCUCACUUGGACUUCUUGAUUUCUGUACUGAUUGCCCAAGGUGCACAAAGCAGUCAAGUGCAAAAAGGAUGGAGCGCAAAAAUGAUCAAACCAAACAACGUAUAGUGGAAAAGAAGAGAAGGGGAAGAGGAAGAGCACACACUCUGCUUUUGUGAAACCAUAAAGAACAAAAUGAGCGACUCAGCAGGCAGCAAAAUUUAAUUCGGUCUCUAUAUAUUUGGGAUUGUGGGGAGCCAUAAUCCUAAUAGAAGUUGAAACUCGAUGAAUUACCCAGCCCUAUAGUCAACAUAUGAUCAGUAUAAUAUAUCCAGUAGGAUCCAUUAUUGAUGUAUUUGUAUUGCAAAGAUUUUAUAUCAGACAAACAGAAUUACCAGACUUCCUGGCAGCUGUAUAAUCAUUAUCACUAGACUAACAGAGGCUGGUAUCAUCAUCAGAUAGCCCCCUAAUGGUCAUGUGACAGAGGAUAUCAUCUGUUAUGAAUACAAAUGUUUCACCAUCUUGUAAAGCACCGAUAUUUUUGUGUCCUUGUUUAAUGUACAGUAAGAGUUGAGAGGUAAAGUCAGGUUUGAUCACCGAUUUAGAGUUUCAUCAAUUAACUAAAGCCCCAUAGAAACUCUCCUGGUUGCUGUUUUCUAUCUGUGCUCCUACAUAACACCUCCUGUUAAGAAGAUAAAACAAUGUUCCAGAUGGUAAAAGGGCUUUUCUCAUCGUGCUAGCCGUUAUUUAAAAUCUUUUUAUUAAUAAUAAUGAGCCUGUUACCUUGGACAGCCAGUAAGGUGUCAGUGGGCGAAGGUGGCACCCCAGUUAUAGAUAGGAACCUGCAGGAUGUUUGCUGGCCUGUCUCUCUGCGUGGUUGGACUCGACUGUUGCGUAACUGUGUCCAUGUGUAGGAGUCCAAAACUUCACCACGACAUUUAAACUGAUCACAUAACUCACCCUCAUUAACCUCUCAAAUGGGGGAGUCACGUUGUGCAAUGUUAGAUUUAUCUUUUCUGUAAUCUGGUUUCUUGCACGUUGUCUUACUUUGUGUGCAAUCGAGACUUUGAAAGAAAGACAAUUUCACUGCCUUAAAGCUGUGUCCUAAAAUAUCCUCUGCCCUCGAAUGAACUGCUGGUGCAUGUGUUAUUAAAAGAGCACCCAAAUACAGUCAUUAAAUAACUGCCACCACCUUCAUUGGCUUCAUUUUUCCUUCAUGUCGAGCCAAAAACGAAGAACUAAAAUAUUCAUGUGAAAUGAGAACAGUCAUCCAUCUGCUACAUACGAGCUGCCCUGAAAAUAUUCACUCUUCAAUUAACUGUACAGCCUGUAAUUAAAAGACUAAUGGGUAAUUAUAGAUGACAUCGAAGCGCCAAAGCCCAUUAAGUUGUCAUUAUGUCACAGCGUUAGAGUAGGCUAAUGAGGGACUUUUUACCAGCCGCCAUUUUAGGAAUAAAAAAGAGGUUAACGUAAAGGAAACCAACAAGCCUGAUUCCUUGAGAGCUGGGAGGAUGUAAAAUGUUUAUAAGACAGAAUUUGAUGGUUUACUUACCAUUUACAGCCAAUAUUUAAAGGAAAAUGGCUCAAAACCAACAAUUCAGUCGUUGAAAAUGAAACAUGUAAAAUUUAGUUUGGCAUGUUCUUGCUGUUUUAGGCAAGGUCCUCCAUGAAAAAGGUGUUGUUUUGAUGGCAGCUAGUGUUGCUUAAAAUGCUUGAAUGGAGCCUUCCCAGAUUAGGCCAAUCAAGCCUGGGCACUAAAGCCUGUACCAUCGCAGAUGAUGACUUUGAAAUUGUGUAUCACACUAACAAGCUGGGUGGUUCCUCCCCUCUUUUGAGCAGAGGAUUCUGUGUCCAAAAGAAAAAGAACAUCAAAUUUAGAUUUGUUGGACCACAAGACUGUUUCCCUCUUCGUCUCAGUCAUGGGAAUAUAUUAUUCGUGCUCAGCACUUUCAUUUUGCAAUUUUCACACUUGAUAUUAUAUGACAAAAAAAGGAAAAGAGAUGUAUUACUGAGUCAGUUUGAUAUUCCUAAUCAAAGUUUUUCAGAGGAAUCGAUUGCUGAAGUGGAUGGAAAACUUUGAACACAUCAUUAAUGAGGCUCUCUGGCUGUAUCUUGUGGCUUGGUUUCUUAUCUUUAAAUAUUUUUUUUCUGAGUGUUGCUAGGGCAGGAUUCCUUCCUCCGGCAUGAUUAGCAGGCUUACUUUUGUUUACAGCUGUGUAACUGUGUAUAUAAGUAUAAGAUAUUGAGUAUGCAUCCUUUUAUUGUGGAAUUUUAGCCUUCAAAAGAGCCGUUUUUCAAAAACAAUGUGUGUACUGGAAAUGGAGAAAAGAGAAACUUUGUGUUGAAGUCAUUGAAGCUGUCAUUCCCCAUGGGCACAGUGCGGGAUGAGAGAUGUAAAGGAAGAUGAAAUCGAGGUGAUAAUUGAUCUGGGUGAUUGGGGGCUAGCAGGGGGACAUAAUGUGAUUAACUGGUAAAGAACAGAGGAGUGAAGCAGAGAGGGAAGGAGAGGUCGGUGAGUAAGAGAGGGAGGAAAGGCCUGUAGCGUCUAAUGGGCUCAUUGGGAGGCUCAUGGUCAUGUAAUGACCUGCCACUGAACGACAUCUGGGGCUGCACGCUCUGCAGACAGAUGAACAGACGGAAAUAGAAAGAUGAAGUGCUACAGAGAUUUAGGAGGAUAGUAAUGACGAAAAAGAGAUAUAUUUAACAAUGGAAAAAAUGAAAGGGCAUUUGACCAUGGUUAUAUUCAUCCUUGUUAAUGUUCAGACAGAUCUAACUCGAUUAUUGAAAAUGAUUGUUAGGUUUUAGAGCUUUUUAUAAGUUGUUUGAUGACUGCAUGCUGUAUAUUCUUAAUUCUUAUUUCAGUUAUGUUUUGAAAUCUCAAAACAGGGACUGUAUAUGUAUGAGGACCUGUAACAUUUAAAGGCAUGAUUGACAAUCUAAAAAGCAGUUGGAAAAAAAAAUUACCCAUUGAGGCAGAUUUGAAAAAAAGCGUCGCCCCCCCCCCCCCCCCCCCCCCCAACGACACACCCCCUCUGGCAAAGCAAGAAGCCGGCCGGCAGACAAUCCUAUGCUUGCUUCAAAUUUCACCAUGUCAGAUUGCUAGUGACUAGCGGCAGUGAACGCCAGCUCUGCUAGCAAGCACCGUCUGCAGCUGCCUGGACAGCUACCAUGUUGACAUUGCAGAGAUUAAUAAGAGUUAAUUAUGUAGCAUGUGCCACGAUAAAAGGCAAAAAGUACCUGUUCAACAAAACUCUGCUGUCUCUGCAUCUGUUUUCAGGCCCGAUGACCCAAUGUUUAUUCAAGUUAGAUUCAUCACUUGGUCACAUUUCACUUUUGGCGGUGGGGCAAGCUGAAGUGUUUUUUUUUUUUUUGUGUGUGUCCUUCUCCAUCUCAGCUUCCGUAGCUAAGUUGCUACCUAGAGAAUGGGGGGGGGGAGUCGGAACUACAGGAGAGGGGUGUGUCGGAUUCAGCGAGGUGAUUGGGUGGAGAGGUAGAGUAGGAGAUUUACCAAUAGGAGCUGUCCGGGACGGAUGGCUCUGAUUGGUCCAUGUUUUUGCAGCCCUGCACCUAAUAGGCUGCUAAUUCUUUUUGUUCACUUUGUGGAGAGCGCACAAUAGGACCAUGAUCGCUACAUAAACGCAUAAUGAUUACCAAUCUCUCCAUUCGUCAACCAUGCCUUUAAUGUUUUGUCUUUUUUUUUUGUUUGUUUUUGUCGUGCUGGUAGACCAUGUUACAUUGGAGAUUAUGGAGCAAAAGGAUUCUGACAUAGCUAAACCCCCCUCAUAUUAUUUUCAUCUGUUGCCUCCAUUAUAGUUGAUUAUUUGACUGCUGUUUCCAAAAACAAGGUGGUUUUUCCAGUGCUUAAGGAAAAUAGAGCUGAAUUUAAAUUAUUUGCAUCUUCACAAGGUGACUGAUGGAGAGCAGAGAGUGGUGAGAGCAGUCCAGACCACUCUUCAGAGCCACAUCAGAGUCGUGACAUCCUGCUCUGCAUAUUAUUCUUUCAACUCGACACUCAACACGAUGCUAACACUGCAGCUGCAAACACAUACAGAAACACAUACAGCGGACUUUGUUUGACCUCACUGGAGCUGCAGAUUUAUGAAAUUUUGGCUUGCAAACUAGAAAACAAUCAUGCUGAAAAACUGUCAUCCUUAUAAUUACAAUGCAUACUUUCAGUCUGCAUCAGUAACUAAGAGUGGAACUAAGACUCAUGCUGGAGGAUUGUUAAAAAUGAUCCCUGUGUUAUGUGUUUGUCUUCACAUGUAAUAGUGAGUUCAUGCACAAUAUGCCUUUGUGACAUCUCAGGUGUAGUUCAGGUGUCUUUGUCUCCUUGCACCCCUGGAUCAGGCCUGUGUACCUCAGAGAUUAGUAUCCACUGCAGACAUCAUUAAAUUCACUGGUUCUUCUAGUUGGUUAAUGUGUUACAAGGGUGAAUAACAUCAAGUGCAAACCAGUUGUUACAAACAUAUAAAAGUAUUCACUUCUUCAAUACAGGAGAGAAAAUACAGAAGCCAAAGCCUGGGAGGAAACAUUACCCAGCUUAGCAUUAGUCUCACAUUAUUACUUCAUCCCAAACCUUCACUCACCCCCAGCAGACAUGAAAGGCAGCUUCUAAACUUUAUUUUUUAGUCUUUUUCCUCUCACAGCAGACAGGGGAGAGGUUUUCAGAAAGCAGAAAAAUGCAUCUAAAUGUCCAUGAAAACUUUUCAAAGCACUACUGUGGAAUAAUCCAAUUCUCAGCCGUCCACCCAAAAUGCCCCCUAAACUCAGACUCAGUAUUCCCCCUGCAGGGAAAUCUCCACGCAUGAACCCACAUGCAGGCAGGUGGAUUGAUUUCAGGCUGUUAGACCUCCUGCCUGUAUAAUUUUAUUGGUCAGAAACGCUGCAGGCUGUUGUUGUAACCCCGUAUAGUAGCACAAUAAAUUCAAACAACCGCCUUAAACACACGUAACACAAUAGAAUGAAAACGCUACAAUAAAUAAACUGAAAAUUCCCUAUCACAGGAACAAUGUUUGCAUUUGUUCUCUGGUAGUAGGUGGCAAAAAAUCCAAUUUCAAUAUAAAACAAAACCUCACCAGCAUCAGAAAUACAGCCAACAGAUUAGUAUGUGUGACUGGAAUGGCUGUGUUAAUGUCUCCUAGACAUUAGACUCAGUUUUGCUGUUAGGAGUGAGUAACUCAGAGGCUUUUCUCUGGUUUAACCCAGCAGUAUGAACCCUGAAGGACAGGAAAACUACUUUUCAAAUGUUUGUUGAUUGGAGGUCAGAUCAAUCAUGUCUGGUUUCAGAUGUUCAGGACAUCUACACGCUCCAUCCAAAACAAGUAUAAGAUACUGUUAUGUGUAUGGAAUACAGGCCUGGAUUAUUAUUAAAUUUUUGUAUUUUAUAAUUGGCAAGAACAAAGUAAUAUCAGCAUUAUAUAUCGGCCACCAGUUGAUCUGCUCUGUAAAUAUCAGCACCAGUAUUGGCUGUUAAAAAAAAACAUAUUGGUUGGACAAAAAAUGUCUCUUCAGACAAGUGUGAAAGUUCUGGUACCUUUAAAUUGGGCUGUGCUCACACGGUUUCCAAGAGGAGACUGUACAAACACCCUGCUCUUGUCCUGUACAUGUCAUCAUAAGGCAAAGGUUUCUGAAAACUUUGAGUUGACAAGUUGGGAUGUGUCGUCUGAAGAUUUAAGAAAUGGCGAUGUCCAUGGAAUCCAGUUUCAAAUAAUUGCAAUGUAUUAUAUUACUGAUGGGGUCUGUAGUUGGGGGCUUAACUGGCUACCAAUGGUGAGGGUGCAGUUUGGACAACAUAGUUUGAUUAACGUCAGCCGAUGCCACUCAAACACCAAGCCUUUCAUUAUCUUGGCUGGUUGUAUCCUUGGGUCCAUUCAUUUAUUUCUGGUGACUCUCAGUGUCACUGUGUGUAGUCGGACUUUGUAGGACUUCAUUGGUAAAAAAAAAAACCAAAAUGAAACCAAUUUUAUUUUAAUUUUUUAGUGUAAGUAAGAGGUCUUCAGUUUGAAUAAUGAGCUUUGUCCAGCCUGUCCUUCCGUAGAGGAGAUAACAACUUUUAAAAUGUUUUGUUUGUUGAAUGGAGGUUUGAUUAUUUAUUCCUGAUACAUUGGAGGAAGCUGGGAAACUAAAUGCUUUCACAAAAUUGGUUUUAGAAAUGUUUUCUAUCAAACAGAUUGUAACUGGAGUUCUGGUACUUCUGGUAUCUACUGUUAGGGUCAAUUUGAUCAUUGGAUUAACGGCUUGAGACAUCACUGUGGACCGCCAGCUGUUUUGUGAUUGGUCAGAACAACUCAGAGUACUAUAAUAAUGCAGACAGAAACCAAAACAUUUCAAAACUCAGUCUGCCACAGUCUGUUUAUAUGUGGUGUCUGUGAAUAAAGUAGAUGUUGCUACUUUCCAUGUGUGAAACAUAGCUGCAGCUGGAUAACUGCAUGUGAUAAGGGAGCACAUUGGAAACUGCUCUGUUAUGUGCGGGUAAUUUAAACUGCUAAAUCUGUACGAUCGCUCUCAAAUGAUAGAAAAGAUGUCAGUUUAUCAUUUACUACUUCCAUCUGCCACUUCUCCUUGUCCCUCUUUACACUUUUCCUCCAAGCUAAUAGAAAAUGACAGGAAUCGGAGGUCUACAGGGACCACAGUGAAGCGUUAGGUGUUCCACUGAUGAGAGAACUCGUUGCCAUGACAACUCCGCCUCCCACAGAUAAAUGUUUGUACCUUGUAUCAGGGAAUGCAACUCACCGAAAUACAUUCAGACUCAUACACAUGCUUUAUUGCUAUAUUUAUAGGAUUUCUCUGCUUGCAGCCUUUUUGACGAUUAUUCAGGGAGAUAUUUGAUCUGUUGUCGGGCUUGAAAACAGCUGGAUUCAGCUGUGAUCUGUCUGGAAACAACAAAACAUCCGCUGUAAACAAUGUCUUUCAUAACCUCAGUGAGGGGUUGAUUGUAUCAUUUAGGCACUAUUUUACAAAUUUUAGGGUUUCAGUGAUUUAAAGGUAAAAUGGGUUAUGGACUUGUCACAUUAGAUUUCAUCAAGUAGCUGCUGUAGUAGCUGUAACUUCAUCCCUGCAAGCAAGUGCAACCAAUAAAAGCAGUAUACAUGGAUUAUUGGUACCCUUGAUUGAUUUUUGAGGUUAUAGACAGAAUUACAGAAAAGAUACCUACAUUUAUGGCCUUUUUUGUUCAAAUUUGACCCUAUUUUGGACUUGAAACUGUUGUUUCACUUCUCUUUACUCGUUAAAUUAACUAUUUUUGGCAAUUUUGUUUAGUAUAGAAGGUGAGUCGCUGGUCUAUGGGACCAAAUCUUCAAGUCUGUUUGUGUCAUUGUUUUUCAAAAUGGCUCAGUCAGAUCCCAGACAACAUUUCUAUUGUGCUAAGGACAGACUGUGUCAGCUAAAAUAACUGAUCAUUUCAAUAGAAUAAGGAUGGGCAUUCAAAAUUUAAUAUGUGAACAAUCUUUGGAAUUAAAAAUGUUGAUUUUUGUUUCUGACAAAUACAAUUAUUAAAGCAUUUUUCCCUGAAUCUUAUACUUUUCACAGAAGCACACUGAAGACAAAUGAUGGUAUUGCAUAGCUACAGGAAAUACAGGGGCUUUUAAAAUUGAUCUUGUCAUAUAAAGUGAGAUUCAGACAACUAAAAUGUGAAAUUGCUGCAACAUGUGACUGAACAGAAAUAUACUUAAGGGUCAUACUUGUUCUUAUUGAUAAAAUAAGCACGUUCACACAAGUGUCAGCUGAAAGCGCAUCACAAUCACUUUGGCAGCAGAAAACAUAAACUCAGGAGACGCUGGUGUCCUGGCCAAUCUGGCUAUCACCAGUCUGUCAGAAAAAGUGACCUCAUGGACAACUGGUGCAUGGCUGCAGCCCUUCAUUGAACGUCUGCUGUACACAAUGCCUCUGGCCAGUUGGUUCCAGCUCACUCAGACAACACUUGGUAUACUAAACAGUCCUGCCCUGAACAUGGCCGUUUCUCCUUUCACUGUCAAUGCUACUUGAAGUAAGAGCUGUUUUGGGGAAAUUGAAAUUUGAUUAUACACCUUCAAUUCUGCUGCUGUGAGGAAUUCAAUAAAGUCAGAGAGGUUUGAUGCAGAUAUCCAUACAAACAUGCUUCGUUUUGUUUUUGGUCUCUGUUCUGUCAAACACAGCUGCACCACAGACAGAAUCAGGCCUUAGGACUUUAAAACAUGACGCCUGCUAUGAAGUUUGUGGUGGUAUUUUGAGAAAAUCAGAGGUGUGGAAAGGAUGUGAAAAUCAAACACUUGUUUCCUUUUUAAAGGCUGUUGUGUUUUGUCAGAUCACAUAGCACUCAUCUUGUUAGUCCUGUUUACAUAAACUGCCUGAUAUCUAGGGCCAGAAAUAAAAAGAACAAAUAUAAACUUUAUGUGUGUGAAAAUGACAGAUGCUUUCUCUCUGCUUUCUGUAGUAGGCCUUUGUACGUUAUAAAUUGGGUCCUGAUUGAAAAAACAUAUCUAAUAUUUUAGUUUUUUUUUUCUUUUGAAGAAAAAAAAAGCAAUCAUAAUUUUUUAUUCCUAGCAAAGACAUUUGAAUCUUAUAUCUUCCUUUAAUUACUGUCUGUGAGCAACUUGAGAAGCAUUAUGCUUGGUUUCUGUUUGUCUGAGUGUGUUCAGGAGAUUGGUUUUUAAUUGCUGCUGUUGUGAGUGGUUGCACUCUGUGUGUUUACAGAUGGCACUGCUCUGGGUUAUAAUUGAUGCUUAUAUUGUUUUCUGUCUUUUUAAAAAGUGAUUGUUGAAGUUUACAGUAAACUCUGCUGUUGGGUUCAUUUGAAACUUCAAGCGUAAGUGACAGGAGCAAAACUAUUCCUGCUUAUUGACUGAAGACUGAUGGACGGUCAUUUGAACAGUUCUCUUACUCCUGCAAACACAGACAUAGUCACUGUAGAUAUGCUGGUUAGAUAUGAUCUGGGUAUGCAAGUUCUCCUUGGAAACAUUUGCACUUAAUCUCACUUUGACCUCCUCACAUGAGUCUUCUAUUUUAUCAGCAACUGGCAUGUCUUCUUUCUUUUUCUUCUAUUAUCAAGGCGGUAAGCAUUAGGUUCUUACAUGAGAUACAAUCACUGAUCAGCAAUAGUUCACCAAUUUGACCAGGAACAGGUGAAAUUAGUUUCAAAGAGAUAUUUUACAAUAACAACCCAUUAUUGACUAUUCUUUUAUUGUUAUUAAAUAGAAACUAAAUAUUUGGCAUAAAUUUUAGAUACUCAAAAAUCCAACAUAACUAACCCAAAAAAACCUAACCCUAACCAAUUACCUUCCAAGUUACUAAGAAUAAUUCACAACACUGGUAUCUACUUGUAUGGGAUGAAUGGGUGAAUUUGAGUUUAAAGGAAAGCAUACAUUUUAAAACAUGAGCACGCUCAAAGAGCAAAAACCUCUUUUUUUAAGAUCCUCAUAACUGUGUUUUAUUGAUGGAAAGGCUAUCAGAUGAGCUGAUUUAGCCAUGAUUUAUUAGGAAAUUUUUGAAGUUAAUAGCGACAAUCCCAUUUUAAAAAAUUGAGAAAAUUGUCUGUAUUAUUCUUUUUGUGAUGCUUAGUAUUGUUUUAUUUCAGUUUAUUAUAUUUAUUGAUUUUUUUUUUUUCUGCUUUGUGAUGCAGUUUGAUUAGCUGCACCUGUAUGCUUUGCUUGUAGCUCAAACUCUGGGCACUUUGGUGAUAUUCUAAUUUUGUACAAGUGUAUAUCACUUUUGAGUCGUCAACUGGCUCUCUGAGGUUCUUCUUUUUAAGUAAAAUGUGUGCCUAGAGCGCAGUUGGGUUGAUAAUUUUCAUCAUGGCAGCGGCAAGAAGAUGAGAAAUAAAAGCACAUGAACCAAAAUUAAUCAUGAUGUGUUAAUUUCAGGCCUUUUAACACAUCAUGAUUGAUGCAUGAACUCUGACAGCUCCAAUAUACUGUGAACUUUUGAGCCAGAAAAAUAUUCACAAACAUGGGGAAAAAAGUAGAAAAUGCUCUUUUUAAUAAUAUAUAAAGGUUAAAAACAACUCAUCACAAGGUUCUUAGGCUAAAACAAGGUUGUCGUGGAACAGCCUCACUUCUGUUAGAAAUCAGUGUCCAGAUUGCUGAUAUGAACAACGUGUCGCAUGCAACUUUGAAAAAUUUCAGGGGUGAGCUAUCCUGGUAUUUUCUGAAAAUGUUCAGGCGUGCAGAUGUGAAAGAGCUUCACAGUCUGACUUUGAUAUUUUCCCAAAGUGAUUGUAAUCUAUAGUAGGACAGAGUGUUGUGUGUAACAGCUGUGGUGCGGUGUUUAAUUCAAACUGCCCACUCUUUAUUGAGUCAGCCUGCAGACAUAUUAAAAUCAGACUCAGAGUUAACAAAGGGAAACAGUGCAUUAGCAUUUAUGCCUGCUCUAUUUAAACUAGUUUGUUAUGAGCUUUGUGCCGUGGUGACUGCACAGCUUAGAUUUAUUACAGAUUUAAUGAGGAACUCUUCUCACAUCAUCACAGCUCGCCUUUGUUUUAUUGAUCUGAGAGCUUUAAAGCAGAUUUAAUCAGGUGUGUGCUGUGCUGUAAUAAUGCUUGAGGGGCUUUGUUACAGCACAAAAACAAUCAGCAGAGUUUAGAAGCAGGGUAUGCAGAAGUGUUUGUGUGCUUGUUUCACAAGUUGACAGAGGAAGGAGAACAUCCUUUUUUUUCCAACAGUGGUGCCAUUUCUGAUGUAGCAAUAACUUGUGAAACCACAUGGAAUUGUCUCCUUAGAUAUGUCUACAAAAAUAACACUAUCAUAUUUCUUCAAAAGAGUGGCUGCCUAUCAUCCUUAUCCAAUGAGUCUCAGUUUCACAGGAAAUUAUAAGUUAUUCAGAGGCUCCACUCAUAUUUCAUGAUUCUGAACCCAGAUAAUAAUCCUACUUCUGUGUGACUGUCAUGUCACGUUGGACAUUACAUUCAAAGUUCAAAACCAAAACACAUAAGGUAUUUUCAGACCAAACAGUUCUUCAGUUCUUGGAACUAUUCACUGCAGAGUCCCAGAGAGCUACAAACCAUGAGGACUUUUUUAUGUCUGCAUUCACACAUUGUGAUGGCUGAUAUAAACCACAAGGUGAUCUUAGCCGACUGACAGUUGCUUGAGCGCUAUGACUGAUACAGUACAACUGAAAUUAUGGAGGGCACAAUGGUGGGGACCACUCACCAUCUGCAGGGGCUUCCACCAGCUGACUGCAGCUCCAAAUGUUGGCGUUGAUGACCAUCUCUAAACACACAACUGCUGGAUUCUUCGUACCUUCAUUUAGUAUCAGCCUGUAUGUCAUCCUUUCAGUUCAUCUGAGGUUUGAGUUUUUCCACUUUGUAUCCACUUGCUGCAGAGCUGUGAUUCUCAGUGAACUUUUUCAAAAGUUUUCCUGCUCCUAACAAGUUUUCAAGUCUGAAAAUAAUAAGUGUUUUCAUGUUCCCCUCUUAUUGCCCUCUCCACUCAUGUCCACUCCUUCUGGUCUCAGGUCAGCCGUGCACACAAGGUGAUUAAAUAUUGAUUCAGUCAGUCAGCCCAUCACCUCUUCAGCUACUCAUCAAAUAUAUAAGAAAAGAAAAAAAACACACCGAGGUUUAUCUCCUCCAACUGAUGGGACUUCAGGAGCUGAAACAACACGAGCUAGUGGAAAUCAAUGUCUGAGCACCAAAGAGCAUGUAUAGAGGAACUUUAUCUCACUGUCACAGAGUGUUCAAAACGCACAUACACACUGAGGCUGUCACGACUUCAAGUUGCCAGUUUAUGGCAAACAUUAACAGGUAGGAGGAGAAAGAAACAGACCACAGCCAAAGCUUAUGGUUCAACAUGUUUUGGUUGGUAAUCUACAGUGGAUAUAAAAAGUCUACACACCCCUGUUCAACUGCCAGGUUUUAGUGAUGUAAGAAAAUGACGGCAAGAUAAAUAUUUUCACAACUUUUUCCACCUUUUAAUGUGACCUAUAACCUGUACAAUGCAAUUGAAAAACAAACUGAAACCUUUAAGGGGAAAAAUAAAAAAUAGAAAAGUUGAAAUAACCUGGUUGCAUAAAUGUGUAGUUCUCACAUGUAAUACACAGCCAGGACUUGCCAGAAAUUCCUGCAGCUCCUUCAGUGUUACUGUUGGCCUCUUGGCAGCCUCCCUGACCAGUUUUCUUAUCGUCUUGUCAUCAAUUUUGGACGAACGUCCUGUUCUUGGUAAUGUCACCGUUGUGCCAUAUUUUUUCCACAUGAUGAUGACGGUCCAUGGUAUAUACCAUACAGUGGCGGCUGCUGGUCUUUCAAGGAGGGGAAGCUCAUUUUUCUGGCCUACAUCAUAAUUGUAUUUGUUUAUUAGUAUGUAACAGAACAGAGUCGCCAAACACAACGGCAGUCGUUUUUAACAAAGACAAAAGUCGCUGAGGAUCGGUAAAGUCUCCGGAGCAGUUAAGAACAACGGAAUGAAUGACUUGGAAAACGCUCUGGUAGAUGUUUUAUUCUUCAAGAUCACUGAUUCGCUUGUUUAGCUGUCAAUCAAAAAAGGAUUUCGCCUCAGACAGCUCAUCCAAUCAUGGAUGCAGAAGCUCGGAGUCCGGGAGAAAGUCGGGACCGCCCUCUCGCCAUAGAACUCCAGUGAAGCUGGGCUUCCGAUGGGCGGGACAAAGCCCAGCAUUUAUCCAAUGAGCGUCUAGUUUCGCUGCUGGAACAACCCACUUUAAGCUUCCACAUUGAAGUCAGCAGAAGCCCAGCGUCCGGCUGUUUAAAGCGCUGAGGCGCUGCGAGGAUGAAAGAGAACAAAGUUAUGCCGGUUACCUGUGAUUAUCAGCUUCUUAUCACAGUGUCUGAACAAAAGAUGAAGGUUUUCUAGUGCGUAUUUAGUUAUUAAAAUGUACACACAGCCGUACGUAUUUUACCACUUUUUCUUUUUUUUGGGGGGUGACAUUUUAAGGGAAGCCGAGCUUCCCUUGCAGUCUUAGAGCAAUCGCCACUGAUACCAUAGUAUAUUUAAUUCCUUGGAAGUUCUUUUGGAGCCCUCACCUGACUGAUGUCUUUGAAUAAUGAGAUCCCUCUGAUGCUUUGGAAGCUCUCUGCAGACCAUGGCUUGUGCUGGAAGAUGUGGCUACAAAAAUGUCAGGAAAAGCAACUAGAACAGCUGAACUUUAUUUGGGGUUGAUCAGAGGCACUUUAAUUAGUGACAGGUGUGUGCUGAGUCCAAUUUAACCUGAGUUUGAAUUUUAUUGGUUAAAUCUGAACACAGACACAUCCCCAGUUAUUAAAAGGUGUGCACACUUUUGCAACCACAUGAUCUCAGUUGUUUAUUUUUACUUCGACUCCCUGAAAGAUUUCUGUUUGUUUUUCAAUUGGUGUUGUACAGGUUACAGGGCACAUUAAAGGUGGAAGAAGUUGUGAGAUAUUUUAUCUUGAUUUAAUUUUUUUACAUGACAAAAACCUGGCGGUUGAACAGGGGUGUGUAGACUUUUUAUAUCCACUGUAUAUAUUGGAUAUUUUGAUGUGCAUCAUUAAAAAACAAGCUAAAAAUGUUAAACAGCUCUGUUCAUGGCCCCCAUCUAGCCCACUUUAGUAAAUAAUUUAACACGUGAUCUCUGUCCCUCCAUGCUUUGAGUGACAGGAUAUGGGAAUGAUGUUUCUGAUUGGUUCAUCAGAGUUUAUGAUAGUUUUACUUUAUGUUUAACUUCACUCCACGAUCACUUGACCUUCUGUCCCUCCUGCUCCACAUACAGCUGCAAUUACCUCCUCCUCCUUGUAUCUGGAUCCUUUUUUUUCCCUAUAUGAUUAUUUCAGACUCUAAUGAAGGUGAGCAAAGCCCACAUACUUAGCAGGAAGGAGAGAUUUGAUUGCAAGAGGUCACUGGUAUUCUGGGACAUGCAUUUUUGCAAAUUAUGAAUGUUUUCAUCCAAUCAGCAAGGAUGCUUGUUAAAAAGUGGUCUUAACAACCCUUAAGUACAUAAACAAGCAUGUUGCUACUAGAGGCACCCAUUAGAUUAAAUACUGAAUUGAACCAGCAAAAAGAAAAUGGAACAAAUGGUGUACGGUUAUUCAAGAAGGGGCAAUACAUUCAAUAUUUUUGAACUUACUUUGACAUGACCUGUGAUUUGUUAGUUUUAUUGUCAAAUAAUUUUGUUUGAUCUAGUAGCAGCUAUUAACAGUCAUGAGAAAAACUAACUUAAAGACUCACUCCAAUGAAAUUCACCUUUUUCUUGCUGUCUACAGGUUCAUAUUUUUCUAAUACUACAGGACAUAUCAUGAGAAAAAAGAAGUGCGAAAUUGCAUAUCUGAGUAUUUCUGCAUUCAAAUUGCUGUGAAACUCUGGCAGACCCAAACAGCAGGUUCAGAUCAAAGACUGUAUAUAGAAUGGACGCCGUCUGCCUCCUCACUGGGUGAAGCCACUCUGAGAACAGCACCCUCUUGUGACGGGGUGCAGUAUAGGUCAUAAAUCCUGCAGCAAAGCUUAUGGAGCUGUGGACAAACUUUAAAAAUUUAUUACACACAAUAUAAAUCCCCCCCUCCUUGUGAUGUUGACAUGUAGUUGUUGUAAGACUGGUUUGUGCUCAAGUCCUCUUUUUUCUGUGCAGCUCCUUUUUAAUAGUUAUUAGGGGGUUCAUGUUUUCUAUGAUUGACACUUGAUACAGCCUAUGGGUGUACGAAGAUUGCGUAGCUUACCAGGGGAUACGCUUUUUGAGCAGAGCAUCAUCACAGCGACUCUCUGCGACUCCCCCACCAAAUGCAUACAAUGCUACUGCGCAAGUGGUGAAGUGCGUACAACACUACUGUGCAAUUUUGAUUUCAGAAAAUAAAGAAAAAUCACAGAAAUAGUGAGAGCCAAGUUGUCCAUAGUAUUUAGAGUGUAUGGAUCAGAUACAGUGAGAUUUCCUAUGUAACCAAUCCAAGCUCUGCCGCCGGAGCCCCACUAUGCAGGCCAGGAAAUACAAAGAAUGAUCGCAGAACAAGCAUGUGCGUUAGCUGAUUGAAAUGCUUGAAAGAAAGCUAAUUAUAAUACUAGCUUUCAUUAUGCCCCUAAAUAAAAUAGUGUCAGAGAGCUGCAUAGCUCCUAUGUUACCUGUUUCUUCUACUACACUGGCAAUGUUAGACUGCAAGCUAACUCACAGAGAAAUGUGCAGAGCAGCGCUGUCUCCGACCAUCACUCAGAGGCGAAUUGCUAAUGAGCUACUGGAGCUCUGCAGAAGAAAAGUCCUCAAAAACGACUCAGGUAGCGAGAUUUUGGCUAAAAACUUCAUAAUCACAGUUUUAAGACCACUGAAAACGCUUUAGCUAGUAAGAAAAUUAAAAAACCGAGUGAGACUUUUAUGGUUGUUAGUUAGGUAUUUAAUGGUCGCAAACAAACCUUGUCUGAUAGUGCCUCUCGGCAUUAGUUUUUACAUUAAAGAUGUCUCAAAGCAACAAAAAAGUUAAUAAAGGUGCACAGUACAUUUAAUGCCCUAACAGUGAAGAGUCACUAAACGUCUUUAUUCUAGUCAGUAGAUCUUUAAAAAGCCAAAAUGUUUAACCACAAGAAAUAUACAUAAAAAGAGAUAAAGCCUCUAUUCUAUGUUUAAUCAUUUAUAAGCACCGGUGUAAUAGAAGAAAUGAGUUUUGGGGUUUGUAUUUGAUUUUUGUGUAAAAACACUGAACCUUAAAGCCUGAGGCUGAGAAUGGUGAGGAUGCCUGUAAAGGUUCAUAUGAGGGUCACAGGUGAAGAAAAAGGUUCUUGUAAGUGCAAUAACACCAACAUGUACCUGUGUGCCGGUGACAACAGGACAUGGUUGACCUCAGAUAUCAUUUUAAUGGAGUGACAGGGUGUUCAGCUCAGUCACACUCUCUGCACAGAGAGACGUUUCCUGGAACAGAGAGCAGACGAAUUAUUAACAGCAGAACACCUUACUUUGCUGGAGAGAAAUCAUUCCCUCCAUGGGGGAGAUACAAAGCUGGUUCACUUCUUUGAAAAUGAUUCUGCACUUAGAGCCUCUGGAAAUGUUUCUUUGAAAAGUAAAUAAUUUCCACAUUGAGAUUCUUAUCUUGGCUCCUGUUGUAAAAAAGGUGAGGAAUAAACAGUGGUUGAUAAAUGUACUCAGGCUGCCUUUUAACUUUCUCCUCAGAUUAAACUCGAUUUACUGCACAAUCUUCUCAGAACCAUGUAAUUUUUGCAGUGUAAACCUAGUGUUAAGAAAUACUGAGAAUCAAGUUAUUUAUGAAACUUAUUUUCAAGAAUAACCUCACAAAACUUCUGGUUCUAGGGUUGUUAGCUGGCUGCCUCUUCUCGCCAAAAUAAAACAAAAGUUUAAUUUAUGACUUUUUUUCCCCCAAAAUUUACAGCACACUUCUUGUAAACUUAAAGCAUUAUUUUUUUUAUAAAUGUGAAUUUUUUUCAUUGAUUUAUAACUUCAUCUUUGAUUGUAUUUUCUUUAAAUGUCUGGACCCCACAGAGAGUAGUUGUAAUUAUGAUAAAAACUAAUAGGGAUCCUUGAUACAUUCAUACAUUCAUUCAUACAUACGUACAUACAUACAUACAUACAUACAUACAUACAUACAUACAUACAUACAUACAUAAAAUGAUGUGCAUCUUAAUUUUCAUCAUUCAUAAAAUCUUUAUUGUGCUAAUAUAACACCCACUCUUGGCUUUUUGUUUCAUAAAUAUGGUGUGUGAUUGUUGCAAUAAUGUCCCUUUUCCCUGUAAUUUUGACCUUUAUGAAAUUGACUGGAAUUCCUGGUAAUGCCUUAUAAUAAUAUACAGAAGCCAACAAACUGUAAUCAAUAAGACUUUAGAUUUUAAUGUCCUUAUAUUUAUUGUCUAAAACUCCUAGGAGGGGAUAGGUACAGGCCUUGCAGCUGUAGGUACAACCCCUCUUUACAAUUUUCCCCUAAAAUAUUUACUAUGAAUGAUACAUUGGACGGUCAAAACUCACUACUCAACUAUGUAGCAGACUUGAUAAGCAAAGACUGCUUUGUCCACAGGUGGCGCCAAAACCAACACAAACCAAAAAUUCUUCACAGGAGCUUUAAUUUCAUGUCUCACUCCGAAUAAAUGUAUACUUUUAUUUUGUAAAAUUGCACUUUUUUUUCCAAGCUGACUUAACUUUCAUAAAUUAACACUUGUUCAACAUCAUUUUGUUUUUAGUCUUGUGAUUCCACAACUUGCAUUUGAUGAUUUUGCACCAUAACUCCUUACACUCAAAUUUCUACUCAUCUUCAGUAACAUGGCCCUGUCACAUGUCUGUUACUGAAAUAAAUAAUUCAAAAAUACAUUAUUAACACCUUUUCAAAGGUACAACUUUGAUCUUCAACGACGAUUACAGUAAGCUGAAUGCGUCUCAUUUAAAAUCUGAAGCCUCUUAGCAGACCUCAGAUCCAGCUUGACUUUAAUUUCCAGCUCCCUACAGCUCACAUUCAGGCUUUACAGCCUUUACUCAGAGCUGUGAUGUUAGGCAGACUGGCACCAGGAGUCCUGACCGCCCGGCGAGGAGCAGCAGGUUCCAGGGAGGAGGCCCAGAGAGAGGGAGGGGUUGUGGGAACUGAUGCUAGCUCUCACCUCUCCCUCGCUGGUUUUAAUCCCUACAUCCCCUUCUCCUUUCUUCUUCUUCUCUGCUGGCAGCCGGGUGCAACCUCUCUCACUCCCACGUAAACAACACACUCCGUAGGUGCCGUUUGACAAUGGAGGAAACCUUGAAGGAACAAAGACAACAAAACAAAGAACUGAGGUUAUUAUUAUCAGAUUUGAAAGAGUGUGAUAUUAGCAGACUCUGAUAGUCUCCUUGUUCCUAUGUGCUUUAGAAAAACUUCCAGCAUAAGGGUUAAAGAUCAUGAUGGUUUCGCAGGAGUUGUGCCACGCUUUGGUCUCACUCUCAAACCUUAAAUAUAAUGCAGUAAAGUUCUACUACUGGUAGCCGUGUAAUGGGAAAAGUAAGCAAAAACCAGACAGCUGUGUUUUUUUUUUUUACUGUUUUAAAAAGUCUUACCCCCCCCCCCCCCACACACACACACACACACACAGACACACACAUUUGCAUUGCAUAUGCAUUUUGAUGUUAAAUUUUCUCUUCUGUGAACCUGAGCGGAUCGCCUUUAUCCAACAGGGACAGAAGCUCACGAUCUCUUUAAGUGACAGUUCUGGAGUUCAUUUGCAGCUUUGUGAUGCUUAAACAAACUCCCCACCUGCUGUGAAUGACUAAAUCAGGAGUUGUGACCAUACACUGUAUAUACUAUGGACAACUUGGUUCCGCCUUCCACCAGUAUAUGGAUUUAAAGCUGAUAGCUCUUGGUAUUUCCAUUAUUUCCGCAAUCUUUCUUCACGUUCCUGAAACCAACAUAGCACAGUAGCAUUGUACGCAUUUGGCGGGAGAGUCGCCGAGAGUCGCUGUGAUGGCGCUCGGCUCAAACAGCGUAUCCCCAGGGUGAGCUACACAAUCUUUGUACACCCAUAGGCUGUAUCAAGUGUCAAUCAUAGAAAAGAUGAACCCUCUAAUAACUUAUAAAAAUGGAGCUGAACAGAAAAAAAGAGGACUUGAGCACAAACCAGUCUUAUAAUAACUACAUGUCAACAUCGCAAACAGGAGGGUGCUGUUCUUGGGGUGACGGCGUCCAUUCUAUAUACAGUCUAUGGUCUAUGGUCUAUGGCGAUAUGACAAGCAUUGACACUGCACCACCACGUGGUGUUUGGGCAGAGUACUGCAGUGCAAUGACACCGAUGCACAAGUAUGUAGUGCUCACACUGUAGACCACUGUGUCACAGCCAGAGCAGAGUCAAUGCAGGAAACCAGUCGGGAUCUGACAGACUGGAGCCUGCAAUGUACUUGUUAUAUUUCCAUGUUAAUCCACAGAGCUGUGAAGAAAGUUUAGUCUUCUUAAUCAAACUGAGCUAAUAAAUAAUGUCAGCGCAGUGGUCCAUAAUGACCUACUCAGUUACUGAGUGCCACUCAGUUACACAAGCUUAAAUUUCACCUUUUCUACCCUGAAUCUACAUUGUAUUUUUCAGUGUUGAAUUUGCAUUUGAGCAGUAAAGUCUUUUGGUUAGUUUAAUUGAAAAAUAAAGAAUAUGUUAUGGAUCUAUUGUACUCCCCAUGCACCAGUGGAUUUAGAAUCAGUGUCUGAAUCAAAGUUCGACAAAUCCUGGCAGCGUUUAUCAAACAGAGACAGACUUUCUUGAUACAGAGCAGAGCUGUUUGGCACAGAUUUGUAGAUGCUUAAAGAAAAAAGACUUCAUCAGCUUUGCACAGCUGCUAUUUAUGGCCAGGUUGCCAUUCAGAAAACCCAUUCAAACACCUAUCAGCAGCAGUACAUGUGGAAGGACAACCUGCAAUUAGGAGCUUUUGUGUUAAGAAGUAUGAGCCAGUUGGUAAUUUAGCUGUUUCCCCAUCCACGUUUAAAGCAAUGUCUCUUUGUCACUGAACUGUUCAAGCUUCACCGCAGUGCUGUAGAAGCAUUAAUGCUCAGUGAAAAAGGAAAAAUAAAAACCACAUAUCUACAAAAAUAGAUAUCAGGAAGUGGGAGGGAUUAAAUUUAAACUGUUGUGCCUGUUGGAGCAGAGAUUUGGAUUCUGCUCAUUCAUGGUGGAGGACAAAAACACAGCUGAGCUCAGAGCUGAACAACUGUUCGUUUUCUAUGAAUAAAUGUGGCUCAUUAUCUCUCAUUUGCAUGGUCUAUUUGUAGGCAAUAGAUAGUUAAUUUAUUCAACACCAUGUUUUAGUGUGAACAACCACACCUCAGUUAUUUUAAUUCAUAAAACACCUUUGCGCUCUGCGUGGGGCGAAUGGAAAUAUCACAUAAACAAAACACUUCAGAGUUUGAAUACUUCACUGUGGGGGAAAACUUUGUUCAUGCAGAGCAACAGGUUUUAUGUAGUCUAAACUUUUAAAGUAGAGAGGUUACACCAAGUCCAGUUUCUAACAGACUAUCACGUUAUACACCUUAAUCAGACUUUUGCACAUUAGACUUAGACCCAGAAGUUGAACAGCACAACUGUGUGAAAAGAAGCUGAGUAGUCAACAAAACCUCAACAGAAGGAGAAGUAGGAAAGCAGAGAUGAAGGAGCUGAGCUGUUAUGGUAUGCAAAGCUGUAAAGUUGCCGUGUCAUUUACUGCUUGGCCCAAUUGUUUUUGGUUAGUGAUCUCAGUGGUCAACCAGGAUCGUAAUAAUUUGAGGGGGAAUUUUGUCACCUUAAGAGUUUUAAAUCAGUUGUUUUUAUGCUGAUGCUUGUAGACUGGGUCAAGGACAGUAAUACCAACAAGUCGCCAAACCAACCAUUAAGUCUUGUGCCACUAAACUGUUCAUAUAAAUGUAUUCACUGGCUGCUAGUUAGUUUUUAUAGUAUUAUCAAAAUUAUUUUAUUAGUUUAGCUUCUUACUAGACCUAAUCUAGUCUGAGAUGCUUUGAUAUAAACUAUACAAAGCUCCUCAGAUCCUCUGCUCCUCUCUGUUGGCUGAGUGAAACAAAAACACUUGGUGAUGCUGCUUUUAGCUGCUAUUCUCCCAGACGCUGAAACAGUAUGCCAGCAGAUCUGAGAGGAAAUACUGAUAUUUUUAAAAGUAAACCAGCCUUAUUUAUUCAGUCCAUCUGCCACGUAGGGUUGUUUAUUUCAUAAUUUAAAUGAUGUCAAUAUUGUUUGAUACUUGUUUACUUUUGAUUCUCUAUUUCAAUUUUUUUUUCUUACUAGUUUUAUGAUCAUUUUUGCUUUUUGAGGUUUUGCAUAUUAUCACUGUGAUGGUUUUAAGUAUUUGUUAUUUUAAUUUUUGAUCACUUGUUUAUUAUUAUCAUGAAACAGGUGUCGCUAAAGGACCAAAGCUUAAUUUAUCUGUUGAUUUAAAGGUAGGGUUAUUAAUCUGAUUUAGAUAAACUUUUUGUUAUUCUCGUUAAAAUGAUCUUUAUGUUCCGAUAGCAAUCAAUACAUGAUGUGUUCUUUAAAAAGAGCGAAACAUAGCUGCUAUCUACAGCAGGAGUAAAACUGGGAAAACACCAACCAAUCACAUCGUGUGGGUUCCACAUUUUUAAACCAAUCAAAUCCCGUGCUCUCCUCCUGCGUGUACGUGUCGCCAGUGUGCACUGGCCCUGAUUCAAUGUGCAUAGCCGAGCUGAGCGGGGUACAGCUACGCUGUAGAAUGGCAGAGAAACUACCUAGACCCAGGUUAAUGGUGACCGCUCCUCCUCUAAAAAUAGAGCAAGAAAAGAAAGAUGGAGGCAGAGAAGGCCGAAGCAAGACAGAGUUCGGAGAAAGCAAGGGCGACAAUGAAAGUCAACAUCGGGACAGCUUUUCAGUGAUGGAGAGAACUGAAAGAGGUUAGGUUAAGGUUUUUAAAAGUGAUGCCAUGGUUGCUCAUUUUCUGUUGGAAAGGUACGUUGAAGGAUUGUUUCAGAGCAAUUUAUAAUCUUGAUCAAGUAUGUAGCCAUGUUGCUAGUUAUGUGGUCAUCCCGAUGCUAACGUUACCUUCUUUGUCCCUGCUGUGCAAAGACUUCCCAAUCUAAAGUCCCAAAGUUUUGAGUCUGUAGUUUUGAAUCAGCAGACAGCAGCACCCCUCUGAUUUCCCUCCUCUCUCCUAUGGUAUCCAUCCCUGAAAACCAAUCUUGGUCAGUCCCUAAUGUAAGAAAUGCAGAAUAUUUGAAGAUACCUGAAGAAAGCACAUCAAUGUUGGCAUAGGCAAAUGUAUUUCUAUGAGCCUAUGUAUCAAACACCACAGCUCCAGCUGAAUAUCACGAGUAGAGACUUGAUAUCAGUAUUGAUGGGUGUUUGUGUUACACUCUCCACACAUCAUCUGUCACAGCAGCCUGCCUCUCUCUCCUGUGCUGAAUCAGCCUCAUCUCUCUCUGACAAUCUCCAUGAUUAGUGCUCCACUUCACUCAUAAUGAGCACAUCUGUCUUCUGGCAGUGACAGCAUUGAUUCUCUGUAAUGUGACACGAUGCCAGUUAAGAGAAGGACGGCUGUGAAAAAUGCCAGCCGGCGGCUGCUGCUAUGGCACCGCUGGAAGUUGUUCAUGUUAGAUGUGAAGUGGAGAAACAUAAGACAGCUGAUGAAUUACAGCAGCUCGAAAGGAGCCUCCUUUUCAUGUUUACUUUCAGUUUUUAAUUUCACUGUCAAAUUCUGCAAAAAUUUACUCAAAUAGACUUAGGCUUGAAUUUACUCCCAGUAUGUACUCAAACUGAAUAUUUACAACCACAUGUAGCACUGCCAGCUGUAACUUGCAGCACAGCCUGUUUGCUGGUUUGGAUCUGUUGUUUCAUUGCAAAUUUUAAUUUUUAUGGACCUGGGCUGACAGUGUGAAACCUUUGGAUGUGUAGAAACACAUUUCAGUUAUUAAUGUUAAUGCAGCUUCUGGUUUAACUUAUCAAUGCAUUUGCAGUGCUCUGUGUUGUGAGUAAAUAAGCUCUGUGCCUCUCUUGAUCAGGGAGUAGGGGGGCAGGUAUUGAUUCCCUUCUGGUGGGAUCACUACAUGAGUCCAAUAAACUCCAAAAUACCCACAACCCCUGCUAUGGAUCAGCAUUUUAACUGACCAAACCUGUUGGACUCUGUGGUUGAGUCACUUGAGAGGCCAGUGUUGCAAACAACAGCAUUGUGCUCUGCUCUUGUUUGCAGCAGUUUCAAAUCUUUGACAGCAAAAAUGCGCAGCAUGUGGCAUUUCCUCAAGCAUCCUGGCAGAAGUGUUGCUGAACAAAACACUAGUGAAUGUGCACACAGAUGAACACACAGCAGCUACUCCAAACUGAAUAAAUGAUCAGGGGCCUCAUUUAUAAAGCUUGCUUACGCACAAAACCUGGCUAGAAAUUGCUUACGCCACUUCUUACGCAAGAGUUGGGAUUUAUAAAAGAAAAACUAGUGUAGGAAUGUGCGCAACUUUAAGCAAACUCCACACCUUGCUUACGCACUUUUUGGAGACAAUCGGAGCAAGGUGAGAAUAGUCCGGGUGAUGCGUUCAGCACAACGGAUGACUCGAUGCAGCCUUUCUGUCCUGAGAGCUGCAGCUGCCGUACCAGGCAGUGAUGCUCGCAGAAAGCACAGACCCCACUGUGGCGGUGUAGAUAGUUUGCCAAUUUGAAUUUACAAAUGUGCAAAAAAACAAAUUCCAUUUACAUGCAUUUGUUUUAAGAUUAAUAUGACUAAAUCUUUUUGGUUUACGAACUUUCACCACAUAAGCAGCGGUGGUUAACGGAGCGGUUUUUUUUUUGAACACAUGCACGAGUGUCACACGUGCAUGUUUUUUUUUAUUCUCACCUGUCGCCGCCACGAUCUGAUGGUGCAAAGCCACUUUUUUCUUUGCCUCCACCUUUAGAUCAGACCACUUCUUCUUGAUUUCGGCACAGUUUUGUUUUCGUCUACGUCAUCGUCAACGAAAACAAAACUCCACGUGUUUGCGCGUGCGCGUGCGUGUGUGUCUGUGUGUUGGAGGAGCACAGCAGGCUGAUGAGAGCUAUCAGAGCGGACAGAAGCUGCUCCUAUAUGUUUAGCGUUUAACUGACUGAGUUUUGCAACUCUGUUCGUCAUUUUCGUCUCGUCCCAUCAACGUAAACGCACUUUCGUCUCGUCACAUUUUAGUCAUCUCCGACUUAUGUUUAGCUCGUCAACGUUACGUCUUCGUCGUGGAAGAAAAGGGAAAUAUUUCCGUCAACAAAAACAACCAGUGUUGUUCUCGUUGAUGAAAAUAUUUCUUUUUGACGCUGGUGUUGACGAAAAUAUUUGACGAAAUAUGACGAAAACAACACUGUUUCGGCAACGCUGCGCUCAGUGCCAGCCGCAAUUGCCACCACGGCAACGGCGUUUUUAUUGGUGAUGCCACUCGAAUGGCCGCCGAAUAAGGUCUCCCGUCUCGCCGCCACCUCAUUUACAAGAACCUCCACCUCGAUCUCUGAAAAGCUUCUUUUUCUACGACUUGCUGAUGCCAUGGUUAAGCGUGAAAUGCCGUGGAUCCACCAGGCUUAUCUACAUGCAAAUCACAUUCAUGAGGUAAUUUGCAUGACCAUACAUGGUGAAUUUUGGGUGUGGAGAGGGCGGGGAAGAAUCAAAUCCCUGCUGAGCAACUUUCCAGCUGGUCUGUGAUUUAUAAAGGGAAAGUGCGUGCAGGUGUGCGUAGGCAGGGUUUUAUAAAUCAGAUUUUUUUUUUGCCUACGCACUUUUCAGCUUUUCAACUUACGUACACUUUUAGUAUGGAUCCUACGCCAGGUUUUAUAAAUGAGGCCCCAGGCCUUUAAAAAUUGUCUAGACUGAUCCAGCAGAAUACAGUCAGAGUCUGCUUUUCUAUCUUCAGGUCUGAAUGUAACCAGUGCUCAAGUCCUGAAAAUUUAGAGCUCAAGACAGACUAGAGUAAAACCCAGGACUGAAACCUUAUAAUACUGGCUCUGACUAAAUGCAAACAGCCUGUAAAAUCAUUGGUCACUCCAGUUCUCUCUGUCUCUCAUGCUGUUAAUGCUUGCUGGUGAAUUUGGUGGUGAUAUUUGGUAGAUCUCUGCUCUUUGCUCACGUGCUAUCAGGUGUUUUGUAUAAGAAUCCUAUUAGAAUCCCCAAUCAACAGGAUGCUGAGUGUAGUUUAGAACAAUCAAAAGAAUCCUCAAGUCAAAAAAAAAAAACCCAAGAGAACCUCCCCUACAAAGGUCUUAUUGUACAUACUUCUUUUUAUAUUUAAUUUUAUUUUGUGUUUUUUGCUGCUGUAACAUGGGAAUUUCUCAGUUUGGGGGCAAUAAAGUCUAUCUAUCUGUCUGUCUGUCUGUCUAUCUAUCAACCUCAUUUCUACACCAAACCCUUUGCUAUCAAUUAUAAAAAAAAAAAAACUUAAAACAGAGUUUGUAAGUAUUUUUACAAACUGGUUUGCUAUAGGUCAAAUAAUGAUAAUGCAUCAGAUUUUAGAGCGCUUUAUUGGAGACCAUCAUAGCACUUUACAUUGGAUACAUCAUACAUUCACUCACACAGUCACAUCCUAGUGGUGAUAAACUACCUUGGUACUCACAGCUGCCCUGGGGCACAUUGACGGAAACAUGGCUGCCAGUUUGUGCUUACGGCCUCUCCGACUACUACCACACAACACUCAUAAUCAUACACCAAUGGAGGACACACACUGGGAGCAAGGUGGGUUAAGUGUCUUGCCCAAGGACACAAUAGACAGACCAGGGAUAGGGGGAAUUGAACUACCAAUCUUCCAGUUGUUUGAUGACCACUCUACCUCCUGAGCUACUAAAAAAAGUUAAACUGUGUAGAAAGUAGAAAGUAAUUUCCAAAACAUUUCAGGUUGCCAGAUUGUUAAAAAAUAAAAAUAAAAAAAAAGUCACAUUUGUAUUUAACAUUGUCUAUCUUGAUGCAAUUUGCUUCAGGUUCUCUCUAGUGCAUCAUUUGACAGUUUGUUUUAUUUAUUGGUACUAUUGUAGAUGCAGUUGAGUGUGUGCGGCACUUGAGUCCAACACAAAUUUCUCCAAGUGGAAUAAAGUGUUUCUUUUUACAUUGUAUAACAGGAACUCCACAGGGUUCUGUCCUCCGUCCUCUCUACAUUAAUUUUUAAUGUAUGCCAUAGGGGCCGGUUUCAAAAAAUAAUGUCUCAGUAAAAAGAUAUGCAUUAUUUUCUAUAUUUUUAAGAUCCUUCAAGUUGGGUUUAGAAAAGAUAAUAGUAUCGUGUGCAGAGAUAAGAACACUAAACAAUAUCAAGUGGUCAGAUUGUAGACUGAUACACUAGACAGUGACGAAACAGUGACCUUUAAAGAAAAGAAAUGCCUAUGAUGCCUCAGGAAUAUAAUCCUUCAUUUCUCAAGUUUUUAAUAUCACAUUGCUGCAAAAUGGUUUAUCACUUUCACAUAGGAACAAGACUGCAAAAUGAAAGUCCUGUAUUGUCUAUUUACUAUAAGCAGCAUGGUUUGAAACCAUUUUCUUUGAAACUGCAGAAAAUUUUCAAUCGGCUUUUGGUGCUGGAGGGGAGCCAUUGAUUUUACACAUCAAAGUCUGUUUACAGGUGUUGAGUGUAUAAACCCUUUUGUGUCUCCAGAGGAUGCUGUGUGAGGUCUGAUAAAUGUCCUCCAGGGAUGUCAGUCAAUGAUAGUUAACGCUAAAGAAGUUUGAAAAUGAAAAAAAUCUGUGGGCGGCUGAAGGAGUGAGCUUAAUAGAUCUCUGUAGCUUUCUGCUCAUCUCUGCUGCAGAGUAGACUUAAUGAUCUACAAGGCCAAGAAUAAAAGUUUGUAAGUUGGCAGUCCAAAUGAAUAAAAUGUUCUUUGAUGAAUUCAUUAAGGUCUUCAAAGCUCAGUUUGGUUUUCUGUAUCAGCCUUAGAAUUUAACGAAGAGGAUUUGGAAGCCUGGCAAACGAAAGCUGCUAAUAUCAAAAAGUAAAUGCAUUAUCAAACAUUAUUUAAGGUUGUAGCCGUGAUUAAUAACUACAACAAAAUGCUUUUAUGAAAUGUUGUCCUAACACUUCCAAGCAUGGCAUUAAAGCCCAGCCACAUGGUUUCUAGAUGUCUCAUCUAAAACCACUAAGAGGACAUAAAAAUGUUUCAUUGCUUUAAUGGUUUUGACUCUGAUGGUGUUUCCCUGAUAAUAGCAACAUUACAACAGUAACUGAAAAGCUCUGUGUGACAAUAAGAGGGUGGGAAAACACUAACCGAGAGAAGGAGGUGUUAGAAGUGACGGGCGUGAACAGAGGAAGCGUGAGAGCAUGGAGGAAGAGGUGUAAAGAUAAAGGUGUGAAUCACGAGGCAAUACACAUAAUAAAGUGUGCCUGUAUGUGUGUGAUAUGAGGCCUAAAGAUGAAAUGAGAGUUCGUCACUCCUGUGAAAACUCAGGGUAUCGGAUAAAGGCCGGAAAAUAUGUGAUUGCAGCAAUCAUGAGUCUAAAAAAAGGUCUGAAAGAUGAACCGUUUGUCAUGUGUAAGCAAGACAAAUCAGUGAUAACAUCGUGACCACUGCUGUACCAACCAAUGACAGGUGAUUUAGGGGACAUUCAUACCAGGACUGUUUGGUUCGUUUUAAAAGGACCAUGGUACCCUUACUCCUUUGGUCUGGGUGGUAUGAACGCACAAGCAAACCAUGGUCCAGAUCAAACAAACGGACCAUGGUCCUCCAGAGCUAAUGUAGCUGAACUUUUAAUAUGUCAAUGUAAACCAAUAACACACUUACAAUGUAAUGAAGCCGGGAAAUUAUGCCUGUCCGGAGGCUGCAGCAAGUGGAGAACAGCCGGUCAAAACACCGGACUGUGUGUAAACUUGAUGAAUGGCAGAGGGUCUGUGCUCUAAUAAAAUAGUCGGGUGAUAUUAAACACCUUGGUGUUCUUCUGUUCAACAAACAUGCUGACAAUGUGUAAUAGGCAUUCCUUUGCAUUAAUGUCGGACAUCUCCUCGCACAACAUCUCCGCUGGUGAGUUGCGUGAAGCAAGACGUCUAAUGUUCUCUCUGGUCGGCUACUUUUUGUACGUUGUGGGACAAUGAAGAUUGUGCCUCAGGUGAGCAGGUGACACACAGUGAUUUUCCCUUAUAAUUAUCCCUCUUUUUUUUAACCAUUUGGUUUGCUUAGCAAAUCCCAUGUGAAAGCUAACCGGACCAAAUGCAAAUUGCAACACUGUAAACAUUUGGUCCCCGAUCCGGUUCUUCUAAGCGGACUUUGGGAGAGAAAGGCCCCUUGAUAACAUCUCAUCAUAAUAACACUUGUCAAUAGGGGAGGUCUGGCAACUAGUAAAACUCAGUCAGGGCCAGUUGCACCAAAGAGGAUGAAUUACAUUACAAUGUUAAAAUGUUACAAUGUCAUUUAGCAGAUGCUCUUUCCAAAGUAAGGUACAUAUGAGAACAAGAACACAAGCAAAGAUCUAGACAAGAGAAAACAAAACAGUGCAAGUCAACUGGCUGGAAGACUCAUUCAACCACUGGGGACAACAACGGAGAAUAGUCUGACUGAGUGUUCUCUUAAGAGCUUUCAUGUCUUUAGCUUUCAUGAUGGAAGUUGAUUUGCAGAAAUGCUCUGUUCUGACAGCUCCCUGCCCUUCCAUAUGCAUUCCUGGUUUGUCAAAGCCUGUGGCAGGAAGAGCACAUCUCCCUGUUGUUUAUGGUCACUAAUGGAAAGCUAAGGCAGGGAGAGCAGCAGCAAAGACGCCCAAGGUACAGAACAGAGCAGGCAUCAUUGAUGAUAGCUAACAACUUCACUUCUUUGACUUUUCUCCUUUAUCAUGUCAAAAUCACACAUUUACAGCUCACUUUGGUGUACUGUAAAAUAAUAAAAUGUUGUGGAGUGUGGGUUUUAUUGGGAAGACUUCUAAAUCUAAAAAAACAAGUGAAGCGGCUCAGGUGGGCAGUCUUCUCCGGGAGUCUUGGCCAACUCUGCAUUGUAAUGGACUGAAAAUAGAGCACCUAUUUUGCCAUUUUCCAAUCUCAGACAUCGAUCAGCUAACAUACUGUGGGCUAAGCUUGACUUUGUGGCCUGCCUGAACUAACUCUACACUCAACCUUUGUCCUUUCUUUUGCUGUGUUGGAUGGAAGAAUAUGUUGCAGGUGGAAGAAUGUGAAUAUCUUUGACGAAGGCCAAACCUUAACAGUCAGAGGACUGUGUCAGAGCAUCUUUAAGCCUGCAACCCUUGUGGGGUGUUUGCAGUGGUCUGUAUCUACUAAAGGUAGUCAAAGAAAGCGUAAUCCUACCUUUAUCCCAUAACUCUCAUUCAUCUUCUUUUGUUUUCCUUCACUUCAUUUCAAGCUCCUUUAUCUCCUCCUCUGACUCACCUCACUUAUAAUUACGAUUCACUGAACCCUGCCCUUAACCCACCAAUCCCUCAAUAUCUGCUGUCUCAUGUGACCAGAGAGGCUGCUGCAGUCUUAGUCAUAGCAGGCGCAGCAUCUCUGAAAAACUUCCAUCGCAGCCCCAACUGAAACAGCUGCAGCUCAGCACACUGCAGAGACCCAAAGCUAAACUGGUUAAAGCUCUCUGCACUGUGCUGCAAUUGUUUAUUACCAAUAGCAACCACAGAUGAGUAGCUAUGGAAACCUUGUUGACCCCUUGAACACCACUGCCCUCCAGAAAGUAGACACUAUAAAGAGUCAUCUCCGUCCCUCCUGAUUUUGUCUUUAUUUCUCCUCUGAUCUCUGAAAACUGAAAACAAGCUUUGAAAAGUUCUGAAUAUCUCUACUUGAUUAGUUAGUUGUGCAUCCUUAAUUCCUGUUUGGCAGGAAAAAAAUGACAUGCCAGCCUCCCACCUGCAGCUGUCAUCCUUGUUGACAAACAGCAGUCACUGGUUAGUGAAAGCUGUCCUCUUUUAAAAGCUACUAUUAAUAAAAAUCAGUGACACAUUUCAUGACUCAGCAGACUGCCAAUUAAAGCUGUGCUGGGCCCUGAUGAAAAAUCUCAAAGAGGAGGAAGCUGCAACAAAACUGUCUCACAUCUCCCCUGUUUUAAUGUUACCUUUUUUGAACCAUCCUCAAGCUGUGUUUACUCUUGUUUUUUUCCCAUCAUUUGUUAAAAAAAACCAAGGUGUAGCAUUGGUUGUUUUAUAGGCAGACAGUAUGGGCCAAAGUCUUUUGCAUCAUCCUGUUGUAUAAUAUUCGAUGAAAUUAUUACAUUACUUAGUUUGACGUGAGGUGGCAUGACAUGUUAUAAAAAAUCAAUAACAUUAUAUUUAAUUUCAAUCACAUUACUUUGCUUACUGUUAGAUUAGGUUACAUCACCUCACUUUAUAUCCCAGUAAGUUACAUUAUGUACAUUAAGUUGCACUAUAUCAGAUUACAUUGCUUUGUAAUGUUAUGUUAUUUUGCAUUACAUCAUGUAGCAAUAAGCUUUAAUCUGUUACACUAUAUUACAUAAAGUAACAUAACAUUAUAAUGCAUCAUGUUAUGUUACAUUUCGUAAAGUUACGUUACAUAGUUGAAUCACAUAAUAUGACAUAUUCCGAGUAACAUCUUAUUACAUUAGGUUAUGUAAUGAUAGUCGAGUUAUGUUACAUUAGUCAUGUUACAUUAUGUAAUGUUAUGGUACGUUAUAUUAAUGUAAAAAGAGAGAAACAAUCCGCACACUUCUGGUCUGUUUCAAAAAGAGCUUUACUGAAGCAAGCUUUCGGUCUGUUAGACCUUCAUCAAGGCAUUCUUUUUACUUUAAAGUUUCUGCUAAUCCUGCACCUUCUCUCCAGAUUGAGCGGUGACCCUUCACUUUUUUACGUUAUAUUAAUGUGAAAUUUUGUCGAAUUACAGUGUGUCAUUUAAUUUGCUGUAAAAACUUGUUAAAACCAUUCUAGCCACUAACAGUGCAGUCGAUGUUGUCUUUACAAAAACCUUUGGUGUAUUAGAUUUUUUAGACUAACUUGUAAUCUUCAGACAAAUGAAAAUAAAGUGAUUUAAAUAUUAAAUAGUUUGUAAGCUUAUGGCUAAAUUGUGAGAAAUGUGUAGAUUAAAAGUGUCCUUUUUGUAUGAUAUCUCUGAGAGUGAUGUUAGAUGCGUUUCCAACCUCAAGUUUAACCUCAUGGCUGAACUUGUGUAUUUGCUCAUUUACAUUAAAAAAAUAAACAGUGCCUCAUGGUGCUAAGAAAAAAAAUGCAUUUCAAACCCAUUGCAUAGCACCACUGAACAAUAAGCCUCAGAGAGGUAUUUUUCACAUAUUGAGACAUUUAGAGCUGGGCCCUCUCAGUCUUACUACCUCAGUUCUUUGUGCAUUAAUGUUGUUGGAGAGGUGUUUUUUUUUUUUUACUUAUCAGUUAUGAAGGUAUUGAUCCAGUAGAGCUGGUAGAUUUGUGGCUUUUGCUUACAUACUUUUAUUGCAGAGUUCAAGAAGUUAAUAGUGGUGAUUACUGUUGGAGAGCCUUCACCCAAAAGAGGAAAUUGAAUAGAAAUAUGACUCAGACCCAGUGCGCUGUCUACAGAGUAGGAUCUUUGGCCUGUAUAUUUGCUUUGCUUUGGUUUGCAGCAUCGCAGCAAGGCUGCAAGAAGUGAGUCAGCUCUCUGUGUCUGAUUGAUUUUACCUCUCAAGGUGUGAAAUUAAUAUUUGUCUUUUUGCUUUCAGUGGUGUUCAGAUUACAUGAAUAGAAAUACAAUGAGUCAAAACUACUUAAAUAUUAACACAGUUCUUCUGUAGGUACUCACCGCUUUACCUUUUUCUGAUUGUUUAACCAGAUAUAAUGUAAAAAAUUAAUGAGGGGAUUGAUGGAAGUGUUAAACUUAUUGGCCGUAGGCAGUUCUCUCGCUGUGGGUUUUAGAAGAUUAUGCACCAGCUUGAACUUUUCAGGUUGAUUUUCAUUCUAUCCAAGUCGAUGGUGACUGACAAGGGAAAUCAUGCUGCAACUGCCCAAAUGAUUUCCAUUAAGACAAACAGACCAGAAGUUCUGAAAUGAUGCAAACUCGAACACAUCUCCGAAACUACUGAAAAGACAGAAAUGUGCUGCAGAUGAGAAACAACUGCACUGACAGCAUUCACACUGCAGAUAAAAUAAACCCCGCAAAGUUGAAAACACAAGCCUGGAAAAUAACAGGAAAAAGUUCAUGCAUAAAAUUUCACAUGCACUUUAAGAUUUGCAGCAUUAUGUCUUCAUGCGUUUUGUAUCAAUGUAAAGAUAAUGACAGAUCUUGUUACUGAAGAGAGGAUAUUAUUUUUUCAGCGUCUGCCUUCUGUUUCGUUGUACCAAACAAUGUCUGACAAGCAAACAGUGGACUUUUUCCAGGCGGGUUGUUUGACUUGCUUUCUUCACAGAAUUGCUGCAGAGAUUGCUGGAUAAACACCGCUUUGUCACCUGUUUGGCAGUCGGCUCUGUUAUUUCCUUGUGGGAGUUGGGCAGCUUGAGGACAAAGUGGGAGGAAAGAGCGAGUGUUUCCCAUCUUCACUGCUAAAACCAAUAUCACCUCUGCUGUUUUAAUCUCUCCCUUCUGUGUUAUUUUUUCCCUCACAAUCUCCUCCAUCUGUCUCAGGACUCUCUUUCCAUUGGAGCUGUCAGUGUCCCCCCUCUGUCUCUGCUUUUCUUUUUCUGUCUGCACCUGGUUCAGGAGCAGCAGCAUGACUCAUAAAGUCUGUCUCUCAUAAGUGAAUAAAAAUAGUUAGACAUUGUGCAGGGAAAGGCUUGUGAUGAAGCUGUUUUUAAAUUCUUAUGAACUUCAGAUUUAUUGCCAAGGCUGUAUGCAGCUGGCCGUCCUAAACAUGGUUUAAUCAUUUUUCAUUUUCAUUAAUAAAUAUUCUGCAGAUUGCUCAUUAAGAAGUAGCAACUAUUACUUCAAUAGCAGGCUUAUAUUUUAUUAUGAUAUGAAUAGACAUCCCUCAGUUCUUUGCCUGGCGGUUGAUAGCUUGUAUCAUGUUCUUGAAUAGCUAUUCUGCCGUCUUGCUCACCUGCCUCCUCCUGUCCCUCUCCCUGCGCUCCUCUCUUCACCUGGUCAUUCUGCUGCAGAACAGCACAUUGCAGAUACAGCAAGCCACAGUUAACUUUGGCAGCAUCUUCCUUGUGCCCUCAGGCGUCGAGUUCAGAGAUCUAAGCUGGAUAUAAUGAGAGUAAAAGGGAGAUCUUUCAUACUCUGCUGUAGAAGAAAGGGGGGUUUGGGCUUCAUUCACCUCAGAGGAUCAAAUGAGUGCACUAUGGUAGAUAGCACAUUAAUGGUUCAGUGUAGAGGAUCAUAUUUUCAUGAUUAUGAGGGGCUAUGAUUUUAAUUAAAAUUGAAAUUUAAUUUGUCCUUAACCCCACCCUGGGAUAUACUUUGGUUAUUUUCAUUAAAGCUCCUAUGAGGAGUUUUCUUUAUCUGGCCAUGAAACUGACUGAAAUGAAAACUGAUGCGUCAUCUUGAAAAUAGCAAACAAGCCCAUUCACAAGACGACUGACAAACAGUUAUAUUUCAUUUUUUAACAACUGUGAGGGGUAGGUUUCAGACCAAGUGAUUAGCUAUACGCUGCUGAGACAGCCUUUUUUCACAUGGUCUAGUGCAGAGACCCCUGAUAUAUUAUACUUACAAAAGACGGCAGGGUGCGAAGUAAUGUCGAAUAACUAACUACAUAUGUACAAGACAAACUCAGCACUUUUUCAUCCAUCAAGAGCACCACAAUCAAUACAAACCAAAAAUCGAACUUUAAGUACAGCCAUGUCACAGUGCUGCUUUUCAUCACUGACAGGCACUUUGCUAUUCAAAACCUUUUUUGCACCAAUAAGUCAUAUACACCCCAAAACUUCAAUAAAAGUAGCCUAGGUCAAAAGAAAAUCUUCUUUAAUACCCUCGGUUCAUUGGCUGGUGAAAGAAUAUGGAGCUUCAGGGGUCGAGGGGCUGCCUGUCCUCUCUGUAAAAAUGAAAGCUAUCCUGCUUUAAGUCUAAAUCAAACUAUUCUGCUGCUUUGAGAGAUUUUGUUCAUUGAGGAGACUCAGAGCUGUUAUCACUUUCAGAAGUACUUCCUUCAUGACUCUGAAUAGAUGACUCUUCCUGUCAAAUCCUUUGUGGCUGUGAGGUCCUUUAUUCAGUAGUGCGUGUACCGUACAUAACGUUAUAGGCUAUUAAAAGCCCGCUAUGAGCAUGGAUCCGUCCUUAUCUGCACUCAAAAUAUGUGUGAUAUAACCUUGUGUUCCUCGGUUCAGCCAGAGCAGGAAAGAACGACAGCCAAGGAUUUUACAGUACAUUUGUUCUGAAUAGACAUCAUUUGUGGUGACUUUUUUCUUUAAAAAUCACUUUGUAUGUAUUAUGGAAAUCAGUCUGCAAGUUCAAAAGAUAUCUUUGCACAUGUUAGACUAAAACUUGUGGAUGAAUCAGUAAAUAAUAAAAAUUGAAACUGCAUUUCAAAAACGUUUCCAUGGUCUUCAGCAAAAAGGAGCAGAGAGCAAAGUUAAGAUGGUGUCUAAAAUGUUGAUGAAAUACAAUUUUAAAGAUUCAUUUAAACACUAUAAUUACUUUUUGAAAUUAGUACAAACACAACAUAUCUGAUGAGGAAACUGAUAAAUACUUAAUGAAAAAAAGGCCUUAUUUGAAUUUCACCUCUUUGUGAGAGACUUCAUGAGCAAGUACCUCAGCAGUUUCAGAAAACUCUCCCUUUGUAUAAAUUUGCAAAGAAUUUGCGGAUCCUCAAGCCCUCAGGUGGCACUGCAUUACAAACAGACAGGACUCUGUAGUGGAAAUCACUGCAUAGACCAGGAGUCGUUUCUAAAAUCGACUCUCACUGCAUUUACAAAUGGAGGAUAAAACUGGGCCAUGCAAAGGAGAAACCAUGUAGAGACAUGAUCCAGAAACACCAGCGACCUCACUGGAGCCCUUUAUGGAUGGACUGAGGUAAAGAGGAAACCAUCCCCCGCUCUGACAGCUCAUCAUGGUCAUUGUUUUGGGGAAUCAUACAUGCUCUGCUUCUGUGCUUAUUCAUACACAGUUCAAAAGCUAGCAUCUAUUGUGGUAUGGAGGAUGCAUAUGUGUCCAUGGCAACAGUAGCAGGUUGUUUUAAAUCAUCCCUGAUGGACACAUCUGCUUGAUGUGGUUACUGAGGCAGACAAAAAUAAGUGAAUACACAGUCUGAAAAUGAUCUGAUAUAAAAGUAAAAAGGUAUUAGCCUAUAAUUUUGUUGGUGAUUUUGACACAGAACACAGAACAAUUGACUUCCUAAAACAACAUGUAGUCAUUUUUACUGCUGUUUGUAUUAAAAUCACUGAUUAUUGCUGAUGAAAAGACAACCAGUGAGACAGCAGGUGGAUUAAUGACUUAAUAUCCAAUUAUGAGCUGACUGUCUUUGUUGAAAUUGGACGCCUGUUCUUGGAUAGUUUUUCUGCUGAUGGAAGGAAUAAACCACAGAGGGUCUUGGAGAUAGUGACAGGUAGAUCCUGAACUGUCCCCACUGGCAUCAUUAGCAGAUCUAAUAAAGACAAAGCUAAUUAAGCAACAGCACUUGUCUCCCUGUACCUGUCUGUCUGUCGGUCUAAAAACGCGAGCUCAGGUUUUCUGCUGCUGUCAGUGUCUCAGACUGUCUUACCUUUUCUAAUUAAACAGCUCCAGUCUUAUCCCAGUGUCCACAACGCUGUCUCUGCCUCAUGAAUCACUGCAGGAGACUAGCCUAUCCACCAACUCCUGCAAUACUCUGAUGACGUAUAUCUGAAAAGUGUGUCCUUGAAAAGCUUGAAAGAAUUCUCUCGCACAAAUACCUGGUAAAAAUUGAAAACCGACUUUGAAUGGUGGAGGUGGUUGUUGCCACUCUUAAAGACAAAAGCUCCAAAGACUUCAAUGUUAAACUGCUUCCUCACAAGUAGGAGUGACAUUCAUUUAAGCCCAAAGAUAUAAUUCUGACUCUGUUGGACACUCACAGAAGGGUUUUGCCUUUUUCUGCACAUCUGCAGUGGCUUCAUUUUUCUGCAACAGAGGUUGCAAAGACACGGGGGGCUCUAUGUAAGAGCUCUGAUUGAUGGCUUUAAUAAACCGGUUAACUUCAGGCUUAACAAGCUGACACACACACUGGAUGGAUGUCAGUGUCACCACAGCAUGUCUGUGAUUCCCCACCCAUCGUGUGUACAUAAAUCCUUAACAGAGGGCUUUUAAAUGUAAUUUGAGUGUGUAUUACAGGGUUGUGUACUUUAACAGCCAGAUAUAAACUACUGUGAUUAACCACAGCAAUAACUGGAGGUGAAGAAUCUCAUGGUGAUUUGCAUCGCCAUUACAUCCAAGUGUUUUUUUAAUAAUUUAAGAUGUUUGACAGCACCCUCUGGUUACUACGUCCAAUGAGAAGGGGAUUUCUUUCUAGUAAAAUCUACAAAAGCUUAUAAAUGGAUCCUCCUUUUUCAGCUAUGACUUCAGUCAGCUCCUGUCAUGCUGUCUUUGAUUUGAUCCCAUCAUCACAUUAUGUCAUAACGUCUUUAAAACAUGUUGAAAAUUAGGAAUGCAUGGCAUAUAUCUAAGCAGAUGAUAUGAUAUUGGCCCAAUAAUGGGAAGAUUCUGAUAUUAUUUGUAAUUGCUUCAAAAACUCAACUUAUUCAAGUUACUUUCCUUUACUUAACAAACCAACACACUUUAAUACAGUAGGUGGUAAUAGUUCAUCUGCUAGUACAUCCAGACAAGAGCAAAGGCGGCCACAUUAGGCUAAGGGAACAUAGUGAGAUCGAAAUCUUAUGAGACACUACACUAUGAUAUGAUACGAUACGAUACAAUCUUUUGAGGAAAAAUCACUAUGAAGAAGAGGAAGUAAUCCCAUGUGAAUAGUACUUCAGUUAAUCUUUUAAGGGGACUGUCUGUAAAUAGUGAAUUACUUCUUGACAUCAGUGUUCAAUGUGAUCAGCAUGAUCUCCAUCACAGUUUACCGUAUGUCUUUUUUUCUGCGGUAACUUUACAGCAAAGCCCCUGACACCAACACUUUCAUUCAAGAAAUUAAACGACAUUUUAAAAAUUAUUUAGUCAAUUAAUGAAUUCGAUCACAUGCUAUGAGACGGCGUGUCAAUGCCAACCUGCUGCACUAAGAGAGUGAAAGAAAGACUUACUAAUAGCCUGUACCAUCAAUACCAGACAUAUGAGGUUAUGUAGCUGCAUGCAUGCAUGUGUUAUAGCCCAGCAUGUCAUUGCCUGUUCCUUGAGUGACAGAAAAAACGACCUCCGAUUUUUUGCCCAUUGAUAUUACUGGUCCCCACAGUAGUAGGUAGAGAUAAUGUCAUGACGAUGUAACAAAAUGAUACAUCUUACUUUGCCCCUGAAAUAAUGUCAAAACCUUUCCACUGAGCAUCUUUUGGUUUAAAAGAGGUCGAAUAGAUGUCUUAAUGUAGCCUAGAUGACUGGUCUAAACUCAGACAACCACAGGUCUAAAAAUUGAAGUUUUUUAGACUUCUAAAUCUAGACCAGCCGGCUAACAGGUCUACACUGUAUAUUGCUCAAUCAUGAUAAUAUAAUUAUUAUAUUCAUACUAUAUCAUAAUUAUUUUGGUUAAGAACUUGGAGAUCAGUUAUGCAACUCACAGUUGAUUUUUGAAAUAAAUAGUUAUCGAAUAAUGGGUUAAAGUCCAACAUCUAAAUUCUGUCUAAAAAUAUACAGAAUCUAGACGGUUGAAAUUAGGGCUUAAAAAAAUCAGACGUCUAAUAGCUGUCUGUUGCUCAGUGGGUUUAUUUGCAAAGAGGGUCUGGGGGUUUCGGGCUCUUUCUGCUGCUACAGUAGUACAAACUCCCAUGUUGCCCCUGGGAGAGGACAGGGAAAGAGGCAAGAGGUAUGUAGGUGUGUGUCUGUCUGUGUGUGUGUGUCUGAAAAUGGAGGGACAGCAGAAGCAUGACGACAAGUGAGGCUGUGGUGCUCAGGAACAUGAAGAAACCCUAACCCAAACCCCAAACCUUUACAAGCUAACAUUUGCCAUCAUAAGUCAUGAAGUAAUGAAAUUUAUUCCUAUAUCUUGGUAUUAUGAGGAUGGAGGCUAGAAAAGGUUUGGUAAAAUGGAGAGAAGAGGCAUGGUCCCAAUGUUGAGCUCAGAGAGUUUAUGUUUUCAAGACUUUAUAGGUUCCAUGAAUGCAUGGGAUGCCAAUUCACAAAUAAAUGUGUUUAAUAACCAUGAAAUCAAUAUCAUUAAAAAAUAAUUGCAUUUAUGAAUUUGGCCAUAAUUGAGCGUCCGUAGCUGCUGCCUGCAAUGCUGAUUUAACAGCCAGAGCUGCAGAAAGUUAAUGAGGCAAAGCUAAAGCAAUCAAUAAUAAAAUCCUUGAAUUUGCAGCACUUGAUGAUGCACCUUUCUCUCCAUAUCAUGUAUCACUGGCAAAAUGCUUUGACAUUGCAAUGUUUGGUUCAUCACAGUGCUUAUUUUGUAAUGAAUUCAGGUUUCAGGUAACAGUGUUGGCCUGACCUGCUCUGUUCUUGUAGUCCCACAGAUGUGAAAAUUAACAUACUUAUGUCCUCAGUCUCAAUAUGCAGUCAAUUACACACAUAAUAGAAAAGAUUUGAUGAUUCAUCAGAGCUCCACCGACACUAAAAACAUGAAUUAGCAGGCUGGCAGCGAGGGAAGCUGCAGAGAAAGGGGAGAGGGGCGUUGUCUGCUCCCUGUGAGAGCUGCUCGCAUCCUCUGCUCGAUUUUUGUGUUUCCACAGAAACAAGCGAGUAUUAAUGUUCCCUCCAAGUCUAUUACACGCUCCCUAGAAAGCUCCACUCCAGCUCCAACUUUACAGCUGCUAAUCCUUACUAUCCCUUAAGUCUUAUUAGAUACCCACAAUACUUCUCGGCAGGUUAACGUGUUAAUCUGCCAGAGCAAAGCUGCUGUGAAUAUACUGUACAGAGCUUAAACCCUCAAGCCUCUUAGCAAUAAAAGCAGACUAUUACACUCAUAAAGCAAGAGUUUCUCCCAGUGUCAGAGAGAAUGAUGUUGUUUUUGGUCAUAAUAUCCUGCCGUAAUAUCCACCACAUAAAGACAGUGCAUCUGCACACAGCAGCAAAAGCUCCAAGAUGAUGAGUCCAUACUUUUCUCUGUGGUUUGUUUUCAGAGAUCCAUUUGCAUCAAUACAAUACUCUCUCAGAAAGUCGUCAUUCAAUUCUUGUUUACGAAUAAGCCUGCACAUUACACGAAACUAAACACAUUGCAGUAAGUGUGAAACAUUUUUGAGUAACCACGUCCCAGCAUUGCUUUUAUGCUUUUACCAUCACUUCUUAGGAGCUCAUUAGGGCCGAGCGUUAAUACAACAAUAAUGGAAGAGGGGUUAGGGGCGGCUAAUGGAUGAGUCACAGUGUGAAAGAGGCUGUUUUCUGCAUAUGAGUCGAUGCAGUCCUUCAGGCGAUGUCGGGAUUUCUACUACAGCUAAUACGCUGAUUUGCAUUUUCACCUCUGCACAGUCAUGGAUCAGCAUAUAUUCUGCAAUCCUGUGAAAGAUUUGGGUUUAUGUAGCUGUUUAUUUGCAUACACAAUAUCACACUUAUUCAUAUAACUAGUUUUUUCUCUGCUUGAAAUAUCCUGAGUCAGAAAGUUUUAUGUUAAGAACCAUCCAGUGUAAGCUUUCACAGCAGGAGGAGAGUCAAUAUAUUCCAAGAAUGGGGUUUUAAUAGUUUUUUAUUGGCUUUGAAUGUAGGAACUCCAGUCAAGUUUUUAAUCUAAUGAGAAUUUAGAGAUCUUAGAGCUUGAUAGUCCUCAGGCUAUAACACAACUGGAAACUGUUGACCGUAUAAACACAUCCAGCAGCUGACAUACGACUUCAUGUUGCAACCAGUGGAAAGCACCACUACCAAGAAGUUGCAGUUUUACUGUAUGCUUACUUUAAACACUAAAUCAUUUUUUAUUUUUUUAAUGACAGUUAUUUUCUAGUACUGGUUUACCGCAACAGCCCUACAAACAACCUGUGUUUUUUUAUCUGAUCAGAAAACUUUAAGCACAAGUUCCAAGUUGCUUCGUUACUUUUCCGUAAUUCAUCAUAAGCCAUAAUGAAGUUUGUAUUUACAGUGAUUUAGAGAGAGCAUGUUGUAAAUGUUUCCAUAUCUAGGAUGUAAACUUUGAGAUAAUCUAUUUUUGCUGCUUCCCUGGAGGUCAUUUUAAAGUCUGCCUCAUAAAUACUUCAUACCAUCUUUUUUUCCUUCUAACACCAAAUUUCUGCUGUUGGUAGACAAUUACCCACCACAGAAACUAUUAAAUUAUGUAUGAUCUUGGUGCUAAUGACCAGACAUCAGAGUCCCUCCAGUGGAAAGGGCACGUUCAGGGAGCAGCUGUACUCAGGCUAUACCACCUCCAACCCUCUAAAUAUUUAAAGAUGUUGGGGGCGGCCAGCAAUCGUAACUCACCUCUGAAAAUCAUAUUUCAGGUGACUGAGCCACCUCUAAUUCCAUAAGCAGCCGUCAUCUCCCCCCUACAACAACAGAACCAGAAGAAAGUGUUCUCUAAUGACAUUAUCUGCACCCACAAGUCCAUUAGCAAAACUCUGAGAAGGCUGGAGGUGGAGAGAAGAGCUAGGCUGCAGCAACAUGUUAAUAUAUACAGAAGAGACACGCGCAUGAGAUGUAUUCACAUCACUGCUCUCAGUACUAUUAACUUCAGCUCUUCUGCACAAAUUACAUAUUGCAAAUUCAAAUUGUUCAUCUGCUUGUCUGAAAAUGAAACAAAUGGUCUUUAAAAACAGGCUUCAAAACUGACUGGUGCUAUUACUUCUUUAUGAGCAAAUAAGAUCAUUAGUUUUAAAGCCUGCUAACUUAAACGCUGCAAAAACAGAACUGAGCACCGCUUUAAAUCUUUCAAAUAAAAAUAAGUACAUGAUGAGAUUAGUUUUUCUGGACUAAAGUGGUCUUUAUGGAACUUUGUUUACACUUUCACAUUUAUACUAUCAUAAAAUGUCAUACCCCUAAAUCAAAAAGUUAAAACUGUGAUGAACAACAGCAAGUAAAGCUCCACACAUGUCAAUCAAAGGCUUGUUGGCAUGAAGGGCUUGAAUGGACUUGUAGAUGAAGGAAUCAGUAUUAACUCUCGGUCUCCUCUCUCUUCAGCUGCCAUCGAGGCCUGUCUGGGUCACCUCCUGAAGAGACGGGCAGCUGGCUUCCUCCGCAGCGACAAGAUCGCCGCCCUCUUUACCAAAGUCGGCAAAGUCUACGAGACAGCCGGCGAGGUUUGUCGUAAAGUGCAGGAGCAGCUCCAGCAGCAGGCUGAUCUCAGCAGGUGGGUCACGUCGCUCCUUUCUCCCUCUUUGUUAUUGCUUUCUGCUAAACUGAGUCUAUCCAGAAGAUUAACCAACUUUCAAGUCCUCAAACCUCUUCAGUUAUUAUUUCUCUGAUUAGAGUUUCUGGGGAGAGAGCACCUGAAACAAACUUGAGGAUGUAGUUUGUGAUAAAUUUAUGAAACUCGUGUUUUAGUUAGGACGGAAGUGUCUGCACUACAGCGUGACUUUGUGAUGAUGGUUGAUAAUCUUUGUUUAGGCUGCUGAACUUCAGAGUCAAAAUCUAACUGAUCAGGCCCUUGAAUGUUAAGAUGGAGUAAAAAUGUUUGUGGUGCCUGAGGCUUUUUUACGGGGUAGCUGACUCUGCUGUUGUUAUGGGCAUGGCACUUACUGCUCUAUACUAAUGCCACCAAGCCUGUAUGAGUGAGCAGAAUUGUUGGUUAUGUAUUACUUAAAACUUACUGGCUUGUGAAUCCUCUUUUCUUUUUGGUCUCAUUCUUUUCAUGGCACUGCAGGUGCAUGCCCAGAAUAACCCAGCUAUGACGAUAAUGGGCUUUCUACGUUCUUCACUAGUAAAAAUUACAUAUUUUCUCAUGACAAUCUAUGCCACUAUAUUAACGACUUUCCUUUUUUAACAAACAUUUUUUUAAAGGUAAGAUUUUUUUUUUAUAAAUAAUUGCAGUGUGUUCCCUUCAAUGUCGUUUCUGCUGAUUGUCUGUAAUGGUAAAGGCAGCCUGUUGCUAGGAUGUGUUGGUUGCUCGGCUGUAUGUGUCUGUGUCUUGGUAAAAUAAGUAAGACGGCAUGUAGUGCAAUUUUCUUUUUUUUUUGUUGUUUUUGUUUUGUAAUUCAAAGUUAUAAAUUCUAUGGACUAGAGAUUAUGUUUUGCAUACAUGACACGAUACGAUACGAUGACUAAACCUUAAGUUAGCCGAUGCAUUCUUUAAAAAGCAUGUCGUCUGAAAUUUUCUUGUGAAACCCCAAAUUACAUUCAAACUAGUCGAUGUUUGAACUCAUAUGAAGCUGGUGCACCCUUAUGAUGGUUAUUAGAAUUGUGUAAAACACACACCUGCAGGCCAUCCCUCUCUCUCUCUCUCUCUCUCUCUCUCUCUCUCUCUCUCUCUCUCUCUCUCUCUCUCUGGUGAGUUAAGUAUUUGCUAAAGCUAAGCUAUCAGUGCUUACACUGUGAUAAGCCUUAGGUCUGUGUCAAGGUGUGCCUACAAUAAGUGUGUGCAUUUUUGUGUGUAUAAGUGUGCACACAAAGGAUGAUAAAGUGCUUUAUCUGCAGGCUCUUAGGUACAAGCAAAGCUGUUUGCAAGCCCAUUAAUUGUCCAUUAGCCUAAGCCGCAUGGCUACAACGUCUCUCCAGGGCUGUGGAGACGCUUUUAAAAAAGAGAAGAAAGUGCUGUGCGACAGGCACACACAGACAUGUCUGCUUAUAUGGUGCACACACAAUGAGACACAGACACAUUGUGUAUCAUUGUUGCAGGGAUAUUAUGCAAUGUAAAUCAGCACACACUCUGCACUCCGCUCUCCGUCUUCAUAUCAGCCUCUUCCUCUCAUUCAUCCGUCACGUCUCAUUGGCCUUUAUUUCCCCAGAUACACAGCAUACACACAACACUACAACCCAAUAUUGUGUUUAGGUCUGUUCCCCUAAUAAUACAUACAUUCACAUAAACAUACACAUUUACACAGGGCGCUCUCACCCUGCCCCCUCCCCUAACUUUCUCCACCUACCACCCAACCUCAGGGCCCCAUCUCUCAUUCACCCUGGUUGUCAUGGCAACAUGGUGUGUGCCAAUGGCAGCAAAAGAGGCAGAAGAGCAUGAUGGGAAACAUUAGAGAGAUGGAGAGCGAGAGUAUGAGCAGACAUCAACAGCAGAGUUGCACGGUGAAGUGAAUGGUAAUUACAGCAGAGCAGGGCUGUGUGUGUGUGUGUGUGUGUGUGUGUGUGUGUGUGUGUGUGUGUGUGUGUUCGCGCGCACACGCACCAGGGGCAGAUUGGGUGAAGGGUUUGUGUUUUUGCUGCUGUUUACAGAAGCCUGCUGGUAGACGCUCAGCCUCAGGUUCUUGUCUGUGUGAUGUAUAAACUUUACAAUAUUCCUCUUUUCAACAUUUUCCUCGGUGAGAAAGCACCAUAAAGAAUUACCAGCGGACCACCCUCUCCUCUAUUCCUCUCCAUCCCUCGCAGACUCUUGGGGUAAAGAGCAAACUAGCAUAUCAUCUGCAUUCAUUGCCUACCCUGCAGGGCUCCAAGCACUGAGACCUGCUGAGGCACAGCUCCCAAAAACACUGACGGAUGAUUCAACCUCUUAAAUCUUGGGCUGCAUCCCAGUAGCUAUUUUAUAAUCGUUUUUUGAGAUCUCUGAUCUAACAGCUCAGAUCAACCGUCCACCUGUCUGAAGCCAUAUGCCACAAAUCUAGAUGGGAUCAUUAACUGUGCCUUAACAUUUGACUGCACAAUAAAUCGAAUAUUUAAUCAUGAUCAUGAUUUUGGCCCUUGACCAGGAGUAUGAGGUUACGUCUGUAUUUAUGCUGUGAUAAAAUGCUAAUGUAAUGAGAACUGGAUUUGUACACUCAACACAUACUAAUCACCUAAAGUCAUGAUAACUUCAGCAACAAAAAUUAACGAUGCAUCCCACAUGAAGUCAGACAGAAUUCAUCACGAGUCGAGCAUUACUUCAACAUCAAUUAUGCAUUGAUUCACUAAAAAACAUGUGCCUUUAAUGCAAACCAUUACCAAAAAAAGCUUACCGGGUUGCUCUGCAGGACUCUGUUGUCCAUAAAGAGUCUUCCCCAGACUUCCUUGCAGUUAUCCUACUUUUUUUGCAGUAGUCCUGUUAUUGCUAGCUUAAUAUUAUCAAAACUUCUUCACUAUAGUGUUAACAAUGAAAAGGCCUGAUUAUUCUGAUCACUUAACAGCUCAAUGUCAAUACAUCACCUCCCGUUAUUAAUGUUAACACCCAGUACCUUUAGGAAUAGCCCAUCAGGCUGAGCCUUGGGUUUCACAUAGAGAAAAACAAUAUGUGAGACAACAUUAUGCAUCUAACUAAGCACUUACUGAAUCACUAAAGAGUCAAGUCUGAACAGUAUAAUCUAUCAAGUAUAAAAAUCUACAGUAUAAUUGUUUAUGACACCCGAAAACACUCAGCUCACACAUUUUUCUUUGUAAUGAUCAAGCUCUGCACAAGAAGGGAAUCCAGAUGCCAGUUAACUUGCGCUGAUAUAUUCCCUCCAUUUGUCAGCUCCAAAUGCAAUCUGUUUGUAAUCAUUGCAGUCAAAUCUGUUAGCUCCAUGUUGACAUUUGUUGACAUUUUGAAUUCAUAAAGACCGAUGAUGGAGAGACAGCAUGACAUAUGAAAUGCUGUUCCCAACGAGGAGGUUAAAGCCACCCUGUAGGAUCAAAAACAUAAAUAAAGACCAAGUGCCAGUUCCUGCCAGACCCUAUCCCUUCAAGCAUACACCUAAUUGAGAUUCAGAGUAGUCCUGGCUCACCAGCAUUGAAGACUUUGUAAAGCUUUCCAAUGACUGAAUAUUUCAUGAAGGUGAGUCCUCAUCACUUUUUCUUCAAGAAAACAGGAAGAAGAAAUCCCUUUAAAGCUGAUGUGUUAAAAGGUGCACUAAAGACCGAAAACAAAAACAAAAAAAUGAUAACAAAGAGACUGAGAAGUUGUUUGCAUGUGUUUGAUAUGGCCAGUAUCAAUGGAUCAUUAGUGUUAGAUAUCAAAAACAUGCAAAAAAGCGAGCAUAAUGUAACAUCCGUAAAGGACUUAAGUGUCACAAAGUAAACCAUAGGUCACUUUUAUGUUCUCCUUAGAGAAGACAGGAAAGGACAUAAGCAACUGUUGAAAAGACCCAGUCUGCUAAAAAUAUCGAGGCCCAUUUGAAGCACAGCUUUGAAGGUAACAUCCAGGAAUAUUUAUGUUGACAUUUCUGUUCUUAAUCAGCUCUGCCUAUUUUCAAAGCCGCGCUGCUGACACGCCUUUAAAGAUAAAUGAGGCAAUACUGCUGCUAUCAUCACUACCACCUGCUGUAAGAUACUUUGUAGAGAUCAGCAACUGAGAUCAUCUGAACUCGCUCACCUGUCGUUUCCUGGGUUGUCCCACUUUUCCCUAUCAGAGAUGGUCAGAGCUGAGUAGCUCCUCUGGAUGCUCUCAUAUCUGUUUUCGCUAAAUGUCAUUAAAUACUUUCAAGACUAGCCUAAGAUGGAAACACUUUUUUUGCCACAGUGUUAACAGGCGAGGAGUGUUAUGUGCUAAACUCAUUUCCAUUGAUUAGUUUGACUCAGGGUAGCAGCUCUUGUAACAGUUAAUGGUCAUAUUUAUGGGGUUUCAGGAUCAGUCAUUCACUGGAGUUAAAUGGCAAUAAUAAAGCCCUUCAUAGGGACUACUCUGCUAUAGCUGUAACAGCUAUAUUAGUAAAAAUUAGAUGGUUUAUACUUUGGUUUAAACAAACUUCUUGCACCAUUUUCUGAACAGUUUUAAAAACUAUGAAAGUAUUGGUUUGGAGUUUUCUUAACCCUACAACUUGCAAACUUAUUGCCCCAUUUUUUCACCUCAUUUUAUUUUUUGGGGUUGUCCUUUACAUUUCAUCUGUUCAAAUAGAUCAAAAAUCAACCUUUUUGGUAAUCUGGACUUUGAGCUGAUGAGAUUUUCCUCUUUUUGAGACACAGAACAAAAUAAUAUUGGACAUGCAUUAAUCUCUUGUUUUCAACUCUUAAAGGCGUUUUUUUUUUCACAUUUCAGUCCUUAUUUGCAUAUUAAAUCAUAGCAAGUCAUGUGAUUUGUUUUCAGACUACAAUUAGUUGUGUUUUGUUGAUAAAUAAAAAGAUAUAUAUGUGUAUGAAUUUAAGCUGACCUCAUGUGUUUUAAAGUUUGCAAAUGACAGAAGGAGAAAUUGAUUGUCUUGUACAACAUAAAGUUUCAGUCCUUAAAAAAUGUCAUGGGGUCAUCUGAGUCAAAGGAGUGUAUUCAUAUGAGAGCAUGAAUCUGUUCAGCAAAUGUCAGAGCGGUCUGCUUCUCCGUCAGAUAAUGAGCCGUCUUGUUUGCCCGGCUGAGUUUCGACCUGGAGUCAAGUCAGGGCUCCAGCACACUGGUGACGUCAUUAUCUGGUCCUGUUAGUUUGGAGGGUACGUGUAUGUCAUCACAAUGAACAGAGGUCCCUGAGGUUACAUGGACUGAGUGUCAAACCUUUCUGAUCAGCCUGCAGAAAGGCAAAAAGGACCUCUACACUGGGACAAGGGUGCUGUACCACCUGACAUCAGAUUGAGGUCAUGCCUCGAAACAUACCCGGGGAUUACGCCACUAUCUGCGUAUCUCAUGCUGAGACUCUUCAGUGGUUCAUUAUGGAUAUCAAACACUAUAACAUUCAUGUUGAUAUGAAAAACAAGUGUCCUCAAAAUAAUGUCAAAGUAACAUUUGGGUGUUGAUGAAACUGGUCCCCAUUUGCAAAUUUCCCUACCGUGGGAUGAGUAAAGAUUUAUCUUACUGAGAUUUGUGAAUUCAUUAAACCCUGUUAAUUUCAGUUCUGCUUUUGGGCUCCCAACAAAAAGAAGGAAACAAUUCCAGUAUGAAUAAACAUUUACUUCAGUUUGGCUUGAAUUUAAAAGAAUGGACUGUAUUAUAGUAUAGUUACUGUAUUAAAAUCGCGUUGCAUUCUUAUUGAGGUCAAAAAUAAUCAUGCCCUCAAAUAUUUACACAAUAUCCACGCAAUUUGUCAGUGUCCCUACCUGUCAGUCAAGUCAGCUUUGCCUCUGAUUCGCCGACCUUGUAUCCUGAAAUUGUUAAAUUUUAUUAUUAAUCUAAAUAGUUUUGCUUCGUUUUCUUUUUCCUUCUUUAUCUUCCCUUAGUUAUAAAAGAAUAAUGUUGACAUCAGUAAAUGAAGGAAUAGGAUAAAUCCUUGUCACAGCUGGCUUUUCAGUUUUGAGAGCUAAACUGUCACACCAGCCAAGGCAGGCUUGUUGUUGUUUGUGAAAUAUUCAUUAUCUAUUUUACCCUCCUAAAAUACUAAAAUCUAAAUUAAAAACCAAUGAGAACGGGAUUGGAGAAGCAGAACCAGAACUAGAAAUUGAUAAACCUGAAACAAAACCUCACUCUAAACAAAAGUGACAGGUGUUAUAAGCUUGAUCAGGAAGUGUAGGAGACAAGAUGCCCUUUGUUAUGUGUCAAAAAAGCCCUGCUACACCCUGCAGGAUUCUUCAGCAGAGGAAGACCCUGUCUCUCUGGAUCUGUUGUUCCUCCCUGACAUCAUCCUUAUUCCUCCCCAACCCCCAGGAGACUGCAGAAAUCGUGACUUAGCCGAAACCCCUUUACACACACACAAACACACACAGACACUCACUCACACACAUGCAGGGGGAUUUGUAGCAUCGUGACUGUGGCAGCCGAGCAUCCCGCCCCCUCUGCGUGGACACACAAACACACACUCAUUAGCUCAUUGAAGUGUGAGUGUGUGUAUGAAUGGGUUUUGUCUGAUUUCUGCAGAGGUGUCGGGGAUCAAACUGAGUCCAGCACCUCUCCUCCUUUUAUCCAGUCCACACUCCAGCCGGCUGAUGUCGGACACCUUCUGUCUGACGCAGUGUUGGUUCAGUGGAAGCACAGCUGUGAUCAGCUAUUAAAAAUAAUAAUGAGUUUAAUGAAUGAGUUUGUAACAGCUCAUUAUGCUGUUAAACGCUGCCUCCUGAUGGUCAAACAGAAUUAAAUUACCUAUUUGAACCUCCUUGUUGCUUUUACUGUACCUAAAUACCUGACAUUUGGGAAUGUCUCUGCAAAACUAUAGCGCUUCACUUGAUGGAUGUUUGGGGAAAAGGUCAAGCUGUGCUCUGUCGUCUGUACUCUAAUGACGUCUUAUAUUCCUCUUCUCUCGGCUGGUUUUUCAUGUCCCCCUCUGAAAUAAUCUCACAGUUACACAUACAUAGUAAAGUAAGAAUAAAAGAGAAAGGAUUGGUUAUUUCUUUGCACUGAACCGACCAUAUUCCCAUCUUCUUGUGGCGUCAUGUAUUGCUGUCAGUCACUAUUUGGGAAGGACCUGGCUGCAGAGCCCAGUUGAAAGUUGGGCUUUACUUGUAAUUGACUGUAAAAUUAAAAUGUUUGCACUUGCAUAUCCAUGAUUUGAUAGAUGACUGCAUUGGAAGUGCUUAUGUUUCUACUUUUCCGUCAAGUCAUGAUAAGGGUCCUCAUCUAUGUAUGUUAAUAUACAGAAUCUUGUUCAUUUCUUGCAGCCAAAUUUGUUUCUAAUUUGCCUGCCUCUGGGACUCUUGAGGGAUAAGUUACUUUUACAUUUAUGAUGUAGAGUCUGGGAUCUGUGGGCCCUGUGCACUAUCAUGAGUAAUGAUAGUGUUCAAUGUUUUAACACUCUUCCAAGCAACCCUGAUCUCAACAUUGAGCUAUCUUUCCCAUGGUUCUCGGUGUUAAAUGGGCUCUGCUCUUAAAGCUGCCCUGCUGUGAUGAAAAAAAGGUCUCUCCGAAAUUGAAAUGUUUUAAAUGUCAAGAAUAGUAUUUCACUUCAUUACAUAAACUCUCAGCUAUACAUAAUAGUUAUUUGAAAAGGUCUGACAUUUGAAUUGUGUAGUUUUCAAUUAGUUGGUCAAAAGACCUUUAUCUGAAAACUACUAUCAAUUAUUCUAGGUGGGAAGUCUGGGUUAUCACAUACUGGAGCAAAUCUGAGUUAGUUCAAGACCCGCCCUCUAACUUUCUGAUGACUAUUGUUGCUGUUGUCUGAAUAUUUUACUGUCUCUUCCCGCAGGAGAACACAGAGUGUGGGCCACGAGCCCCUGAGGAGACAGGGCUCCUCCACCACCAGCCGCCCCCCUCAGCCGCUCUCUGCACAGGCCAUCAAACACAUCUGGGUCCGCACAGCUCUGUUUGAAAAAGUCCUGGACAAGAUAGUGCAGUACAUCGUGGAUAACUCCAGGUGAAGUGUUUUCUUCUCCACAGCAGUGACUCACGGCUCCUCUGGAGGCUGUGCAGCAGCUGAGUAGCAAACAGCCUGUUGAAUCACCUGUUACUACUCUGCUCGCUGUCUGCCUGCUUUGUUCUGGAUAAUAACUCGCCGUCCACACUCGCUGCGUCACACACACUGAAAUGAUGCACUCGUAGUACUUCAGUGAUCAAAGGCUCACACAUGAAGUGGGUCAGCAGAGUUCACAGACAUGACGGCGUGAUUCAGACUCUCUAAACAGAGAAAGAGCCAGCUGGAGUGCUGUUUUUGUGCUUUUGUGAGGUUGUAUUGUUGUUGUCCUUUUUGGUAACUGGGUAAAUGUAGAAAACUUGGCUUUGUAUCCAAAUAAAAACACCUACGAUGUACUUCAAAUUCAGAGGCAGACAUUUCAAAAUGAAGUGCUCAAGAGUCACGCAGGAAGUUUGUCACACACUCAGCUUUAACUCUGAAUGUAACCUUAUCUGACCUGAACAAUGAAGCAAGUUUAGGACUCGCAUAUGUCAUUUCUGCGGUAAAAUGUCUGCUAGUAGCUAGUCCAAAGUUUAAGUAUUUUUUAUUUGUUUGUUUUGUUUUGUACUUCCAAAUAUUUCCAACAGGACUGUUCCUGACUGGACUUGUAUUUUUCAGUUAAAUCAAAGUAGCCUUUCUUCACAAAGCUCACUCUUCUUUUCUCUUUAACUUAAGAGUGACACAACCAAACCAUUUCUAAAACUUAACUUAGACCAGAAACAAAAAAUCAGACCAGUGGUAGCCUUUUUUUUUCUUGCACCAAACUGCUUUAUCGGUGUUUUCUUAACUACAAAAGUCACUCUUGGCUUGUUCAGAGAUUGAAAAGCAUUCUGGGAAAUCUAUAGCUCAGCAAGACCCCUCAUUAAAAACAGCUGACAUUUAAUAUUCCUGUGAUUCACUGUUUCUGUCUGUGUGUUUAUCUCUGCAGUAAAUACUAUGAGAGGGAAGCUCUAAUGCAUGACUCAGUGUUCGGGCCCAUCCUGGCGGCCCUGCUGGGUGAGUAUUUCACACUGCCAACAGCACCACAGCUCAUGUUCUGGUGUUUAUGAGAUAUCAACCAUCAGGUAAAUAAAUGUAGCAGCUGCUCAGGGGAUUCCUGUCAGAAAAUGACCCCAGAUUGAAGCACUAGCUGAGCUGUUUGUAGGAAAAAAACAGUUUACAGUCCACUUCUCCAGCAGUCAGACAGUCAGACAGGAGACACACCUUUUAAUGAGCUGAGAAACAGAAACACACAUUUUAUUCAACCUCCCCCGGAAAAACAAACCAACAAGGAACAGACUGGAACAAAAAUCUGAAAUGUUUCCUCCUAAAAAGCUCGUCUGUUGUGAGCCAAAGUCUGGUUUGGGUGGAACCUUGUUCAUUAUAUCCACUGACACACUUUUUUUUCAUAUAAUUUCUCUCCAGGCAAACUUUCAAAAGCUUUGGGGGUUAUUUGAAUACUGUGUCCAUUAACUUGUCUGAAUUUCUGUGCUGUGUUUUCAGUGGGGCCCUGUGCUCUGGAGUACACCAAACUGAAGACAUCAGAUCAUUUCUGGACUGACCCGUCAGCCAAUGAGCUCGUUCAACGCCACAGAAUCCACGGAGCUCACCGGGGCCAAGAUGCUGUAGCCGGGCGUCGGCCUGCUCUAGGGGUGAGUGAGGAGAAGGGUAUAAAUCAGCCGCUUCAUGUUUACUUUGGAGGUCUAGUCUGGAAGCUUUUUGAUAUGAGAUAAGAAGGCUGUUCAUUUUUUUUCUUAUUUGCACAGAUUCGUAAGAGGCAGUCGAGUGGCAGCAUGUCAGAGGAUCGGUUUGCAGCAUCAGCGAGGGAGUAUGUCGAGUCUCUUCACCAAAACUCCAGAACUCACCUUCUCUACGGCAAAAAUAAUGUCCUUGUGCAGCCGGUACGACUCCUCACCCCAAAAACCUGAGCUGUAUGUGUUUGAAAAUCUACGAGGACAAAACAGGAAGAUAUUCUUCUCAUUUUAUGGCGUCUACAGUAUUGAAGUUAUUCACUAUGUGUUGUCGACUUCGUAUCUCUACUUACAGAAAGCAGGCUUCACACCAGCCGUGUACCCAUCUAUCAGUGUCUCACAAUGGGGAGGCAUUUAUAGUUUGGCAGUGUAAAGGAAACUCAGUCUUGCAUUGAAGAAGAGAGGCAAAGUAAAGAGGAGCUAUUCCAGGCAGGCUCUCCCAGUCUCAUCAUUCUAACCCAGUUUGAACUAAAUCAGUUUACAGCUGCAUGUACUCAUCAGAGACUAGUUACAUCAGCAAACAGGCUUUUUAAUAGAUAUUUAUUAAAAAUUUUCAUCAUUUCAUCAUUUUUUAUAUUCUUGCUACCACCAUCGCCCAUCACGAUUACGUGCAGCUUCUUAAUUAGCAUGCCAGCAAGAAGAGGAACGCUAUCCACAAGACUGUUUCAUUGAUUUCCUGCAGUCUACAGGUCACUCAGUUAGAGGCAAAGUUACUAAUUGAAGUAUUCUUGAUUCUCUUUGAAGUUAAUCCAAAUCAAUACUGCACUUUAUUUGCACUACAACAAAAUAAGACAGAAUCUUACAGAAAAAGCGCCAUUUUUUACCCUCAGCUUUCCACUUUGACUUUAUCGGUAGAUUCUUGAAUUUUAGACACAUUUCCAUGUGUUGCUGCUGAAGCCCUGAAGUAGAAAUCUAACUCUAAAACCUUCAAAUUCACAAAGGAGCGCCCUGCACCCACUCAGCUGGUACAUACAUGAAUUGCAAAUGACUGUUAUAUCAUAGAUUAUUGUGCUGCACACACGGACUGACAGCGCUUUGUUUGUGUGAUCUUUUAAAAUAAAAGCUGUCUUCCUCCUGCCUGUUAUGAUCGAGCUCUGCUCAGAAGCUGCAGCAUGCUUGACCCUGAGCCUAUAACGAGCAUAAAUCUGCCUCCCACUGAGCUCAGCCUCUGACAGAAACAUGUGAACACACAUGACUGAGCACACACAUACACGCAUGGGCUCAGCCCUGACUGAAUGCUCUGCAUGCUAAAUGUCUCUUCAUAUAAUUGUACUCUUGGCACAAUACUUAAUACCACUACAGUUUCCACUUUCAGUUUCCAGUUUCCACAGAACAAAUGCACCAAAAGCAGCCCUAUGGGCCAAACAUCUAUUCACACAGUGACUUAUUAAAAGUAAAAGAAAACACCUUAAAAACUUGAACAUGGGAUUUAUUAACCAAAGACAAAAAAAAUAAUUCCCAAAGAUAAACUAAAGAACAACGCAGGAGAAUGAGAGGCAGCAGGGCAGCAGUUCCCGUCCAAAUGUCUCUCUCUACUGCAGGCAUCCUUUGGCCUCUAAACGCUCAGGAAUAGGUUAAGCUGAUUGUCAUUUAGUGAUUUCACCUGAGCAGAGCAAGGGAAGACAAAAAAGAGGGAAAGACCAACAAGAAACAUACAGCCGUAACAGUGUCAAGAUUAUUUUUCAAACCUUUGUCCUAUUUCUAACACAUUUAAAGGGUACAACAUGCUGAGACCAAAUGACUAUCAGAAUUCUCAUGUAGCUCUUAAAUUCAAUCAAAUGAUCACAAACAACAGAAAUUUAACAUGGUCUAACAUUUAAAACCAGGUUUUUGGGGAAGCCUUUCUGCACUUUUCUGUUUUCUUUGCUAAAACUGGCUGAAAUAAGUCCUCAUCACUCCUCUUUCUUUUCUCCCUGGUGUCACAGAAGAAGGACAUGGAGGUGUUGCGGGGCUAUUUAUCACUUCACCAGGCUGGGGAAAACCUCACCCUGAAGUGGACACCCAAUCAGCUCAUCAAUGGCACACUGGGAGACUGUGACCUGGAAAAGAGGUAACAUUGACAAUCUGCUAUAUAUUAUUAUAUUUAAAGAUAUAAUGUAAUAACAAUCUGUAGGUUCACCCUGUUUUAAUGAUUCUCCAUUAGAUUGUUUGGCUGGCCAUGUAAGGUUUCAGUAUGUUUGCCAGGUGUUCUGGUUUUUAUGACUGACAGGCUCCUAUCUUCAUUUUCAGUGUCUAGCAACAUUACAGAAAAGAUCCCUGUAGAGAAAUUUUCAAGAUCAAGACAAUUAUAUGCAUUGGUCUCCUUAAACCCAUCAGACUCCACUGACAAAAACAGUAAUUUACCCUACAGACUGAGGUGGGAGUUGUUGGUUUACCGCUGCAACAACUGCAUAAUAGUUGAAUGACAUGUCCAGACUGUUAUUAAAGUCAUUUAGUGAAUAAAAUAAGUUGAUUGGUAUUAAAAAUGUGCCCCAGACAAACUCUUCUAAAGAGACUGUAGAGUGUAUUGUGUAAUACUGGGGCGUAAUCUAUCACAUUGUAUUGUACCGUAUCAUAUAUUUUAAUAUUGUUCUGUUUCAUGUCAUAAUUUCCCCCUACAUCCUCCCUUCUCUUUCAGUAUCUACUGGGACUACGCCCUGACUGUCCCUCUACGCCAAAUAGUCUGCAUCCACUGUCACCAACGCCGUAAGUCCACUGCUUCUUCCCCACUACACAAAGUCCCAGUUGUGGCAUACAAAGUCAUUUCAUACUGUACUUACUACCUUUAUAAUGUCAUCCAAGUUAACAAGUCUUCAUGUUUUCUCACCCUGUCCCAGCUGAUUGUGGUGGGACGCUGGUUCUGGUCAGUCAGGAUGGGAUCCAGCGGCCACCCCUCCACUUCCCCCCUGGUGGUCACCUCCUGGCUUUCCUCUCUUGUUUGGAAACAGGCCUUUUACCACGGGGUCAGCUGGAGCCCCCGCUCUGGUCCCAGAAAGGCAAGGUAUGUAAGUGCUGAGAUUCAGCAGUAGUACUUUUGCUUUGUGAAUCAGAUAACAACACAUCCGAUCUUUUUGCCAUGUAUCAUUCAUGCUGAAGUCAUGUUUUGAGUCACCUGAACAUAGAAGGAAAACUCUUUUCUACUCUGUGUUUUGUUUGUAGGGAAAAGUGUUCCCUAAACUGAGGAAGAGGAACAGCAGCGCCCGACUUAUUGACCAAGAUAGGAACAGCGAGGAGGAGACAGCAGCAGACUAUGUGUUUCGUAUCGUCUACCCUGGAUACAGAUAUGAUGCCAGUAAGUCAGGCGUAUAAAUUGUACAAAAAGACAUUUUCACAAAUCUUGUCUUCCCUCUAUGGUUAACACAAGUUCAUGUUGAGCGUUUUUGCUUGAGUAUGUUCUUCCCUGAUAUAUUUUGAAAGUGUGGGUGUACCCGUUUUCCCCCUAAUCCCCGGGAUGUGCAGGGUGGCUCUGUUCUAACUGUGUUCUCUGUCGUCCUCCUGGUGCGAGCAGUCACCAUAAACUACCACCACACCACGGGCAGUCGCGCUCCGUCGCUGGACGAUGACGAGGAAGAGGAAGAUAGGCUCCAUGCAAUGAUCUCAAUGAUCUGCUCGCGGAACCUCACAGACCCUAAUGUCAUGAAAGGUUUUUAUCACCUUAACACACCCACCCAACCCCCUCCCACUCCUGUCCUGAGAAAUCACCCCGGCUUCAGACAUCCCCUUGCAUCCUUAUCUGUAACCUCCUUCCCUUUGGCCCCCUGACUGCUUUCCUUUUCCCUCCCUCUGCCCAGCUUGGUCUGCCUGUGUGUUUGCUGCCUGAGGUGGAGCCCAACAUUGCGGAGUUGGGGGGAGUUUGCUCUGUGUUCAUAGACACAGGGGAGAUCAUUUUGCCCAGGGCAGACAUUAGCAAGUGUUGCGGUGCUCAUUGUGGUCAAAAGGGGCUGAGAUGCUUGCUGCCAUCUAUUCUGAAAUAAAACUUCAAGCAUUCAUGAGCUACAUUAAUUUCUUAAGAUGCUCCAAACAUGGCAUAGCUGCUUACUUUAUGUUGUGUGUGAACAAAACAACAACCAUAUUUCUACUCAGCCAGUUUUUUAACACCGUCGAAGUUCAUACCGUGUUUUGUGAUGUGGUUACUUCAGACCUGUUUUCUUCACUUUAGUCGACGUCUCUGUCAGUCAGCUCCUUAAGUCUUUUCACCUUCUCUCCUCUUUUCACCUGCUGUUUCUGAGCUGCUUUUUCUUUUUCCUCCUCUUCUUUUCUCCGCUGGUUAUUGAUCAGCCAUGACACUUAAGUUUUAAAAUUGUUUGAAAUGUCAUCCAUGUUGUUUCCUGAGUUUGGAUGCUAGCAGAAGCCUUCAUUUCUGCCACAGUGUCAACAGACAGAGCUAAAAUCCUUUUUUGCAGUUUGAUUUAAUGUCCUCUGAGAAUACUUUGACAAUUUUGUGACAGAGGUUAGACCAAUCAGAAUUAAGUAUCCAACUCAGUGAAAAACUAUUUUUUCAAUCAAUGAUAUUCAAACAAAUCAACAACAACCACAUGUACUGGCACGAUAGUAAUGUCAGACAAAAACACUCCUCCCCCAAAAAAGUUUUUUUUCAUUUUCCAAUACAUUAUUUCACCUGUGAAGCUCCUGUGGGGACUUUGAAUCUGGCAGUGAAACAAACUAAAAUUAACAUCGAUGCCUCUAUAUGACUGACAAAAACACACCAAGCCAUCCAAGAUUCAACCUAUCAACCAAUGCUGGAGCUCCAAACACAAUGAAGUUGUUAUUGAUGUGUUUAUUUGAGCUUCAAAAGCAAAUCAGACCACCUGCAUGAAGAUUUAUUAUUCUGUGUACAAUCCCAAUUUCAGAAUAAUGGAGAGUUAAUGUUCAUAAAAACAGAAUUUGAUGGUUUGAAAAUCAUUUAAACUCUACACUUAAUCAACAAUACUGCACAGAAAGCAAAUCAGUUGUUGGAACUGAACCAUUUUAUUGUUUUCUGAAAAAUGUACACAUUUAAAUUUCAUGUCAGCAGCACUUUUGGGACAGGAGCAUGUUAACCAAUGUGUCACAGCACACUUUUUAAAUGUUUCGCACCCAGACUCCUCUACAAUGAAGCCGUGCUGCUGUAGUGCAUGCAAACCAAAGUUCAUGCAAGGUCUUUCUUGGAGAAGGCCUUGUGUAGAUGUCAACAUGUAACACUCCAACACUUGUAUAUAUUUCCUCCAGAUGUCUAAGCUGCCUGUGCCGUAUUCUUGUGCCCAGAGGAGUCACAGGCGUUUCUAGAUCAUGUUCCUUCUCUUUAUAAUGUCCUAUCCAGUUUUAACCUGCAUUUUUUAAUGCAGCCACAUUCUCUGUUAACAGAGUUGGGAGGGAUUUUAGCCAUUGUAGUGAUUUUAACUAUCGAGUCAUUUCUGUUAAUAAUGCGGUAGGACCUGAGGGCCUGAGCAUCAUGACCUGCUGUCUCUUAAUUUUAGGCUGAGGAACAUUGAGCCAAAUUGUUGAACUAUUUGCUCACACAGUCUCACUGAGUAGUGAACCCAUAGACUGUAUAUAGAAUAGACGUCGUCUGCUGGGUGAAGCCACUGCAAGAACAGCACCCUCUGGUGACGGGCUGUAGGCUGCAGUAUAGGUCAUAAAUCCCGCCUCCUCCAACAAUCCCUAUGGAGCCGUGGACAAACUUUAGAAAUUUGUUACACAGAACAUAAUUUUUUCUCCCCCCUGCUUGCGAUGUUGACAUGUAGUUACAGUAAGACUAGUUUGUGCUUAGGUCCUCUUUUUUUCUGUGCAGCUCAUUUUUUAAAAGUUAUUAGAGGGUUCAUGUUUUCUAUGAUUGACACUUGAUACAGCCUAUGGGUGUACAAAGAUUGCGUAGCUCACCCAGGGGAUACGCUGUUUGAGCUGAGUGUCAUUACAGCGACUCUCGGCGACUCUCCCGCAGAAUGCGCACAAUGCCUCUGCACAAGUAGUGGAUUGCGUACAAGGCUACUGCGCAAUGUUGGCUUCAGGAAGUGGCGAGAAAAAAACUGAAAUACUGAGAGCUUUUCGGCUUUAAAUCCAUAUACUGGUGAAAGGCGGAGCCAAGUUGUCCAUAGUUUAUACAGACUAUGGGUGAAACUCUUCCUAUUUUAACUUUCCAGAGACUCAGCCUCUCUAGAUUUUUUUUUUUUUUUUACACUAUCUUGUUACUAACCUGUCACAGGUUAACCGCAUCAACUGGGAGAUGCUUCUCCUGGUGUGUUUUUAUUUUAGCAUUUCAAAACUUUUUCAACAGUUUGGGUUCACUUAACCAACUUUUUUGUGCCAAAUUGAUAAAGACCAAAAGUUUACAGCUUUAUGCUCAUAACACAGUAAAGAGAAAAAAAACACAUCACCUGUUUUCAGUAAGUUUGAAGAUCUUUUGCGUAGCUCCUUUUAAACUGAUCACAUCAAACAUUAGUUAAGAUUGGGAGUCCCUUCACUUUGCGCUGUAAUCUUGAAAAUUAUGUCCCCUCUUUUGUUUCAUGAUAAAAUGAAUUUGUCAUAGACACUGUGAGUCAUCCAUUGAAGCCCCAGCAGCUGUUGACACACUCCACUUACACUCUUUCUGCUUAAUCCCAUCUCACACUCUGUCUCUUUUCCCUCUUCCAGCCCCUCACAACACUUUAAUCCACAUGCUUAGUGGGAAUCCUGACUCGAGCCUGUGAGACACAAACACAUGCUGCAUAAACAUCAGACUUGUUUAAUUCAGACUGACUGCUCCCUCUGUCACCGGGUUUCAUCACCGAACCUCCUCAGGCUUCUUCACGGCCCUUGGGGCUGCUGUGCAUUCUGGGAUUUACAGUGCUGACUGCCUCAUGGAGUUAAGCUGGAGUUUAGCAUGACUCUGCAGUGUUGGGUUUCCGCUGUUGUGGCAAAGAAUCGCUUUGAUAAUUCUCUCUGUUUCUGCACUCCUUUAAUUUGACUUAACUCUGUUUCCUCCUUUUUGUACGUUCAUUUCACACUUGCAACAUGCUUGACAGUUUUUGCAUGGGAAAUAUGCACCUGUUUCUUUGUUUUUCAAGAGAACAACUCUGUGUUUCUUCGUAUUUGUGAUGGAAAAUACUCUCUCCCACUCUCCUCUUCUGUUCUUUUUGGUUUUCUCUCUCUCUCUCUCUUACCUUAAGUUGUUUCUCCUCAUGUUUGUGCAGUCGUUUGCUGCGAUGCUGUUCACUGUAAUUCUUCACUAACCCCCCUGUCACCUCCUUCCCCUCCCUAAUCUCCUCGCCCCCCUCCUCACCCCUCUCAUUACGGUCCUGUGGGGUUCCGCAGUAGUAGAGACGUGGAGUCCUUGUGUGAGCAGGCAAAAACACUUGUUGAUCACAUCUAGUCCUUAAGUAAAAAGGGGGAGGCAACAUGUCGGUCUCGCUCCAGGAGCAUUUUUCUGUUUUGUUCUAAGUAUUUUUGGUUUUGGGGGUAUUGAACGAGCAAAGCGCAGCUUCAUAUUUAUGACAGGUCAUCAGCUCCAACCUGAAGAAUUAAGGUGAAGAGCAUUUGUUUGAUGUUGAAGUUUUAUGAUUUUCCUCCUCUUUGUGUGUUCUUUGCUGGUGUCCAUUUCUUUUUGCUGUGUUUGAGAUAUUUUCUUCUGGUGUCUUGUUCUGGCUUUUUGCAUCCUGCAUGGCCUGAGCGUCAGCCUCGUCCCCGCCUCCUUUUCUUCUUUCAGUCUCUCCUCUUCUCUCCUCCUCCUCCUCCUCCUCCUCUUCCUCUUCUCCUGUUUGUCUAGAGCGUCCCUGAGCUCUGCUGUCUCCUCUGCUCCCCCCUCUGAAUGAGCUGAAACCAGCAUGGCUUCCCAGCAUCCUCUCUGCCUGUCUCCCCUCCUCCCCUCUCCACUUUUGGUUUCCUCUCUUCUUGGCUUGUUUUACCAGCUCUCACAUGUAACAUGAGUGUAAAACUUUCCAUCCAUCUCCUCAUCUCUUGAUGUUAUGAAGAAGAAUACAUGGAAAGAUGUAUUUAUGGUUGAGCUGAGGGGCCGAUGUCAUAAUAUGUAAGAGCAGAGAACACAGACAGUGUGAGCGCCCAGUUUGUCUCCGAUCACAGAGACUCUCUCUGUCUUCUCACCUCUUCACUUCUCUCUGGUUUUCAGACCACGGGGAGAUGAUGGAGAUGCAAGGUUUCGGAGGCAGCCCGUCGUUGUGGCAACAGACCGAAGUGACCGCUCACGAUCCGUCGUGUCAGUCUUGCACCACAGCUGGGACCAACCUCUCAUUCGACCUCCAGUCAGGCUGUACCUGCAUACAUGACCCGUCCGACAUUCACACGUACGUCUUCAUAACAAACUUCUUAACCUGUGAAAAAGUGCAGCGAGGUGUAUUUCGUGAUGAAAAGCAAUCACCAGUUGCUUUAAACUUGGAAAAUAGUCAAGGUUGCACUGAAUCUUUUCCAUAUUUAAAGGCUCCAACUACAGAGCCAUACUGUUGUAAAAUAUGAAAAAAUAUGUUGCCGUCUUUUUGUUGUAUUGCUCGAGGUUUUCUUCUGAAGAGUCAUUGUCUAGACUGCAGUAGAUGUUGCACCAAAAUUUGGAUUUGGCAAUAGUGGAGCCUUCCCAGAUGUUUUACGCUAUCCCCAUCAUUGCAACCCCAAAGCACUAGGGGGUGCUGGCUUUAAAAAGUGUUCACUUGAUAGAAAGCUGGGUGUUCCCUGUCCUCACAGAUAUAUGUAGAAGACUUAAUACGCCAGCAUGCUCUAGCAGCCCGCCAAGCGACGUGCCUACGUGGCAGCCAUGUUGGCGGGGGCAACAUUUCCAUAAAAGGCAUUAGAUUUACAUGAAAAAUUCAUCAUAACUUCCUCAUUUCAUUUUAUUUUCAACGCCAAAAUAUGUGCUUUUCAUGCAGAGCAUUUGAUUAAACAUUUGUUUUAUUUACCCUUUUAAAAUCAAAUGUUAUGUAUUAAGAGCACAUUUUGGUGUUGGCAAUAAAGUAAACUGCUGGAAAAUUAGUUGAGAAAUGAGCAAGUUGUGAUUUUUUUUCAUUGUACAUGCAUUGCCUUUAAUGGGAAUCAUGCCUUCACCAAAAUGGCUGCCACAUAGACGCGCAGCUCAAAGAGGCAUGUCGUAUCUACUAUACAUAUCUAUGCCUUUCCUCCCUAGAGCAGGGGAUGGAGCAUCUACACUCUCCAAAAAAUGCCAAAUCUUUCACAGACUCACCAGUGAUUCUGGAUCAUGUUUGUACACAGUUUCCUCUUAACAUGGUAGAGAUCAACUCUACAUUUAUCCAUGUCCAUUAUUUCCAUGAUUUCACUGAUGUUAUUCAGAGAUAUCUUCAAAUUUAUGAUUCUGAAUUGAAAAAUCAAAUGUGCUUGCUUACACAGUCUCUCACAGAGUGGUAAACUACUUCCUACUUUCACUUCUGAGAGACUCAGCCUCUGUAGCAUCCUCUUUUUAUAUCUAUUCACGUCAUAAACCUGUUGCACACCAACAUUUUUCAUUUAGAAAAGUUCCCCACAUGUUUUAAAACCAUUUAUAAGCAUUGUAAAAAUAGAAAAUAAAAAUCUGAGAAUAUAUUUUCAAUGCAACAAAAAGUCAGACAUUUGACAUGUUGUUUGUGCACCAUCUACAUUUGACAUGUUGUUUGUGCACCAUCUGUACAUGAAGUGUUUUGCAAACACUGAACUCCUUGACGUUUUACCCAGCAUCCUGUCCUUUUUGGUCUUGGGGUUGUAGAUUUUCCUAAAUCUUUUCACUCAGAGUUAAACCGAUCUGUGGGAGUUGAGCUUAGGGUCAGACAGUUUCUGAACAAAGAGGAUCCCCUGUGGGUAAUAGACUUAGACAACCCCGCGUCAAAAAUUCUAGACUAUCCUUUAUCAUUAGAUAUCUCAUGCAUGAGUAAUGUACAAAAACUGCCUCAUAUAUUUUUUCUGCUGAAUAAAAGUUAAUAUGCAUCUACAUAUUAUUUAUUAAAAAGUCUGAGACAACACCAGGUCCAUCUAUUCAAUAAAGAAAUCGCUUUUUGCUUUGACUUUUACCUAUGUUGUUGAUUCCUCCAUUAAAAACUAAUAUUUCAAAGGUUUUGAUGUUUUUCGGUGGCUCAGUCAUAAUAACUGCUUUCUUUGUCUCCUGCAGUGUUCCUCUUAAGAUGCUCUGCCAGAACAUGAAGAGGCAGAUAGUGUCCCGAGCCUUUUAUGGAUGUAAGUGCAUCAUGUUCCUCUGCACAGUGACCAGACAGUCAUGUUAUACGUUAUAAGAUUAGAACUCAUGUUAUAAUAAUAUUACAUCUGCAGAAACAGAAGCUGAAUGUGAUGUGCUUUUGAACCGUCAUCAGCAUAAGCCAAAAGUUCCUCAAAGGAGCUCGAGUGAAACAAGAAUAAAGAAAACACAGAAAAAUUGUACUUGUCAUUCUUAAUAUAUUCUUUUGUGUUUAUUUGUUUCUGUGACAUUUAUGAAACCUGUCCCCAUAGUAAGCCUCACAGAAGUUGUUUGUUUUGUGAUUUUGAACUUUGUGUAAUAUUAUCUGUCCUGACCUGACGUUACUGAUGUUUGGUGUCCCUUGCACGUCUCUGUCCAUGUCUCACCUGUCCAUCAGGGCUGGCUUACUGCCGACAUCUGUCCACUGUGAGGACUCACCUGUCAGCUCUGGUCAAUCACAACAUCGUCCCUCCUGAUAGACCCUGUGAGGCCUCUGGAGGUCUCAGCAAGGAAGUGUGGAGCAAGUACCAGAAAGACUGCAAGGUGGGUGUAAAGCGGGGAGGACCGAAACAAACACAUCAAUUUUAACAGGAGUGUGAUCGACAAGUGACAGCGUCAAAAGUAUUUUAAUUUUUCUUCUGUCACUGACUGACAACAUCAAAACCUCUUCAUCAGUGAGCAAGUGAGUUAAAAAGCUACAAAUCACAGCAGAUUGCAGAGUCAUCAUUGAGUAAGUGUUUGUAUUGAUCAAGCCAAGUGACAAAUCUUUGUAAUUGAUGCUGCAGUACAGGUAUUAAUCACGGUAAUAAUUUUAAAAGGAGAUAUGGUAAGACAGCCUGUGAGUCACAAUGAGCAAACUACUCUAGCCAGACGUUAGACAAUAUGACAUAAUUUUACCCUUCAACGCUGUCUGAAAACUUUAAUCUGUCACUAAAUUAUUUUCUACUUUUGUAGGAAAGUAAAACAGGAUGAUAUUUCUCUUUGGCGUUUGGUGUUUCAAAGAUAUGGAGCACAAACUUUUCUAUCACUUUUUUGGAGGUCUUUAAAUGUCAAAUCAAACUGCUAUGGAGUUAUUACCUGAAUAAAGAUUUUAUACGUUUAUAAUGAAGUCAAGAGUUUCUGCUCUAUCCUCCCUCAUAUAGGAGUCACCUUCUCCUCUUCUCUGUAGGUGUAUAUUUAAUGUAAGUUAUGGAACAGAUACUGGUCCUCAGCCUCUCUGCUCUCAUUUUGACUUUAAUGAAAUUUUAAUGAGUUUUACUGAGAUGAGGUCUCAUUACAGAGUGCUAUUUAAGCGUCCUCUGUAAUCAUUCACCUGCUCUGAUAAAAUCAUCAUAACUAAUUCACACUCUAUUCAUAUCUGUGUCCUUUAUUAUCCGCACUCGGUCAUGUCUUCCUCUGAACAGAUCCCUGUCAUUCUGUCUCUUUCCUCAUUAUUUAUGCAUUUUCUCGUACCCUUGUCCUCCCACUCCUCACAGUGGGUAUCUCCUAUCUGUCAGCUUUGGUCUUCUUUUUUGCUUCAUAUGCAUAAAAACCUGUCUCUCUCUCUCUCUGUGUUGGUAGAACUACAAAGAGCUGGAGCUGCUGCGGCUGGUGUAUUAUGGUGGAGUGCAGCAUGAAAUCAGGAAGGAGGUCUGGCCUUUCUUGCUGGGACACUACAAAUUUGGCAUGGGCAAAAAGGACAUGAGUCAGGUACCUCAAAUAUUAUCAGUUUUUUCAUCAUUUAUCGUGAAUAUUUCACGUUGAAGUUGUGAAAAGAGGGCUGUUUCCUCAGCUGCAAGGCUGGUACCUCCCCUUUCUUUUCAUUAAAAAGGGAGUGAUUUGAAUUUAAGUCUGUUUCAUAAAAGUUAAAGUUUAAAGGAACUUUACAUUUCUGUGUCAUUGUGGGUCACUCAGAUAUUGAAAAGUUAGAAAACUAACUGUUUUAGUCAGUAGUCUGCAUUUUAAAGUUGCUGUUUUUAAUCAGUUUAGUCUGCUGACUUGGAAGAGAGAAAAUGAAAAAGGUCUUGAUUGCAAGAACUCAAGUUUUAAGGUGAUUUUCUCUUAUUACUUUUCAAAAUAUGUCAUUACACUCAAUUUAAAUCACACUGACCUAACUAGUCUAGUCUUGUCUCAAGACACCACAGGUCAAAAUGAGGACUUUGUUGAUUUUAAUAGGGAGAAAUGGCUGCCAGCGCAACAAGCAAAAUGGCCUUGAAAAGUUUCUUCAAACAAAAUCUGUAUUUCCCUAAUCUAGGAAGGUUUUUUCUGAUAUGCAUUUGUGAAUAACAAUUAUAUUUGGGGUAAACUAUGAAUUGUUUUGCAUCUCAUGAGUUGCUGAUCUACUUAUGCUGGGAGUGGUCAAGCUUCCUGAAGUAUCUGUAAAACACUAAUAUUGUGGUUAAUUCAGACUUAACAUUCAAAACACAAUAACUGAGAUAGUACAGACCAUAGCAGCAACAUACCAGCAACUUGUGCAAAGACGUAAACUACCUGUUUUUGGCAAUAGAGUCUGGUGGCUUUGAAGAGAACUACAUAAAGGCUUUUUCCUCUGAAGAUAUUGAGCUUAAUAUAAUAAUGAACCAGAAGUUCUUCUUUUGUAUGGAUCCUUCCUCUCCUGUUUUCACAGGAGAACAUGAAAUAAUAACUUGAGCUUUUUUGUAAAAUUGGUGAAUACACCGUAAGUUUGGCCCAUUUCAUUGCUGUGAGCUGAAGCAAUCCACUGGUGAAAAUCUCAUAUUUGGCACUUUUAAGUAAUUCAGACCCCAAAAUGGGCGAACACAUGGCUCAGGUUUAACUACACCAGAUUCCCCUGUUAAUUUGCUAGAGGGCUGUUUCUCUUCCAGAUUGAUGUGAAGAUCAGUGAGCGCUACCAGCAGGUGAUGAGGGAGUGGAAGGCUUGUGAGGUGAUCGUCAAGCAGAGGGAGAAGGAGAUGCAGUCGGCCAUCUUUGCCAAGCUCUCCUCAGGCAGUAGCAUUGACAGCCACGUCCUGAGACUCGUUCACAGAGACUCUACGCUUAGCAAUGAGGUGAAGAAGCCUGACGUAAUAUUCCUCCAUUCAGCAAAUGUCUUUUCCCUGUAACUGCAUGGUGUUCUGCUUUCAGCAGGUUAUUAACAUUAUUAACGCUGUGCAUGAUAUUAAUAAUGUAAAUCUGCUUUUCUUAAUAUUUACACAUUUCAUUGUUCAAGAAAACAUGUCUCUGUUUGACAUGUUUCCCCAUAACUCUGUGCUUUACAUUUCAACUUCAUCUGCAUUCAGAGGGUGAGUUAUUUUUUUUGUUCCAAAUAACUAAAGUUAUGUCGCUGCACCAGUCUUAACAGCAGGGGGGCCUGUUGAGUAACCAUCUCUUUAUUUCGUUAGAAGGGAAAGUGAGUUUUUUUUUUCUAGCAGGGAAGCUACUGGGACAACCAGAGACCAAUAAAGUUGACCAUCUUUUGCAUGCAAACAUUGCCAUAAUUUCUCUUUCCCAUAUUUUAAGACAAGAGUUUAAGAGUAUCACCCUUGCAAAAUAUUACCUUUAUUAUUCUAUAUGUAUAAUCAGUGGACCAAAAGUUGGUACUAGCUCUGUUGUUAGCCACACUUGAAAAGCUAACUUGGCGAGUUUAGCUCAGAGACUCAGUGAUCCCGUGUUUAGCUGUUGAUCAGUUGUGCUAAAAGAUUUAAAAAUAAGUCACCAACAAUAUAGAUCCCACGUUUCUUGAUCUAGUUUAGAUGUUCAACACAGCUAACAUGAGAAUUAUAAACAGUAAAAGUUAUAUGUAUUCCAAACAGGCAGAUAAUUGAUUCAUGUUAUAUUUCCAGGAGAGAGAGCAAUGUGUGAAAGUAAAUAAAGGCAAGUCCCCCUUUUUAAAACAACAGAUAUGGUGUUCCCCAGGGUUCAGUAAUCGGCCCUCUGUUUUUCAGUGUGUUUAUUCAUGACCUGUCCUGAGGGCAGCUUCAGGCUUUAUGCUCAUGAUGCAGUCAUGCAUAUUCUAACUAAGUCACCUGUGAAGGUGGCUGAGAUCCUAAUUUGUGCUCAAAUGACACUAUUUCAUAUUCAUAAUCAGUUUUUUCAAUUUUGGAAAAAACUUUUCAAUCAAAGUUACAUAUUGCCUAAAAUGGACAACUGCUUUCCUGUCUUUACUCAUUUAAGUUUGAAUUAUUAACAAGCAUUUAGUAAUAAUUUCGGUCUUGUGUUUUUAUACUUUGUUUUGAAAUUGUGGUUUUAUAAAACUAAAAGUAAAAUGUUAACGUUAUGCUGCUCAUAUAUUGGUCCAAAAAGCUUUAAAACUUUCUUGGCAGAAAAUAAGUUUCAAGUUGCAUCCUUCUUCAGGUGUUUAUGUCGGUGGAUGAGCCAGACGCAGGGAGCCAGGAGACCCCCAGCGGAGAAGACAGUACCCCCACCAUGACCACCCUGGUUCCCCCUGCAGCCCUGCCUCAAGAGGAGCGCCCUCUGGUGGAGUUUGACUCCCCCGACUCGGGCCUCCCCUCCUCCAGAAACUACUCAGUGACCUCUGCUCAUUCCCAGAUCCUGUCCAGCAUAGACGACGGGCAGAGUACGGAGGAGGAAGGGGGGGGCGGGGAGGAGGUCAGGACUCCAGGUGUGCUGGGGGGUGGUCAGGAGUCUCUGACUGAGGACAAACUGUGCAGUGAGCUGGACAAACUGGUGACCAAUGGAGCUGCUGCAGAGGAGAUCUUACCUUCACUCUCUUCCUAUACGGUGGGUUUUCAUAAGUCUUUAUUAAAACUCGCUUACCUGAGGGCUUAAAAUGUGACUCAAAGCCUGAAUGAAUAUCGGAGAAUAUUUGAGAUUCUUUGCUAUGAACCAAAGUCACACAUGGGCAGAUUCAAGCUGCUAUUGGAAAGAGAGAAAUAAAAGCAAAGGUGACUUAUGAGGGAGAAAAUUUAGGACAAUCUUUGGCAUUCAUGCUUGCCGAUAGCCCCAGAAUAAGAACAAUUGUUGCAGUGAAGUGUUCAGGCCCAAUAUAAUGUCUAUCCACAGAGCUAAAAAUCCUCGGUGGCGCCCCUGAAAAGAGGACUUCAUUUACAUUUCACACUCUCACAUAAACAACACAAUUUUCUUCCUGCAGAUUGAGCUGUUGGACACUGUAGCUCUAAACCUCCACAGGAUAGACAAAGACGUACAGCGCUGCGACCGCAACUAUUAUUACUUUACCACAGGGAACCUGGAGAAACUACGAAACAUCAUGUGCAGGUAUGAAAAAGGGGCACUGAUUUUUUACUGAGUUUUUUACACAGAUUAUACAGGGCAAAGAUAAUGUUUAAAAACAGUAAGUUGUUUCUCAUAGUGUGCAUAUCAAAGGGGGAUAGUAUCAUGACUUGGGAUAAAUGCUUAUGUUGAUCAGACCAGCUUUAAAAGUGAUGUCAGAGCUGUGUGGUUUGUUAGUGCUGCCUCCAAGUGGCAGUAACGAAAUUAUGAAAUAUUUUUUAUCUCAAGAGCAACGGCUGCAUUCAAAAGGCACUAAGUGCUUCAAGAGCAAUUCACACCGACUCCCUGUCUGCCUGGGAAUAGAGUUUGAAAUAAAAUGACUAAAUCUGACAGUGUAUUGUUAAGAGUAGCCAGUUUUUUAUACCUGGCAAAAUUACCACUAAGGUUAUUUACAUCUAAAUCUGUCAGCAGUCAUCAUCUGAACACCCACACCCGCAGUAACAUGAAAUCCAUGAAGCUGCAUUUAAUUUAUUCGCUUUUGUGUCUCUCCUUCUUCCUCCCAGCUACGUGUGGGAGCAUUUAGAGGUCGGCUAUGUUCAGGGCAUGUGCGAUCUCCUCGCUCCACUCAUGGUCAUCCUGGACGAUGGUGAGAACAAAGGAUCAUUAUGACUAACUCCUGACUUACUCUUUUUAAAAGAAACACCAACUUAGUCAUAAAAGCCUUUACCAAGGUUAUGCGCAUCAUUAAAUCAGGAUUUUGUGCAUUAAGCUCAUUUUAGGGCCUCUGUCCACUGUCAACAUUUUCUGUACCAGGCAGUAGCCCUCACAACACUCAAAAUGCACUCACUGUUGCUAGGUUACAAAGUUGUCUCAUGGCAAUUCUGCCUACUUGACCAUUAAGCGUGGUAUAGUUGUUCUGUGUACAGGACAUUUGAUUCUGCCAACGGAUAUUUUAUAAAUCAAACUAUUAAGGACAAAAAGAAGCAGCUGCAGACCUUGAAACUGCAACAUCGAAAAAUGUUCGCUUUUCCUCUGCCAUUGUUGUUGUCAAGUGCAGUUUCUGAAACCCUGAGAUCCCACCCCUCCUUUGUUUCAACUAUCUGGUGAUGGAGAAGUGAUUAUCUGUAGCGCAGCAAUGUUUUAAAAAUGUUGUGAGUGGACACAGGCCCUUAUGAAUUUAAUAGUGACCAAAAAGUUUCAAGGUUUAAAAUCCGGCUCUAGAGAGGUUCUCUUUUCAUAUUCCACAGUUGGGGUAUCUGUUUGUGUUGUUAUUUAAUUCAUGAUAAUGUACAGGGUGGAGAUAAGACAAACGGCGGCUCCUCACUGGGUUACUUAGUGUUUCUGUGUGGGUUUCAGAGUGCCUGGCAUACAGUUGUUUCACUCAGCUAAUGAAGAGGAUGAGUCAGAACUUCCCUAAUGGUGGAGCCAUGGACACACACUUUGCCAAUAUGAGGUCACUGAUUCAGGUGACGAAUAACUCUCACUUCUCUUGCGUGUGUGUGUGUGUGUGUGUGUGUGUGUGUGUGUGUGUGUGUGUGUGUGUGUGUGUGUGUGUGUGUGUGUGUGUGUGUGUGUGUGUGUGUUUUAAUUAAUGAUCUCUGUGCUCUCUCUCUCUCUCUCUCUCUUUCUCUGAUGUCAGAUCUUGGACUCUGAGCUGUUUGAACUGAUGCAGCAGAACGGAGAUUACACUCACUUCUACUUCUGUUACCGUUGGUUCCUGCUGGACUUCAAGAGAGGUGAAUGACUGAUCUUUGACUCUCUCUGGGUUUGAUUGUCAUUGUACUCCUGCAGCUUGAAACUGCAGUUCCUCCAGUGGGAAGUGAGCCCUGUGUUAAAACACCAAACUCAGUUCGCAUCUCUGAGCCCACUGAUUAUUGUCUGACAAUGUGUGCCUCUGGGACAGUCAGGAAACCUCCAAAUCAGAAGCGAAGCCAAAGAUUUGUCUGCAAGUUAAAUGAUGUCAUUCCUUGGUUCAUUAUAUCCAUGAUAGUAAAAAUGUUUGUCUGUUUUCGGUAAGUUUUAGUUUAACUGUGAAUAGUAAAUGCGGUUUCUGACACACAACAGAUUUUGUGUGAUUUCAACCCAAAAACAUGUAAAAAAAAUUACUUUGAUUUGUCUCAUGAGUGAAUUGCUUAAUUUCUACCUAUUUUUUUUUACACCAGAGACCAUCUAAAUUAAUCCUUGAACUCUUUUUGAAAGUCUACAUGAGAGUUUCUAAGCUCAAAAAAGAUUAAAAACUUUCAGUUAUUAAAAAACAACAGACUCAAAAAGUUUGGGUUUUUUUUGUGUGUGUGUUUGUGUGCAGAGCUUCUGUACGAGGACGUGUUCGCGGUGUGGGAGGUGAUCUGGGUGGCUCCCAAGAUUUCCUCCAAGCACUUUGUUCUCUUUCUGGCCUUGGCCCUGGUCACAGUGUACCGUGAGAUCAUCGUGGACAACAAUAUGGAUUUCACUGACAUUAUCAAGUUCUUUAACGGUGAGAGAGAGAGAGAGAGAGAGAGAGAGACAAACACAAACUGAGUAAUCAAUGGUUGAUUAUUGACUAUUAUCUUGCCAAAGUUUUCGAUUUGUUAUUUUUAAAAAAAUUCACAAGACUGUGGAGAAAAAUAUCAUUUUGACCAAAUAUAAGAAUUUGUUUUUCCAUCAUACUACAGCUAGAAAAUGCGCUUGUCUUAGAUUCAGGAUUUAGUAAUAAUAAGAAAAUGUCAAGAUCCAUUACAACAGAGGACAGACCCAUUUAUGAAAAAUGGUUUUGAAUGCAGCAGAGAUAUUAUACAGUUGUCAAACAACCAAGAGAUAUGGUGUCAUCAGGGAGUAAUAAUGGUGAGCACAAAAAGAUCAUUUUAAAAAACAAGAGUCCAUCACUUGAACUACCUUCCAUCUGAUAAACAGCAAAAUAUUUCAAUAUUUAUGGUAUUUAAGUAAAUGACAGUCAUACAGUUCAUUUAAACAUUACAAUUUCAUUUUUAAAGGCAGAAACAAGUGACUUUAUUCAAAAUGUGUUAAAAAAUAGCCUCCUUGGUUCAUUUGUCAUAAUUUCAAGUUCAUUUUUCUAGAAUUUGGACCUGAAAUCAUCUAUUUCUUUAAAUUAUCCUUAAAAGGGAUGUCAUUUGAUUAACAGGGUCGUCUUAUAUUCUGUCCAUCUGGUAUGAAAAUGUGGUUAAAAAUGAGAUUCACAGGGAAAGAUGAGUGGUUAAUUUUUUAAAUACAAAGUACGAAUAAAUCAGUGAAUUUAUUAGAUAAAUAAAUCAAUGGGUAGUCUUUUGGAAAUGUCGACUAAAAAUUAAAAAUGUGUUUCUAGAAUAGUAAAAUAGUUGACUGGAAUGGGAUAAAAUGAGAAGAAUUCUGGUCUUAAAGGAUAUGUGGUAAAAAUUUUGGCUUAGAGUUUUGUUGAGUGGAUAAAAUGGUUUCAAUAGCCUAGUUGAAAACUGCAAAACUGUGUAAGUAAACGCUGAAUAAUCAUCAAGACUGUGAUAAUGCUUUAAGUUAAGGAAAUGAAGUGAUGUGCCAAAAGUAAGGCUAAAGAAAUGGUCAAAGGUAAGUCAAAGUGGUGGAUACGGUGUGUUUAUUAAUGCCUAAAAGAAGGCACUGUCGGUGCAGGUGUUGCAGUUUGCAGAUUCACUGUCUGAAUCAGUAGCUGCCUUCUAACACUAUAUCUGAUCUGCAGAGAUGGCUGAACGUCAUGACGUCCAUCAUAUCCUGAAGAUAGCACGUGAGCUGGUGCACAGAGUCCAGUCUCUGAUGGAUAACAAGUGACUGUAAAGGAAGAGGAGGGGGAGGAGGAGGAGGAGGAAGAGGGUGCAGAGGGGGAGAAAAUCUACAGGAGACUCUUCUCCUCCUCCCAUCUCUCACAGACUCAGAGUGUUUCCAGGCUUCCACCCAUCUGGAGCUGGUCCAGGGGUCUUGGUCUCCUCUCUGCCCAGGUGAAGGCCCUGUGAGUGGGGCAGGAGUGCUGCUGUGGGGGCCCAGCUCUAGAGCUCGGCCUCAGUCUGUUUACAUUUAACCUUCACAUGGAAUGCCCAUGGUGUCCGUUCAGACAUGUGGAUUUGUCUGCAUGCUUGUGAGUUUGAUCACACUGUGAACGCAUUCUCGAGUCUCCCUAGUCUGACAAGAGCUUGUGUGCGUGCAUGAAAACAAACACACACACACACAUUCACACACACAACAUUGGCUCUAACACUGCAGUUUCUUCAAGUGUUCCCUUUUCCUGACUCUGAACCAGAACAUGUUUGAUGCCUGUCAGGAAGUGUUGCUAGUGUCCCUCCGUGCAGUUCCAGCGGAGGCCACCAGAGUGCAGGAUUUACACACAGAGGAGCAGAAGACUACGCCACGAAGUUUUCAUUAGUGACCAAAUGGACUGUGCCAACUACCUUUUCAUGAGUGUUUUCUAUGACAAGCAUGUGAGUUUUCAACCUGUCUUCUUCCUCUCUUCUCUUUAUUUUUGUCGGAGUGUUCAUUAUCACACAAAUGUUGCCUUCAUCAGUGACAGCCCAAGGUACUGAGUUGCACUUUUUGAGUGGAGUUUCCUUCGCGGUGCCAGUGAAAAAUGCCAGUCUAUGGGGUUUGGAGGCGCCAUAGGAGACCAGUCUAUUAAAGGAUUGCAGCCACCUUUCCCUGGCAUGUGAGUGAGUUUUUGAUCCUGGUUGCAACAUUAGAAAAAAGAGCAGCAGAGCACAAAAGCACAUAUCAAAGCACACAGGCCUUUCCCUUUUUGAAAGUAACUAAAGUACCUUUAUUUUGAAAUACCAUGUGUUUAAUUCAGGGCUGUUGAUUUCAGUCAGCUCAUAUCUUUUGGAAAAUUUCUGAAAAACAAAUUAUUUAUUGCAGAAAAUAUUAAAAUAGAUGACUUUUACUUAACAUCUGCUGUUCUUCAGAUGAUUAAAAAAAGACUAUUCCUGCCAUAAUCAAGAGCACUGGUUAUUUUCUCAUCCACACGUGAACAUAACAAUUAUGAUCAAGAGUGCACUGCAGAUUUUUUUGUACACUGUGGUGCAUACAUGUCAUUUCUAAGCGCACAUUAUGUUAUCAGAGUUUUCCAUGUGUGCACAAGAUAAUAUCUGUGCACAAAAAUUUACCUGCGCACAAGGUUGGUGUCUUAUCCACAUAAGAAAAUAACCUGUACGCACUUAAUACAGACUUGUGUAUAACAGUUGUUAUCAAGUGCCCACCAGAGAAUUUCUUGUGCAUAGAAUAUAACAACUUAUGCAUACUAGUUAUUGUAAAGUGUGAACUAGUUAUUCACUUGUGAGCACACACAGAUUCCAAAAUGUCAUACUGUGCACAAAAAAAUCUAUCAACACAAAAUAAGUUGUGCACAAGAAAACAAUGUGUGCAUGAGAUGAUUUGUGUCACUUCUGUGGGACUUUAGUAGCUUUUUCUAUUUAUCUGGUUUGAGUGACCAUGUCCCAUUUUUACUACACAGCUUAUACAUAAAGUGCCGCUUUAACACAAACAGUUUUUAGCUAGCAGUUUGGGGAACACACACACUGUGUAGUUGUGGGACCAUGUUGUUGCUGUUUGAGAUUUGUUCAACAUUAGGGAAACAUUAGAGCCUCAAUUCCUUUUUUUCUGUUUAAUACUGGAAUCAAACAUGCUCACUGAUCUGAAGCACUGAGCUUUAUUGUCAGGAAAAGUGGCUGUAAUCCUUUCUGAUGUCCAGCCUUUGAAAGUAGAAGUACUUGGACCAGGUUUGUCUGAAAACAAGAUUUCGUUUGGUCCUGAAUUUUAAAAAGAAGCUGCUUUUUGAUGCCAAACUCUUUAGUAUUCUAUGAGUCAGCAUUCAGUCGGUUUCGGGCUUCACAGUUUCAGCACAGAGUCCAUUCAUGUUUGUAUCUAGAGGACAAUUUUUGAUACUGUUUCUGAUCCUGCUCAUCAGUGUGACCCUUUAUCUCCUCACCUCCUUAAAAACAUCCAACACGGCUGCAUCUGAUUGGUCAUCCAGCACAGAGCUCCGAUAGCAGAGCUUCUUCUUCCAAUCAGGACAUGAUGUACCAAAGCCUUGAAACAGUCCCCUCUGUGGCAUGACGACAAUGUGCAAUUUCAUACCGCAUCUUGAAGACUGACUGUUUACUAUGUGUGUAAAAUAUUUUUGAAUUUUGUGAUUCUUUAUCUACUGUGCAAUUUCUGUCGUUUGAGAAGAUCCAUUAAAGUCUAUAUUGCUGUAAAUACGGAACAGAAAGCCCAAUAUUUCUAUGAAGACCGUGGGAACAUAAAUAUAACUUAUUUUGAGAUCUAUUUUUUAUGUUGGUUUUAGCAGCACUAGUCGGAGAUGCAGAAUGUGUGCAGGCAUUGUUACACGUUGACUGUUAAGUGUUCUUUCUCAAUGUUGUGCACUGACUUCAAAUUUCUAUUUAUUUGAAAGAGCAGACUGACUGAUUGAUUGCAUUGCUGAUAUGUAUUGGUAAGGAUGUAUCAUUUGCCUUGAAUGUAAUGUAUUAUUAAAUAACAGUUUGUUCAAUAGUGG